AUGGACUAUGAUUAUUCGAACUAUGAAAAUGAAGAGGAAAAGCCAGAGGGCAUUGAUUAUAAAGAUCCAUGCAAAGCUGGUAAGUGAUGACUUUUUUUUUUUUUUUUUCUAUCUUCAUUUUGUUUGGUAACCUUCAGAGUACAGGAUGAUGUUUGUUGUGCUUGAUUAUGUUUAGGAAUAUUGCAUUUAACAACAAGGAUAUAUACUGUUUCCAUUCUUUUUAUUUACUUGUUUAGGACCCUGUGGUAUCUCCUACUAGAAAAAUGGUUCUGUUUUGGAACUUGCCUCAAUCAGUGAUGUUUACUAAUACUGUACCAAAUGGACAAUCCAUGCUCUAUAUUUAUAAGCUAGCAAACAUUUACAUUCUUAGUAAAUAUAUGUCUUGUAUACUAAAGCUGGUUGACAAACUCUCCCUUUAAUUCUAUUGUGUGUGUGUGUGUGUGUGUGUGUGUGUACACACAUUUAAAAAAAUAUAUUUUUAUGUGGUCUUCCUGCUAAAAUGUGUCUGUGUUGGUUUUUUUUUAAUUUUUUUUAAUUUUAUUUUUUAUGAACACUCCAAACACCAUACCGGUACAGUGUGCUGUAGUGGUUUGGUGCCUGGAGUGCCAUGGCAUUUAUUUAUUGUGAAGCAUUGACUUGCCUCCUAGGGCCUGCCACACUCCUAUAUUUGCAUCUACUACUGAUCACGAAAGCUGUUUUGAGCCAAUGAGGCAAGCCCUGGGUUACUGGUGGUGAGCAGACGCCAGGUGUGCAUAAUUCCCACGGUUUGAUGGUGUGCACCAUAAUCACUCCAGAGCGCUGUAGUGGUUAGGAUGCUUGGAGCGUUCCUUUAAAAAUUCUCCAACUUGGCAGUAGUCCCAACUUGGCUAUUUUAAUAUUAUUUGCCAUUCUGUUUAAUUAUAGUUCAGCAUUUGGUGAGUAAACCUGCAACUUUUAACUUCUGGAAAUGUCUGGUGCAUCGGGAAAGCUGCUCAUCCAUGUAUAGUCUAGUUAGCAGGACUGAUUGCAGUUGGUCUCCGCAUGUGCUCAAAUCUUGUAUUGACUGGGAACAUAUGUUCGGAUCUUUAUCUUUAUACCGAAGGUGGAUUGGAGCUUGGGAAUAAUUGGUUUAAUUAUUUUAUUACGUGUGUACAAUAUCUAUAUCACUUAUAAAUACCACUGGUUACUACUUAAAAACAUAAUACCCAUCCAGAUGCAUUUGAUGCUUGAAAAAUUACCUGGCUGUUUAAAUCUAUAGUUGCCUAAUUUGCUUGGAGAAAAAAAGGUGUCUUUCAGGUGUAACUUUACUACUAUUAAAAUUUAUAGCGUCAACAUAUUCUGCAGCGCUUUACAAUUACAAAAUGCAAUUUUUGAAAAAUUGCAAAUGACAUACACAAAUAGGCACAGGGGGAGAAAGCCCUGCUCAAACAUGCAUUCAGUAUAUAAAAGACAUCACCCUGAUGGUGAAUCUCCAUAUGUAUUUUUUUUGUAAAUCUUUAAAAAAAAAAAAAAGUGAACAUGUGGUAUUUAAUGUGAUCACUGUCAUUUUACCCCAGAUUAGUUGCUCCCUCUGUAAACCUGCGCAUGUGUCAUCGCUUGGGAAUAUUCUGUGGGACAGUGGAGUAUAUUCCUGCGAAUUUCAUUUAAAUUAGCUUCUAGUAUGCUUUAAGUGAAAAGAUCUGACGUCUGCCAUUUCUUUUUGACAGCUGAAGUAAAUAGAGGGGCCUAGGAGUUCGUGUUUUUAUUUUUUAAAUGUCUCUAGUUGUUUUUAUAUUUAAGAAAAGUGGUCAAUAUGACAUCUAAAGGAAAUUUGCCACCUCUCUCUAUGGAAGUGGCAGUUCUUUAUCCUCUCUCCCUAGUAAGCCCUUGAGCACAUACUAAGGUGAGUAGUGCAGUGAAGAAAGUUAAAAAAAAAAAAAAUAAAUCAAAAAGAAACUACAAAAUGUAUGUUGCUGGCACUAUUAUCCCACAAUGUACACACAUUCAUAGAAAUGGUGUAAAUGCACAUGUACAUACACACAGGCAUUCCUGCAGUAUUUUAUGAAUGCACAGCAAUGUGGGUUAUAAGGUAAACAACAUGGAAAAACGGUGGAAUCUAUAGAUUAACUGAUUUUAUUGUAUGUUUCAGAACUCCUAUACAACCUAAUGGGUGUGAGUACACUGUGCUGGUAUAAUCUUUCUUGAUGGAGGACAAUAUACUCCCCACCCACCCCUCUUUUGCCUCCAGUGAGCACUCAAGGGUUCCUCUUUGUUGAUGAGCAUGUCACAUCCAUACAGUGUUUCACAUGUAAAGAGUGAGCUGGGUGUAACGUUAAACAGAAGGAGGAGGUGCUGUCUCCUUCCUUUUUGUAUGCUUUAUUACAUUCUGAUAUGUAGAAGAGGUUUCUGUGCUGUCUCCUGUGUGUCUGGUACAGCCACAAUUGUUCCAUACAGCCUUGAUUACUGUGGGCCCUUGACUACACGUGCCACUGAUUUUCCUAAUGCUGAGCCGCAGGGAGGGGGUAGCUUAUCCUGUUUAUAGAGAAGCUAUCAUAAUCCUCCAAAUACGGGUUUUACCAAGGGACUGUGUAAAAGAUUGUUUCAUUGGCACUCCGCAUAUCUUUUCCUCCCACAUCAAUGUUUAAAUUUACAGUAUUCGUGACAAAUGACUGAACUGUUGCCUAUCGGUGGUGGUUCUAAGCAGUUGUAGAACACUGUUUAAAACCCUACCAUUCAUUGAUGACUUGUUUUAUGUUCCUGAUUGAUUCUGUUUUCAGGUCAUUGUAAAAAAUUUUUUCAAUUCUUUUAUUUUUGAUGAAAUUCCAAGAUGAGAUUGCCAAUGCUUAGGGAGGAAAAAGUCUUAAAUAACUAUGUAUGAUCAUUUGGUUACUGAAAAUUUAUCUGCUCAGAAUUGUUUUACUAAAACCAGGAUUUGAUUAAAAAGAAAAAAAUUGUCUCCCAUCUGCCUCAUGGAAGCUGUAGAAUUUAAUCAUCAGGAGCCUCUUGCUUACCCCCUGCUUGGUCAAAAUGCAUUCCCUGACACAACCCUUUUUGUCUGCGACAGUAACCAACAUUAUCAAGCUGACCAGAUUUGGAAGCUAUGAAUCCAAAGCAAACUAGACUACCCAGUGCCCCAAAGCGUAAUUUCUGUUACUGCUGAAUCAUGCUAAUUUAUAUUUCCAUUUGAGACUAUUGGCCCUUGCUGAGAGCUAACUGUUUUGCUAUCUUCCAAACACAAGAUUAAGUCACAGCCUACAGUUUGAAAUGUGUACAAGAUGUGCAGCUGGCUUUAAUUUUACAGGGGUUUACAAUACACUAUAACUGGUAAUAGUUUAGAGUACCAAAACACUUUAUGUGGCAAUGCCUCCUUGCUCCAUAAUAACCCUUAAUGUUUUCAGCUUUGUGUUUUAGGACACACUCUGCUUCAUGCGACUUUUACAUUUUAAACUUAAUCGCCUUCCCUAUAUUAUGUUACCCUGAGGGUAGAGGUGUCUGAACACCUGCAGUUCCAAAGGGCAAACCACGGCACUCUUACAGGGUUUGGAUCAGGACAUAGUGGCACAUCUGUGUAGAGAGUAAGUACAUUCAAUGGUAGAUCUGUAUUGCAAACUCUGUCCUUAGUAGUAGUUGAUCAACACACUGUAACAUUUCUUUCAAUAACUCCACAGUGAAGAUAGUUUACUUAUUAUCUGUGAAUUCUGGGGGCUUUGCUGUAUGUCAGGGUUGAAGUUGGAUACCCGAUUUCUUCUGUUCCUUGAACAAUGGUGAAGCUAGGUAUUAUAUAUUUUUAACUUACUUUGCGAUUAGUACUAUUAAACAUUUAAAUUUUAGAAUCUACAUGGAGGGUAGAGGUGUCUGAACACCUGCAGUUCCAAAGGGCAAACCACGGCACUCUUACAGGGUUUGGAUCAGGACAUAGUGGCACAUCUGUGUAGAGAGUAAGUACAUUCAAUGGUAGAUCUGUAUUGCAAACUCUGUCCUUAGUAGUAGUUGAUCAACACACUGUAACAUUUCUUUCAAUAACUCCACAGUGAAGAUAGUUUACUUAUUAUCUGUGAAUUCUGGGGGCUUUGCUGUAUGUCAGGGUUGAAGUUGGAUACCCGAUUUCUUCUGUUCCUUGAACAAUGGUGAAGCUAGGUAUUAUAUAUUUUUAACUUACUUUGCGAUUAGUACUAUUAAACAUUUAAAUUUUAGAAUCUACAUGGACUGCCCCAAAAUGUCUUAAAGGGACAUUUCAGACUGGAUUGACCAAUUUGUAAAUGUUAGAUUUGACGUGCAGCGGAUUCACGUCCGUUUAAAAAAAAAAAAAAAAAAUAUCUAAAGUCCUCUCCUACCAAACCUCCUAUUCCACCCCCCACCCCCCUAACUGCAGAUUGGAACCAUAUACCCAUGCAGGAUGGUAAAAAAAACAAAAAACAAAUACUGUAUUUUCUGGCGUAUAAGAUGACUUUUUAACCCUGGAAAAUCUUCUCCAAAGUCGGGGGUCGUCUUAUACGCCGGGUAUAGGGUCUAAAUGGCUGCCGUCGACGCCCUGCGCCCCCAUCGCCGGCCCUUCUAAUGCUGCAGCCGCCUGAGCGCUCUAUAGAGAGCGCUCAGACGGCUGCCGCACUGCCUCUCUUCUCACCUCCCCUUCCCUUCCCUGUGCAGAGUGGGUGGCAGAGCUCCUCUUCGUCCUGUCGGUCCAGCCAGGUACCGCGUGGGAAAAGGAGAUUCAGUUACCUGUUCCCGGCCGGACUGAAAGGAAGUGCACAGGGAAGGGGAGGUAAGAAUGUAGGGAGGAUUGGGGGGGGGGGAGUAAAAAUAAUAUAUCGCAAUUGGCCUCCUGUGUGCUAGACCAGCAGGCAUGGAUUAUAUGCCCAAACAGCCUGGCACAUACCUGGGCUUUAAAUGCUAUUUCAGAUUAUCAUUAUUUAAUGUCUUGCUGUGUAGCUCUGUCUGCUCACUGUACAUCAUGGCUAAUUUUUAUUUGGUGUGCAUUGGAAGAGGGGUAGUCUUAUACGGCGAGUAUAUCCCAAACUCUAUAUUUUAACUGGAAAAGUUGGGGGUCGUCUUAUACGCCGGAAAAUACGGUAACUGCAUCCUACCCUACACAUUGUACCUUGUGCGUGUGAUUGACUGGCAUACCCCUUUAAACCAUCAGUAUUUUCUAUUGAUAUGUUUUUGUCCUCCACAAAACGUUUGGAGAGUGGAUGGCACACUUAUUUUUGAUUUUGCCCACUAUACUGUGAACUGACUAGAAAAAUAAUUAAAACAUUUAGAUAAAGUUUAUUUAAAAACAGUUUCGUUUUUUUUUUUUUUUUUUUUAAAUUGUUAUAACACAAAUGUUGCAUUUGGUAAUAUUCUUGUUUCAUAGUUUACGAAGGGGUUAAAAUAAUUCUAAAUCUCUAUUUUCAUACAACGGCACCAACGAUGCCCAUUUAAUUUUUACAUAGAAAUCUUAGUUGGAGCCAUGUUGGAGGGAGAGAAAGUUUGUUUGUGAAGUGAGUGACCAUUUCCUUUUGAAACAGAAAAUCACAUUUUAGGUCAAAUUUAGGUCAAAAUAGAACCUUUUAUUUUUUUAUUUUAUUUUUUUUUUAAUCUCCACGUUAAAGGACCACUAUAGUGCCAGGAAAACAUAUUCGUUUUCCUGGCACUAUAGUGCCCUGAGGGUGCCCCCACCCUCAGGGACCCCCUCCCGCCCGGCUCUGGAAGGGGGAAAGGGGGAAAAACUUACCUUUUUCCAGCGCUGGGCGGAGAGCUCUCCUUCUCUCCUCCUCCGUUUCUCCUCCUAGGCUGAAUGCGCACGCGCGGCAAGAGCUGCGCGCAUUCAGCCCGUCGCAUAGGAAAGCAUUUACAAUGCUUUCCUAUGGACGCUUGCGUGCUCUCACUGUGAAAAUCACAGUGAGAAGCACGCAAGCACCUCUAGUGGCUGUCAAUGAGACAGCCACUAGAGGAAACAGGGGGAAGGCUUAACCCAUUCAUAAACAUAGCAGUUUCUCUGAAACUGCUAUGUUUAUGAAAGAAUGGGUUAACCCUAGAUGGACCUGGCACCCAGACCACUUCAUUAAGCUGAAGUGGUCUGGGUGCCUAGAGUGGUCCUUUAAGUGUUCAAGUUGGCUAAUUCUGCCUUACAAUUGAAAUGCACCCAAGCCCUUUUACACACAUUACACUCUUAGACAAACACUAUGCACUCUCUCUGCAGCCCCUAAACGCACACGCACUUUAAAGCUACAUACACACUGUAGCCCUUCGCCACAUAUAUUAGAACACGAACAGCCCCUCUACUUGCACACACAAUCCUUCAAGAAGCCUCCUAACCCAUACACCACAGGCCCCUCCCCAGACACACACCUUUUACACGCACUGUCCCACUUUUGCCCUCUGGUACACACUUAUUGGGGUCCCAGAGACUGUUCACCCCUGAAUAGAGUGCAAGCGUGUUCUUAAAUUCAUUUGUGCUGUGUAAAAUAAAAACCGCUUCUUCCUUGUGAGAGCUUUUCAGCAGAGGUCUGUGCAUGGGAUGACCUGGAGGGACAUCAAACAAAUGUGUAUCAUUGGUGAUGACAUGACGUGCUUUUUCCAACCCAAGCUCUCCUAUUGGACUGCUCAACAUUUAAAUGCUUGGGCCAAAUUAUUUUCCUAGUUGGGACCUGCCCUGACAGACACUCACACAGGUACAUUUUAAAGGAUUCCUUCUCUUCCUGCAUACCAGUUUCCCUGGAAGUGAGGGAGUUUCUCUAGCCGCAUUCCCUGGGGUCUCUGUCUCUUCUUCCACCAUGCAAGAUGUGGGUGCAGUGUUUGGAUAGUAUGUAUCAUCCAGGUGCUUUCUUCACCACGUGCUUAGAGGGUACAUAUGUGUAAAAAGAUGCAAUUGUGUGGCUGUCACGCAGUCUAACAGAGCGUGGAACCUGGCACCCAAGAUGUCUGUGUAUGUGGGAAUUGCGUGAACAUGGCUCACUACCAUGAACCUUGCUCAAAAGUUCUUUUCCACCUGUCACAAGUUGUACAGGUGUUUGUUUUUUCGUUUGCCUUCGUGAAACACUAUAUUUAAAAGGCUCCCUGGUAUUUUAAUUGCAUUUGUCCAUGCCAUUAGCAUGCUUAUAACUGUAGCACUGCUGGACAUUUCAAAGUGACACACAGUACCUGUAAGUAAAAUCUUGUAUAGUUAAGUACACAUAAGGGAUAUGUGCCUGUGGGUCUCCCCCCUCCUUUUUGAAUGUAGUCUAUCUGUUUUUAUAUUCCUAUGACCUGAUCAUGAUCAGAAUCCGGUUAUAAACAUAAUUGUAUAGCUGGCAAAAGAUUGAGUGCUUAUGGUGUUCAGCAGUCAUCCUAAAAGCUGUGGCUGCUACAGAUCUGCGUGGCGACUCAACCUUGCAGCUCUAAAUAGGCUCAUAUCUGAAAUUGCUGUCCCUCUUCGAUCUAUUUUGUACGAAUGAAAACUCAAACAUAUUUUUCUGCUUUUUUUUUUUUUUCACAUAUUGCUUAGUUUGUCUUUGAACAUAAGCUACGUAGGCAAUAAACUGCUAUAUCUUGGUGACCUUGGAGAAGUUUAAAUGUGCAUGUUGGAUAUAUAUGCUGAAAUUCAUUGGCUGACAUCCAGGUUUACAAAUUUAAUUGUACAAUUGCAAUUGUUAAGUCCUGCUUGUGACUUAAAGUAACAUUCUGGGCACCAAAACCAUUCCAAAACAGUUUAACUCUUGAAGGUAAAAAGAUGCUGGUGACUACAAGUACCAACUACUUAACCCCUUACGGACACAACUUCUGAAAUAAAAGGGAAUCUUGAUGGAAUAUUUGUGUCCUUAAGGGGUUAAUGUCAUGUUUCUUUUAAAAUGGAUAUGUCACCACCUCAAAAAUGAGUAUUUCAUAAAGAUAGAAACUUUAGAAAGUACUCUUUCACUGCUUAAAUUUUACUGACCUAUUUUUAAUUUUUUUUUGUCUUUGAGCAACAAAUGUACAACUAAAUUGUUAACGUUUGAUUUUUCUCUAAAGGGAGGGAGGGAAGGGGGACGCACAGACAUUUUAGGUGUUUGGUCCUUCCAAAAAAUAUUUAUUUGAUUCCUAAAGCUGUGGCACACCAGGUAAAAUUGUAGUUUCCUGCUGCAUACUUUACUCCUGUAUUGAAAUAGUGUUUAAUCAUUACAUUUAAAAAAACAAAAACAAAAAACAACAAAAAAAACCCCUAAAAACUAACUAUAUAAUAAUAUCUUCUGAGAGGGUAUAUGAAAUCAUAGCUUGCAAGAGCUGCAGAGCUAGUAUCUGCAGCUUCUAGAAGCUUUGUAGACCAUAUGUGUAUAGCUGUUCAGUCAGACUUCUCAGGCAGUUACUCAGCACAAACUCAUUCUUGUGCAUUUAGUUGCUGUAAGCUAAUCUGACAGCCAGGAAGGUUGAGGCGAAAGUAAUCUCGCCACUGGCUUUUGGAGGAGCCUAUUUGCCAGCCUCCUGCCCUGUGACUACUGCCCCUUUGGUUAAAGAUACUAUUUGUUCCUUUAUUUCACUGUGUGGCUACACUUCAAACUCCAAAACUUCAAAGUGUUGCAAUUAGACCAUAUACACUUCACUGUACCUGGUCUUUGCUUGCUGGGACCAAGUUUGGAUGGGUUAAUUCAUUAAAGCAAUCCACUGCGUAAGUGCAGGCAAAUGUGCUGUGAUCUCACUUUCCUAAAAAAAAAAGUCCUCCCAAUCUAUGGUAUUGGUUACAGAAGCAAAGAAGGCUGUGGUUUGGGUCUUGGAUAGAUGAUUCUGCCUCAGAAAUGCAAUUUUGACUAGACUGGCAAUAAUGGAUGUAUUGUCAAACUGCCUAAGGGAAACCAGUCUACAGUAAGGUUGGUGGUGGUGUGGUGGUACAUCAGAUGCCUGGGCUAUCCACACUAUAGAAAGAGGGUGGCAAAUCAAAUAUGAUUACAUUCUCUUCCCUAUUCACAUUUUCACUGGCCACUGGUUCACAGGGAAACCUAGAAGAAAAUGCACCAGAUAUUUUGGUGGUAAAUCACAGGUCAUUGUGUCGACUUCUAAAUUUGAAAGACGUAAAUCUGUCACUCAAAUACUUUUCAGAUGGUAUCCUCCUAUCAGCCAUAGCCUUGUUUGCAAUCAUUAUGAUUAUCAUUGACUUAAAGGAUACUUGCCUCCAUGUUUCAGGGCAGAAAACAUUCAUACAGUUCUUUAUUUCUCCAUGUUGAGGAUGGUCUUUUAGAAUUUCUUCUGCACCAAAAGUGUUUACGAAGAUUCUUAGUCGUGGAAACAUUUCUCAAAGGAGGAGGAAUUGUAGUUCUGUCUAGACUACUGGAUUCUCUUAAGCCAUUCUCUUCACGAUAUGGAUGGACAAUAUAUACACUCCAUAUUCCUCAAAAGCAUGGCUUUUUGACAAAAUGGGCAAAAUCCAAUAAUGUUUCUUCUGCAAUAAUCCUUUUUCUCAUUAUAGAAUCAAAAUUAUAAUUAUGAAAAUAAUUUUCUUGGCAGUCAAGAUGCAUACUGGAAUCACACAACAAACCUUCAAUGCUUAUAGGGACACUCCAGGCACCCAGACCACGUCUGCCCAUUGGAGUGGUCUGGGUGCCAUCUCCCACUACUCUUAACCCUGCAAGUGUAAUUAUUGCAGUUUUUUUAUAAACUGCAAUAAUAACAUUGCAGGGUUAACUCCCCCUCUAGUGGCUGUCUACUAGACAGCCACUAGAGGGCACUUCCUUGUCCACAGCACAGAAAACCUGUGCUAGAGCGUCGCUGGACAUCCUCACACUGUGUGAGGACCUCCAGCGUCGCUCAUUUCCCCAUAGGAAAGCAUUUUCAAUGCUUUCCUAUGGGGAGCUCUAAUGCGCAUGUGUGGCAUUGCUGCGCAUCCGCAUUAGGUCUCCCCGGCCGGUGGGCGGGAUCAGUCUCGCCCACCGGCCGCCGCAAUCACUGGGAGGAGCGGCGGUGGAGGAAGAAGCAGUGACGUGGGACAUUUCGCUGCCUCUGAUAAGUAACUGAUUGGGGGGUGGGAGGGAGAGGGUACCUGCAGUGCCAGGAAAACAGAUUGUUUUCCUGGCACUGGAGUUUCCCUUUAACAGUAGGAACAGGUUUGAAGACUCUGUGCUAUUGGACAUUUCAAUCAGGAGCAGUUCUUUGGGCCAAGAAAACUCCAAGAAAUCUUUCCAUUGGUAAUUUUAGUUUGAGCAGUGGGAAAUCUGGUCUUUCACCUCAACCAAUCUCAAAGAUUGUGUUUAACCCCUUAAGGACCAAACUUCUGGAAUAAAAGGGAAUCAUGACAUGUCACAUGUCAUGUGUCCUUAAGGGGUUAAAGGAAGUUGGUCCUUAAUGUUGUAGGUAAUAAAGUCAAUAUUCUUUGAAAGGACUCCAAAAAAUUGACGACAUGGCUACAAGGUGAAAAGGGGAAAACUUAAUUCUUCCUCUACAGUGUACUAGGGAAAAUUCAGAUGGAGCAAGUAUCCACAACUGUCAUCGCACCCUUGUGUCCAAGAACAACUUUUUAUUUUUACUUUUUUUUUAUCCCCUUAAGGACACACGACGUGUGACAUGUCAUGAUUCCCUUUUAUUCCAGAAGUUUGGUCCUUAAGGGGUUAAAUAGCAAUUCUUCUUUUAAAAAUAGCAUGAGUAUAAAAUAUUGGGGACUUGUAUUGCGUGCGUGAGUUUAGUUAUCGAAGGGCACGUUGAUUAGCUGGAUAAUGGAAGCAAUUUCUUGAGCUUGUUUUAGCAGCAAAACUUGGUAUUCCAAAAGAAAUUAGGGCUUAUUCCACUCUGUAUCCGCUUCAUGGAGAGCAUCUGUACAAAUGAAUGCGCAUCAGAUCUGCAGUGCUCCUCUGCACACAUUCUUAGACAUCCUAGCCUGUAGGUAGAAGUAAAGACUUGUGUCCUACUCUUAAUUUUUAGUAUACCACAACCCACACUCCUUGUAAAAUGUAUAUUUUUUUUAUUUAUUUUUUUGUGUUCAAAGGCUUUUUAAAAUCUUUUUGGCAUGUUUUUUUAUUUACCGGGUAUAUAUUUUUUUGGGAAUCUGGAUGCCUUAUAUGAAACAAGAUGAAGGAGCAAGGGAGGGGCUAUCUCUUAUUUAGGUGAGAUGUCCCUCACAAAAAUCUAAAGUCUAUUUUGUGAGGGACCUCUCUUCUACACUUAAAUGCCCAUAUGGUCUUGUAUGUCUUUUUUUAUCUGUAUUUAUUUCUAAAGUUUCUGUGAAUUACCCCCACUAGAGGUCUCUAUAACCUGUAAUUCUGUUCCCUUGUGGAACUUUAGUGCUAUCUUUAUAUUUAUUUUUUUUUCCUCCUCCUUAAUUUGCAAGCUGUCAGUUUACACUGUGGAAUAACAUAUUAAAUAUGGUCAAAGGGGGCAGAAUACUUUAAAAUAUGAAGCAUUGUUGGGGUCAAAUACAUACACCCAAUAACCACUAGGGAAUAUUGCUAUCUAAGUAAAUGACAUCUGUUGCUAGGUGGAGGAGCUUCAACUUUUAUUUUAUUUUUUUUAAUCCUGAAAAGGUCACACAUGUAUUUCCAAAUUUCCUUUGGUCAUGUAACAUUCUACCAUGGAAUGCAACUGUAGAUCCCUCACCCCUAUGUGAUAAAACUGCUGCGCAGGCACCUGGAAACUUUCGUUACAUAAACUCCUGCUUCUUUUACUGAACUGCAUAAGUAAUUGGAGAACAGAAAGUACAAGAAUCUUUGCUGGCAGCAGCACUUUUUGUAGAUCUGUAAAUUCUGGAAACUAGUUUUAAAUGAUUAUGAUGAUUAGCCAAAUGUUACACAGAUGCUUAGCUGUCAGAGGAUUGAAGUGUUUUUAGAGAUUGGCAUCCAUCAUCUUCUAAAGAAUUCACAAUAUGCUAGUGCAAAAAACGAAGUAUGACAGCUCAAAUCUCUGGUAGGAGGUGAAAAAUGCACAGUAGCAAGCAAUUCAGAUUGUGACUAUAGGAUCUGUUACAUGGUGACUUUUUUUUGUGUCCAUCUGUGUGAUUACUCCAUUUCUAUAUUCCUAACGCCGUUGUGCCUCUGUCAAUUAUCCACACGUCUCCUCAGUUUCCAAUACAAUUUUAAUAUAAAAAUCAAGGGUUUGCUUACUCCUCUGCAUUCUUAUAGAGCAGCAUUGGGAACCCAAUGAGCAUGCAUGACAAACAAUGCACACAUAUUAAAGCUUCCACAUUGGGAAAGCAUUACUUUUAAAGCUUCCCUACAGGGCUUCCAUGUCAUGUGACACUUGGUCAGUGCAGCAGAAGCACCUCUAGUGGUUCUCAUGACAGUCACUAGAGGUGGACUUAAUCCUGCAAUGUAAACCUGUCAGUUUCUAAAAAAAAAUUGCAAUGUUCUACAUUGUAGGAUUAGAAGGGCAGGCAUACUGCACCCAGAACACUUCAUUGAGACAAGUCUGGCUGACUAUAUAUAGGGCCUCUCUUGAAAAAGUUAAAAAAAUACAUCAUAAUCUAGUUCAGACAGGGUAAGUCUUGUUAAUGUAGGAGAGAAAUUGAACAUUAUUUCAUUUAUCCUUCUCUCUAUUCCAGUUGCCAAAUGCAAAAUCCUCAAUUAGAAAUGUUAUUUAUUUUUUACACAAGUUAGACAUAGGUUUAAGUAACAAUGCUUUGGCACCCUAUCUUUUUGAAGUGGUUAUGAUGCCUGGCAUGUUUAAGUCCUCUCAACAAACUGUCAGAUAUUGUCGCAUGUUGGAGUAAGCAAUUCAAGGUCGUGGUAAACAUCUGAUCAUGGCAGCCAUUAACAGCAUACAUAUUUCUAAAAUGUGAACUUGUUUUAGAACGCAUAUAAAAGUAUCGUAUUGGUCAAUUUCAAUGGUUACUCCAUAACUGAAGCAACCAUAGAAAUAUAUCAAGUCUCAAUAUCACCGUAAUUAAACACUUCGUCAAUGAUACCUUUUUAAGAAUGGAAUAGGCACUUGAGCCGCUGGUAGGCUAAGCUGUUUUCACAAAGUAACACUCUAAGCUCUAUGACCACUUUGAAAUACAAUUUGAAAUGCUUGAAUUGAAUUGACUCUGUAUGUGCAGAAGUGUUGCCGGAGGUAUAACUAGAUUUGGCAGCCUCAUUAGGGCAUCAUAAGAGGUCCAACUGAUAUCAGUUCUGUGUGUAUUGGAGUGAUAUCUGCACACAUAGCAUGCUGGAAACACUUUCAUUGAUGUCACAGCCCCCAUGCUGCCCAUGUUCUUACUUAAGCUAGUCCCUCUAUAUCCCUCCCCUCCACCGGGGUGGGGGGAGGAACCUCAGUGGAGGUGAAUUGGGCUGAGGGACAAACUUGGCCUUGUUGCAGGAACAGAGGCAUAUUUUUAAAGGACCACUAUAGUGCCAGGAAAACCAUACUCGUUUUCCUGGCACUAUAGUGCCCUGAGGGUGCCCCCACCCUCAGGGACCCCCUCCCGCCCGGCUCUGGAAGGGGGAAAGGGUUAAAAACUUACCUUUUUCCAGCGCUGGGCGGAGAGCUCUCCUCCUUCUCUCCUCCUCCGCCUCCUCCUGAGCUGAAUGCGCACGCGCGGCAAGAGCUGCGCCGCAUUCAGCCCGUGCAUAGGAAAGCAUUUACAAUGCUUUCCUAUGGACGCUUGCGUGCUCUCACUGUGAAAAUCACAGUGAGAAGCACGCAAGCGCCUCUAGUGGCUGUCAAUGAGACAGCCACUAGAGGAAAUAGGGGAAGGCUUAACCCAUUCAUAAACAUAGCAGUUUCUCUGAAACUGCUAUGUUUAUGAAAAAAUGGGUUAACCCUAGAAGGACCUGGCACCCAGACCACUUCAUUAAGCUGAAGUGGUCUGGGUGCCUAGAGUGGUCCUUUAACUUUAUCUAAUCAGACUUCUUCACACAUGCACACUAGAUUUUAUAUGGCUAUAUUAUAAAUAAAUAUUUAAGGAUCCUUACUGGUGGUGGUGGGGAAAAACAAAUACAAUGCUAGUUUCUCUGUAAGAUUAUGGAAAUAUUGCAAACUUAAUUUUCUUAAGAUUUUAUAAAAGUAUUAGAUGGUUUUAGCUGUUAAUUAUGCAACCUGGGAAUUCUAGAUUUGUGAUGGUAUGCAAGAGCUUUUCAUAGUAAACUGCUGUUCUGUACACACCUAAGAGUUUGUUUGUAGUGGUAUUUAUUUAUUGCCUGGUAAUACAGUAACCUUUUCAUCUAGAUUGCUUAACUGUCAAGUGUGACUUCAAAUAAACUGAGCAGAGGGUUCAAACCACUAUUCUCCUUAAAAAUGCCCCAGGACCUCGUUUUUCAGACACUUCAUGAAUAGGUAAAUUAGCAUCAGAGGGAAAUGACUCUGCAUUUGUAGUCUCAAUUAUCCUUAUUUUAUUGGCAUAAUGUUUGUAAGACGGGUGUAGACUGGAUCUUUUGUAUUUAUAAAAGUAUUGAAGACAACUGAAAGCAAUCUAAUUACAAAUGACCAUUGUACAGGCUUGCACAGACAAACAACUUUGUACCGCCUGGGUGUUGUGCAUUCUGUGACAUCUCUCAGAAUGUGGGUGGGGUGGCUAUAAAGCUGCCAAACUGCUGCAGCUAUAAUCUGAACAAAGACCGGAAUUUUCUUGCCCUGUACUCCGUGCAAGGCAAUGAAAUAGACCCGGUGCUUGGUUUUUAUUUAUAUAGCGCCAACAGAUUCCAUAGCACAUUUAAAGGGACACCCCACUGUCUAAAUAUAACUCUUUAGUAGAUAUGCCACAAUGAAAACAUGCAUAUAGUUGUAUUUAUAGCAUUUUAUUUAAUGCAGGUAUAUCUAAAAAAGGUUUUAGCAAAAGCUACUGAUCUAUUGUAUGCAGCCUUCUAACCCCGCCCAGACUUUCUGUGGCUGUCCAAUCACAGGCUUUCCAAUGCAGCUUGUUGAGAAAUUAUUGCAAGACGGGUGAUCUGGGGAAUUUCCUGCCUCUCGAGUUUAGCUCCGCUGAGCAAACCAAACCAGGAAGUAACAAGACCGGGUGUCCUGACAGGUGGGGUGGAUUAUUGUAGGAAGUUUACCUUUGUAAUUUCUAUAGAAAUCUGACACUUUUUUAAAAUUUAUUUAUUUUUUUAACACUUGACACGUUCUGAUUUAAUAAAGGGAUAAGUAAACCGAUUACUAAAAAUCCAAGGAUUAGACAGUUCACUUGAAACUUAAAAUUUCCCUUACAACUGCAACUAUCAAUACUCUGCUGGCACAAGUGCUUAUAAAGGAAGCUGAGACUUCCAAGUCUUUUAACGCAACUUUGUUACCCACCCCUCCACAUCCAAAAUGAGUGUUUCACAAAGAUUACAUUUUUAUGAAAGGCUGUCAUUAACUAGUUGAAAGAUAGAUAUUUAUUUGGAUUAGCUGUAUUAGUCCACUAGACAAGAUGGCAAAAUACCAGAGAACUUUUUUUUGUUUUUAAUAUUUUAAAGACAAGCUUUCAAGAGUUUCCUCUCUUCCUCAGGUCUGAAGCAAUACUGAUCAAUAUGAAAGAGUUUAACACUUAAAUCUACCGAUGUUAGGGGAGGGAGCAAUUUCUCGAUCUUUCAACUAGUCAAUGUGCGCAUUUCAUAUUGCUCAACUAGUCUGUGUGUGUGUGUGUUAUUUACCACCUUUUUUGUAUUAGCAGAUAUCUGAAGUUUCACUGGGACUCCUGAUAGGCCAGAGAGGCCUGCUUGCUUCUAGCAACCUAGGUUGCCUCCCCCUGUUCUAGGCAGAAUAAACUGAUCGCCUGGAAAAUAAUGUUCUUAAUUUUAUAUUUCUUACCAUCACAGACAAGUGCUGUCAUUAUUUUCAGUUUGUUUUCUGAAUGUUAUUUUGAUCUAUGGUUAAAGUAGACAUUUAUAUUAACCUCCUAGAAUAGUAACGUCAAAUACAGGUGACCUUGUCUAGACCCUAGAUCCCACUUUACUUAGCUGGCUUCAAAAUACCAGUAAACCAGCUCUGUCAAAUGCACAUACUGACCAAAGUGAACCUGUGAAGUGCUUGUAAAAUAUCUCCUGUAUGUGUAUAUCUUAUAAUUCAUGGUUCUGAAUCUGUUUGUAAUGACGGUUGGAUGCUGAAGUGAAACAUGUCUAUUAUUGAGAUGCAGCAGGGGGGUCGGGCUGGGAAACCAUGAUUUUUUUUUUUUUUUUUUUUUGUCAAACAAAUCUGAUCAGAUUGGGUCCAAAGAUGCAGAAAUGUAACCUUUUCAAUGUGCUUUAGUGUUAAUUUAAAACAAAACCAUAUUUGACCUGCUCUACUGGCAAAAAGGUAACGUUUUAACUGCUUCAUCAUCCUGCCACCAUAUUGUGAAAUGAAUGCGGAAAUAGCAUAUCUCCCCGAUUUACCACACAUGAAGGUGUGUGUGUAUAUAAAAAGUUUAAAUAUAUAGAAAACUUAAAACCUCAAAAGCAGCAGUUUAGGAGGAAUCCUGUUAGGUGAAAGCUUGAAUUGCUUCCUCUUGCAAUUGUAUAUUGUAAGAAAUAAAAUAUAAUUUUCUUUUGAAAUCAACACUCAAAUGAAAAAGGACUCGCUCUUCACAUAAAGCAUAUUUCAAUAAAGUAAAGUGCUUUAGGAGUCUGGAGUGUCCCUUUGAAUCUUCUAAACAGACAUUCCAUUCUUGUGUAAUUCCACCCAUCAACCAUGCAAAUGUGAUAAAGGAAUAGUAUGUAUUGUGGAAGACUUCUCUGACUAAUGAGGAUUGCUUUGGGCUUGUUUUUUCUGUCUUGUCUUGUCUGUAUCCUAUGUUUUCUAUGUCUUGAGGCCUAUAGAUUAAGGGAAAGGAAAACAAUCCUUAAAAUCUUUUAGUUCACGUAGGACCCUAGGGACACUACUACUCUUCCUACUAAAUCUUUUUUUUUUUUUUUUUUCAACGUCUCCAUCCUUGGCGUUACUGCAGAGACCUUAUAACAUGGCCUAAAACCUAAUUGAAAAAUUGAAAAAGUCCCACAUCUGUAACAACCUUGCUACUCCUUAAUCUAUCUAACUUCUCCUACACCAUUAUUGAGGUUAACCCAUUCCUGCCAUUAAGAUAUAAGCCAUCCUCUAAAAGGUGGUCUUUAGAGACAUUAGGAUGGCAUUCCAUGUCCUAAAAAUCUUGUCCUUUCAUCCCUUGUAAUACUUUACUUGCAAGUCCUCCUGCAGCCAAUUGCUGCAGUCAGUCACAUGUCGAACAUUGGCUGUUGGAUUGUUCUGACUUUUUCCUCACUUAUCUGAGGCAGAGAUCAUUACUACGGUCUCUUGUGUGCUCAAUAAUUGAAUUUCUGAAUGCCCCUGUGUCUGCUGAAAACUGGGUACCUCCAAACCUCAUCACACCAUCAAAACGAAUGCUCUGGUUUUGUUAGCCAGUAAAUGAUUUUAAGCUUUUUAUGACAGAUGUAUUUUGAGCAAAUUACAAAUUUCUGUGCCAACCAAUAUCGCUCUGCAAAUCCUGAGUUACACCACAGCAGAAAGACAACUGACACUUCACUGAUAUCUCUGAGAUAAAAGCAUUUUGGGUCCUUGUAAUGGGUAUAGGGAGAAAAACAAUAUUAUAAAGAGCCAUGGUACAAGCAACUUCUCAGUUUCCUGCACAUGCAGACACCAGGCACUGACCACUACAAAUCACUGAAGCUUGGAGUAACCUUUCAACCAAUAUAACCCAUCAAAGCAAUACUUUGGCAAAUUAUGCAAAUUCACUAAAAGUUAUACCUGGGCUAUUUGCAUUUAUCAAAGGGAAAGUUGGCUAUCUUGACUCUUCAGGGUGCUCUGAUUCUGUGUGCACAAAUGACAAAACUGUGGGAUCUCCUCCUUCCCUCAAAAAACAAAUCUAGACUGAGAUUCCUUGAAUCUCCAAGAGGAGCCUCUAGUGUCUGGUAGACAGUCACUAGCAGCUGUCUUGGUACUUCAAUGUAAACCUUAGUUUCUUAAAACAUGCAAUGUUUUAUAUUGCAUGACUAAGGGGGACAGGUACAAUGCACCCAAAUCCAUUCAAUGAGAUUUAUUUUAUUUAUAAAAUAUUUUACCAGGAAAGCUACAUUGAGAUUUCUCUCGUUUUCAUGUAUGUCCUGGGAAGAUGGGAGAUGCAGUGGUCUGGGUGCCUGUAGUGUCCCUUUAAGGCAGUGUGCUGUGUAAACCCAUAAAGUGUUGACAACCUAAAGUAAUUUGACAACCUAAGUAAUUUUGUUUAAUUUUUUUUUAUUUUUUUUUUUGCUAUUUUAACUUUUAUCUGAAUUUGUAUGUGUAUAUGGCCCUUUAAGUUUUCUAUAUAUUUGUAUAACUUUUUAUAUAUACACCUUCAUGUGUGGUAAUUGGGGAGAUGUGCUAUUUCCGAAUACAGUUUGUGUAAACUUGCAAAGUGAAAAUUGGCUCCAAGAUAAAUAGCAUGAAACAUUAACAUUGCCAGGUAUUCUUGUCAAUGUUUUCGUUGGGAAGAUACAAUGUGAAUAACUGGCCCUCUGCUUAUCAAAUAUCAUCUCCACUAUUAAAGAGCAAAAUACACAUUGCCAACCUUUUGUUAUCUAGUUUCCCGAAAGCAGUACAGUAUUAUGAAUUGCCAAAUGUGCUUGAGUACCCCCACCCCCUCUGAAGCAUUCACCAUUGACUUAGUUAUCUUUUCCUGGUAGCCUGCAUCCUGUCACUUAGCUGGAAAUGUCACACACUUGCUCAUUCAUAUUUCUGUCAGAAAUCUUAAAAGUAAUGGAGGGAAAAGUAUGGGGUGGGUGGGGGGAGGAGGGGUGUGGGAAACCAGCAAAUUACAAGGUUUUUUUUUCCAAGGGUAUAUAACUUCAGACCACAAACCUUUUGUAAAUAUAACGCACUACUGUAUGUACUAAACCCAUGAUAUUCUAAUUGACAAACGGUUUACUGUUUCCCUCCCUCCCUUGUAAAUGGAAACUGUAGGCAUUAUAACCAUUUCACCUCAUAUAAUUUGCUACAGUUGCUGUAGUCCUCUAGCACGGUCUCUCCAUUUAAUAUUAAACCAUUUUCAAGCCGUUUAACUCUGAAUGACUGAAUGACUGCUUCUAACCACACAGUCUGCCCCCUACUCCCCCUGUAGCUAUGGCUCGGACAGAGACUAUACACUUUCUGACCAUACUAGCAGUCAUCUGACUCUGUAAGUCAGUCAGCCACCCAUUGCUGCUCUGGCUAAUGCUUCCUUAUCCUCUCAGGCAGCAGAAUGGGGGGGAACUGGCUCCCGUGACUCACAUUUUACAAAAGAAAACAAAAAUAACUUUAAAUAGAAGUACAGCGACAAGGGAUUGCAGACACUAUAAUUGCUUUAAAGAGAUGAAACUAUUACGAUGUCCCUUUAAAAGAGGUGGACAAGAGUUGGAUAUCCAAGCCUCCAUUUCACUUGUGACUACCUUUUUAAAGGCAGAUUUUUAGAUUACGGACCCACACACAAAAGAAAAUGUCCCCACUUGUUGGGGAAAUUCCUGGGAGUUGGAACUACACAAAACAAUGCUGUGAUGAUAAAGGUAUUGGAGAAUGGGUACAUCACUGGUGUUUCAGUACAGUUUGUCAAUAGUCAUUCAGGGGUUAACCAGCAAACCUAUUCAAAUUCUUAUGUGUUAAGUAGAAUGCAACAAAGUCUGCUGACACCAUAAUUUCUGUAUGGAGUACUUUGUGUGGCCUUGUUCCGUACUCUUGGCCAUAUUUGGAGUAGUUAAUGUUUGAUAACAGACAAUGCUUUUAUUCACAGAAACUAUUUUUCUGCAUGUUUGUCAGUAUUGUAAUUUACUGAAGAGGAAAUGAGGCAUCUAUGACGUGUAGCCUUCCCCUCCAGUUAAUAACUCAUUUUCACCUGCUCCCAUAACUGCAAUGAUUCCAGUGUGCUAUGAUAAACUGGUCAUAAUCCUAGUUUGCCACUCUAGCUGUUCAUUGAAGUGGUUAUAAGGCCUAUUCAUCAACAAAAAUCACAAAAUCUGUUAAAUGGCAUUUUUUCUUUUUCUUUCUGUUGCUGAAUACCACCUUAAUUCAUGCAGAACAUUCUAGGACAAUGGCUCCUCGUUAAUUUUACAAUGUGUUGUGGAGAAAGAUCUAGGAAAAUCAUGCUUGACAUGCAUUAAAUGGACUUUGUUAAUCUGCUGAUGUAAAUGAUCUAAUGGAGUGACGCUUUGUAUGAUAUCAAUAGAUUUUCAGAAACAUUGUUCAUACAUUAAUUGCUGGUUCCUCUAAUUGCUAUGUAUAUUUUGCCAAUUACAAACUGCAUGAAGUUAGUUACAAAUGAAGUUGCCUUUUGAUCUGAAUGUCUUUGUAAAUGCGAGCACCACAGUACAAACUAUAGUCUACUACACAAAUGUCUUACAGAUACAAGUGUUGGCCAGUGUGUCGUGAAAUUAAAAUGGGGUCAGUAGACCACUGCAUACAAUAUCUGCGGCUUUUAAUGUUGUGGCUGCUCACUGUACACUUUGGAAUAUCCAUUCUGUUGGACUGAUGUUGAAAUGCACCCUAGGUUAUAGAGGUUUUUUGUUCUAUAGAAUAAACCUUUGCAGGGUUCUUUUAUCUCUAAUAUAUUUUUAGAUGUGCAUCCUUACAUUUUUAGCUGCAGGAAGUACUGUCUGAUGUACCUAGAGGGGGAAAAAAGGCUGCUGUUUAAAUAAAACAUUUUAAAAAAUAAACCACAACAAAAAAAAUUCUCUCUGCCAUUGUGCUGGUCCUACAUGGUAGGGUUUGGCUCAAGAGAGCUAAGGUUAUCUGCUAAGCAGGAGCUACUGUCUAUCAGCUGUGGUGUAGGUGGUGCGUAUGUACCUCAGAAGACAUCAGGUUCGAUGUCUGUUUACACUGUUUUAUUUGAAGUGCUUUAAAAGGGACCUUCAGACCGUUGCAGUCUGCUAUGGCUUUGCUAACGUAGACCUGCUUUUCUGCGCCAUCUCUCCAACACUGGACUUUGUUAAUCGGCCAUAGGCAGAUUACCAGUUUGGCCUGUCCUUCAUUCUUCACAUAGAGAUGGUUCUGGAGCCCCUGCAUAACAAUUUGUCCCGAAGCAGACCCAUAAAGUCUCCUUUCAUUUUAAUCUUGCUCAUGCUGGGGAUACAUGAAAGGCAAGGCUUAAAGUGCCAGGAGUUCAUAUUAAAUCAAAGCAAUGAAGGUUGUGCAUUAGGCCUAGUUAGGCAAAAUAGCCACUACUGCAUGCUGCAGUAGUGGUGCAGACUUCCACUUUAAUCUUGGUCUGUACAAUGUCAAUUCAGACCCCCUUUGGAAAGUGGUAUAUGAUGGGAGACAUAGGAGAGACUUUACCUGUCCCAGCUCAUCUCCCAGCAUAUAUCGAAGGAACUGGAGCUAGAAAUAAGUGAUACAAUACAGUAAUAUAAAAUAUGUAUAUCCAUUAAAUGUGUUAUGGGGGAAAAUACCAUUUAAGGUUCUGAAUUUUUUUUUUUUAUAAAUCACUUGACCUUUUAUGACUGCAUUUAAAGCAAAGCUUUUUGUUAGAACAUGCUGAUGCAUUAAUCUGCAGGUGGUAGUACUUUUUGGUACUUUUUUUUAAUGGCUCUACUAUAAUAUACAAGCUACACUUCAUGUGAAGGCUUAUAUCACAGUGAAAAUAGGAGAUAACUGCAGCUCUGGAGCAGCAUGCUGAGUAGAUUUUAUCUGCAUUACUUUGUUUUUGUUUGGAGUGCUUUAACAUGACUAAAAGGUCUUUCUAAUCUUUAUCUAAUGAGUGUCUUGGUUAAACACUGACAUCUGUAAACAGAUUAGCUGAGUGAAUGAUGUAAAACAAUGGGUAUGUACACUUCAUUGUGAUUUUCAGGACUACAAAUUUACCAUUGUAUACAAGUAAAAAGUGUUUGUUUUAUUGCUUUUUAUUUUUUUUUUUUAGUCCAUUCCAGCAAUUCAUUAAAAUGUUCUGAUCUAUUGAGUAGUAACUGUUCUAUACGAAGGGCUCUGGUCAAAAUGUUCCCAAGCAUUGUUUAUUACUGUUAAACGUCAAGUCAAAAGUCCUAAAUUUUAUAACUUUCUCACUACUUUGAGUUUGAAACAGGUCUGGCAUUAUUGCAGAUUACUCUUCUUUUAUGAUUAUUUAUGAAGCACCAACAAAUUCUACAGCGCUGUACAAUAGGACGACUAACAGACAUGAAUUUGUAACACUGGUUGGAUGCACAGGAAUUGAGGGCUGCAUGCCCAAAUGCCUUCUUAGCCUUGUUUUAUGGGGGCCGAAAAGCUUGCCGGCUAGCCACCUUUUGGGGGCUUCACUGAGACAGGCAACCAUUUGUUUCCUCGGUGCAAGGAAGGAAAGCUGUUAACAGUAUUUGAUAUGCCUUCCUGAAGAAGUGGGACUGAGUAAAAAUUCUAAUAGUGCAGGGAAGGGCGUUCCACAGGAAUGGUGCAGCCCUAGACAAGUCUUGAAGGCGAGCAUCGGAGUGGGGAGUACAGGCAGAGGAUAGAUGUAGGUGUUGAAGCCUAGAUGGGCUUUGUGUUUUAGGGAGGAUGUCCCUGUUUCACAAUUCUGAGGUGGGGUAUUAACCUUAAUAUGUUUAUGUAAAAUGACCGACUAAGGACAGGUCCUGUAGUGUAUGUGUAUAGAAACAAUGUGUGUUUUAGCAUUGUGAUGCAGAUACAGUGCAGUCAAUUCCUCCACCUAAUGUUACAUGAAUUGUAGGAAUUUACGAUUAGGUUAGUUUUGGAGGCUGUAUCCAUUCUAUGACAUGAUUGCUUAAUACUUUCUAUUAAUGAAAGGUGUUUUGUUGGCUGCUUCUGAGUUCCUUGGAUAUCACACAAAGUGCUUGUCACACUCCACCCACAAUUUAUUCUGCUAUAGAAUGUCAUAAGAAUCUUCCAUGUGGGAUAACAUUUGCAAUAUAAUAAACAUUAAAAUAGACUAUAGGUAAGUGUAGUAAGAAAUAUUGAAAUGCAUUUGCUCAUUAGACUUUUUUUUUUUUUUUUUUUAAAGGGGAACUGUCCCUCUGGACUUAUUACAACUUGUAGGUUUUAGCACUCCCCCAACCCUCUCGCUUGUUCCGCUCGUCGCUCAUUCAAGCAGAGCAUUUUGAUAAAUCUUAAAUGUGUCAUUUCUCCUUUUUUAUGCUUUCUCUAUGCGGACUGCCUGAUACAAAUGACAGUUUGCAACUAUUCUUCACAGGCAAGGUGGAUGUACAUUGUUGGAAGGAUAAAGCAGUGUGAAUUUCUACAUUUAAUCUUUAUUUUUCGCCUCACCAAUACUCAGCUGUUGAAUAUAAGCCUAAGUUGCUCUCAAUGUAUUCUUUGUGGUUCAAUAAAGUUAUUGCUCCACCUCUUCCCCUAUUGAGUGUGGAGCAGUGAAUCCCUAAACACGUGUGGUGGUGGUGGUCUUCUAUUAUUGUGGGCACUUGCCUAGUUAUCUUAUUCUCACCAUGCAGAUUGCAACUGGUUAUGAGCAGAGAUUGGAUGCCCAAUAUUAUUGAAAUGGGCUGUUUCAACAGUGAUGGAAGAACUGAGAGUUGUGGGAGAUCGGUUCUUGGGAAACCAUCCUUAUUGAAAUGGAUGAUACCGGUGAUGGGUAUGAAGACACACAAAAGAAUGAGGAAGCAUAUGCUAAGUUAAUUCAGUUCUUGGAUAAGUCUGUAUUAACAAUGAGGGAGGCCGCUUAUGAGAUAAAUGGUACGCAUAUAAAGAUAGUAAAAAAAAAAGUGGCAUGAAAUUCCAGGCCACUGUAAUUAUAACACUGGAAAGCUACAAAGUGUUGUAGAAAAAAAUGGGCAUUAAUUGUAAAAUUGAUAGGAUUCACCUAAACUAAAAUUUGCACGAAAAAAAGUGCCGUGUCAAAACGUAAUUAAAAUGAUCGUGCUUUGAUGUACGUUUAUAUACUCACAAUGCUCUUACAACAAUUAUACAAAUACAAUUAUUUAGCACAAACAUUUAUUUAAUGUCUCCCACGUUACAAUUGGUGGAGGACUGAUAUUUGGGUACUGUGACGUAGUGGUGGGCUUAACACAAUAUGGCCAUAUGGUGGAACUGAAUUCCCAAAUUUGUUUGCAGAGAGGGGAUUUGAAGUAGCCUUAUAAAAUUUAGAAAUGUAUUUUUAGAUGUGCACUAUUCCUUAAUCUGAAAUAUGUAUACAUUUUGGUCACUACGGCAGCACCGGUCCUGCAAAAUGUAUGUUCUGUUUGUGUCCCCAGUUACCGUAUAUACUCGAGUAGAAGUAGAGUUUUUCAGCACUUUUUUUUUGUGCUGAAAAACCCCCACUCGACUUAUACCAGAGUCACUGUCUGUAUUAUGGCAACUUAGGAUGUAUUUAAACUGGGAGAGGAGGGGGGGACAAAAGGGUGAUAAAACAUCAAUCCAAUUGUCCCCCAAAACAAGGACAGAAGGUGCCUGUAGCAAGUGUGUUAAAAAAUGAUAAGCUUAGAGUCAUGUCUACAAAUGCUCGCAGUUUAGAGAAUAAGAUCCAUGAACUUGUGGCAAUAAUGGCAACUGAUAGUGUAGAUUUAGUCGCUGUUACUGAGACAUGGUACAAUGAGAAAAAUGACUGGGACAUAGCAAUACCAGGGUACUCUUUAUAUAGAAAAGAUAGGGAAGGCAAGAAAGUGGGAGGGGUGGCCUUGUAUGUCAGCUCCCUUCUCUCUCGUCCGGUCCGGUCAGGUAAGUUUCGCGAGAGCAGCGAGGAGAAGGGAGCUGACAGGAGCUGCAGGAAAGGAAAGUUGCUGCCAGCCCCCCUCCUAGAUAGCCCAUCCACUGGACCACCAGGGAAUGAGAGCCCCCCUCCUUGGCCAGCUAACAAGCAGGGAGGGGGGACAAAAAAAUCUAAAUAAAAAUGUAAAUAUUAAAAUAAAAAAAUUAAUAAUUAGAAAAAUAACUAAAAAAAUAAUAAUGCCCACCAAGGCUCUGCAUCACACAUACACACACUGCAUUAUAUGCACACACUGUAAAUAAACAAUUAAAAUAACUUUUUUGGGAUCGAAUUUUAUUUAGAAAUUUACCAGUAGCUGCUGCAUUUCCCACCCUAGUCUUUUUCUCGAGUCAAUACGUUUUCCCAGUUUUUUGGGGUAAAAUUAGGGGUCUUGACUUAUACUCUAGUACAGGGGUAGGCAACCUUUUAGCAGCACUAUGCUGAUAUAGGAUUAUGAUGUCCUGUGGCUGCCGUUCCUAUUUUUUUUAAAUUGAGGUGUGUAUGCUGCCGUAUUCUGCUUGUGUUAUUUAUACUGUUUUACGGUACACCCUGGUAUAAGAGGGGUUAAUACCGCUGAGGACGUUCCCUUUCCGAAUGAAGAAGCGGCUAACCGCAGUUCCAAUUAGCCGAACACGAACCAAACAGCUGAACGAGUAAAUCAUACGAAUCCAAUACCCCCAAGUACGAGACCAAGCUCUGUAUUGAGGAUUAAGCAGAGAUCUGGUUUAUUGAGGGCUACCUGCCUGGUAUUUAUGCAGGUCUCCCACCUGGUGAACACUCCCCUAGGGGACCAGAUGGAAGACUGGGACAAUGUGGAUACAGUAGCCAAUCACAGUGGCACAAGCCACUCUAUCCUGGAGAUAAUUGGGAAGUAAUCAAAUUAUCUCCAUGGAUAGAGGCUAAACUCCAUUUUGUACCUGAACAUAAAAAUACAAUAAAAUCAAUAACGUUACAUUACACGAACAGAAUCCCCACAUUCAACGUAUCCCCAGAUAGCUGGGAUCUGAGCGCACAUUAUUACCGAAUGCCUCUCAGAUCCUAUGCAUACAGUUCAAUCGCCAUGGAGCCAAAGUCUUUCACAUUGUCUUUCGGUAUACGAACAGGCUCCAUGGGAUGGCUAUCUGGGGUGCGUCUAUUCGUGCCGGAAAGUACAGAACGGACCGACGUUUGUGUGCUGGAUGGCAGAGAAGGGAGGUCGGCGGCUUCAGCGGUGUUCGUGCAAAAUAGUGUCCGUUUUCAGUUACAUAGUUUGGGCGCCGAACACCGCUGGCCGUUCGGGACUUUAAAAUGGCCGCCGCCACGUGGGAGUUACACGAACAGCGACAUCCCAACGUUCACCACUUAAGCUGCGGUUAACCGAAGGAUAGAUGAAGGCAACGUAAUAGAGCAUAGUUCCAAGACAGAGGGGUCUGUCACAUAAUGUAAUUGCUUGUAUCAUUGUAUUUGUGUGUAUAUGAGCUAUUAUAUUGUAUAUGUUCAGGAGUAGUUUGUGGUAUUGUGUAGGAUACAUAUGAAUAUGUGUAUGGGGGCUGCUUGUGGAAUUGUGUGUGGAUGGAUAUGUCACAUUGUGUGUUUGGUAGUGUGUGUAUGUGUGGGGCUGUUUGGGGUAUUGCAUGUGCAAGGAUGCAUGUGGGGUUGUGUGCAUGUAUGUGGAUUGUUAGCGGGUUACGUUUGUGCAGAUUGUAUAUAUGUUUGAGGGCUGUUAGUAUUAUUUGUAUGAGGGGAGGGUUUUGUGCAUUUCUGUGUAUAUCUAGCAGUAUGGGUGGCUUCCCUGGGUUUCAGUGGGGACCAAGCUGGCCAGGUACAGGUCAAGGACAGGAGCUGCAACAGCAGCUGCAGGCUGCUCUACUACAUUGUUGGGAGGAAGUGAUCUGAGAUCACUUCCUCUACGUGCUACAAUGCAUAAAUUGCGUAUUGUCCUUCACCACCUUUUCGUAUUAGCAGAUAUCUGAAGUUUCACUGGGACUCCUGAUAGGCCAGAGCCUGUUUGGCUGUAGCAGCCUUGAGUGCCGUGCAAAGACACCUUGAGUGCCGUGCAUGGCACUAGUGCCAUAGGUUGCCUACCCCUUCUCUAGUAUAUACGGCAAUUGUGAAAAUGUGUCCAUGACUGUAACCAAAUCUCAGUUUUGUGCAGCUAACCAGAACCAAAACUCACCUGCCUUGUAGUAUCACUAGUGUAUAUAGUUAUAAGUAAUAGCAACAUUGUAGCAUCUGUCAAAGAGUAAAAUAUGAAAAUUGUCAGGAAACACAGCUUUGAGAGAUAUAUAUAUAUAUAUAUAUAUAUAUAUAUAUAUAUAUAUAUAUAUAUAUAUAUAUCUAUAUCUAUAAUAUUAUUUUGAUGAAUAGUAUGGUUUUAAUUGAAUGAAAAGUUACAUUUUGUAUGGGAUUGAUAGCCUCAUCUUUGUUUUUCUAAAAAAUGUCAGGUAUCCCACACAGAGAUGGCCACUGAGCAGUCUGAUCUGACUCUGUAACAGAAAGUGCAUUCUUGACAAUCUCCACAAUGUGCCAGUCAAAUGUUUCUCACAGACAGGCACUGAAUCCAAUCAUUGCUCCUCUAAGAGCAGUAUUAACAGAACAUUGACUUCCUUUGGCAAUGCUGAAGAACAUUGAAAUAUCAAGAACCGAAUCUGAUUUGCGUAUCUGAAAGGGAAUCCCCAUCUAGUGGCUUUCAGUGUUACAGCCAGUAGAGGUUUUUAGCAGUCCACAAUGUAAACCUUGCCAUAUCUCUUAUAAGGCAUAUUCUCCCUGUCUCCCUAAUCUACAUAUCAUCUAACCACACAGUUCAGCACUACACUAUUAGUACUACAGAAUGCCGCUUGCAGUUAAUUUUCAACCAGAUAGUGGGAUACCAUGUUUUUCCACUUCCUUCGAUCAUCCAUGCCAUUAUUUGACAUGUAAGCAUACUCCCUUCGCUUUGGGUGUGGCAAAAAAAAAUCACAGAGCUCACGCAAAUGAUAUUUCAACUUGUGUACAAAUCAUGCAUGUUCUUGUGCUUUCUAUCGGUAUACUCCCUUCAAACUUGACCCUUCUGGGACUGACAGCUGAACCUGAAGCAUUGAGAGAUUUUCAGCCAAAGGCCAUGAAAACGAGGCUUUUGGCAAGCAAAGCAUAAAAGAUAACCCCAGAAGAGAGGAAGUGAAAGAUCAUGUCCUUCAAUAUUAUUUGGAAAUUAUACUGUCAAAUUAUUUCUGCAGAGACUAACCCUUUAGUUCAACCUGUGCACACUAUUGACUGUAGAGUAAAGGACCAAAAGACUAGAGUGCAGGUUAACUGCUUUCAAGGACAAAAAAUAAAUUGCUUAAUUGCUGAAGCUGCAGGAGUGGACACCAGCUCUGUACAUUUUGCGCAUGUGUGAGAGUACAAGACUGGGGCCUAUAGAGGAACCUCUAUAGGUAGUCUAACUCCCUUCAGCCAACCAUAGUGUUUGGCUUCAGCUGUCCAGCCGCAAUGCUUGGAGGCUUGGCACCUGUUGGGACACAUGUAAGUGGCAAAUAAUGGAUAAAUGUUAGUUUGUUAGUUGUUAUGCAUGGAGUAAGUAUUUAAACCCAUUUCCAUGAUUCCUUGGUGGUUGUCUCGUUUGUUUAUUUUUUUUCUCCCACGUGGGACUUAACAUGUGUGUUGCCAGUAAUUUAGUUGGUAACCUGAACCCCUUUGUGUUUCUGUUGGAGAUUUACAAAUUGGUGUUUUUACUUAAAGGAACACUAUAGAGUCAGGAACACAAACCUAUAUUUCUGACCCUAUAAUGUUAAAACCACCAUCUAGUUCCUCUGGGCCCCCUCUUGCCUCCCUAAAUAUGGUAAAAUCCUUACUUGUAUUCAAGCCUGAAUAGCAAGCUGUCUGCUGACCUCAUCAGAAGUGGUGGUCUGAGCCAAUCUCAGUGCUUCCCCAUAUGAUUGGCUGAGACUGUGAAGGAGGCCGAUCAGGGGCAGCUCAAGAAGACAUCUAUGAAGUGGCCAGUGAAGUUAUCACUAGGCUGUAAUGUAAACACUGCAUUUUCUCUGAAAAGACAGUGUUUACAGCACAAAGCUUGAAGUGACUGAUUCUACUUACCAGAACAAAUUCAAUAAGCUGUAGCUGUUCUGGUGACUAUAGUGUCACUUUAAUUCUGCAUCAAAUUGGGCCUUUAAUUUUCAGUCCUCGUUAACUGCUUUUUGCCUGGCUUAUGCUAUAUUAUCUAGCCACUAACACCUACAGCAUGAUCAGCUAUAAAGCCAAGUUGGCAAGAAUUUAAGAACUGUAAUUAAAGUCGCAUUACAAUACAAAAUGCAGUCUAUAGCAUUUUUUUUUUUCUUAAGAAUUUAUUGACAAAAUUAUUGACUAAGUUUUUGGAGUGUGUGGUUCAGACUAGUACUAUAAAUCAUCAUAGUGAUUUUAAUUUAACUGUGUUUUAGCAAGACCUGAAAAUCAAUUGUACUCUGGAAAUGUACAUUGCAUUUGUUGCCUUACACUGAGUACAUGAUUGAGUGUGCAGCCAUGUGUGCGCAGAAAACAGAAUUCCAUGCAAGUGGUUUGUAAAAUGCUUUAUUAAUGUAUAAGUUUAAGGAAGUAGAAAAAGUUGGCGGCACAGAGAUAAUAUGUACAAUUAAAUAUAAGCAAGUAUUAAUCUAGAAAUAAACAAUGAUAUAUAAAACAGAGCAAUAACUUUUUUAUUUUUUGUAUAGAUACAUGUAACUAAACCAUUAUUUUUGCGUAGAUUAGGUGUUUUAAAAAAAAUAAAAUAACACUAAGAAAAUCUGUCAACAUUGAAGUUGCUGUUUAGUGAAUAGGUGAGUGCGCUGGAUGUUGUGUAUUAUAUAAUUUGGCCCCCAGCAGCAUCUCAUUUAUUCAAGUUCAGGUGAGUGCAGCCUCCACCCCUGUUUUGUGUGUGUGUGUGUGUGUGUACAGUCCAAAAAGAGUCCAGUAAAACCUUUGGGAUGAGAGAACAAUCGCAGUUCUAUCUGAGGUAGACGUCUGUGGAGUUGUGGGAUCAAGGGGUUAAAAAAUUUAUUGCAAAAAUGAAAUGUCCUGGUGUUCCUUUUAAAAACCCUUGCCUCUGAAGGGCUAAAUGGUGAUUUUAAACUUUUUAAUUUUCUGUGUUCUUCAAAUCCAUUUUUUUUGUUUUUAUUUUUCCAUUAUUUCUAUCAUUUGUUAUACUUUCAGCAAUUUUACUUUAAUAUCUAUUUUUUUUUUUAAAUCUAUUUUUAUCUUAUAUUAUCCUGUUUUAAAAUGUAUGCUACAAAUCCCUGGUAUGAGUAACCGGAUUUACUUUGUCACAUCUGUUAUGUAUAUAUGUGUAUGUAUGUAUAUGUGUGUUUUAUGUUUUGUGGUUUAUUCCUUAUGUAUUUUGUUGCUUUACCCAACUAGUUUACUAGUCCCUUUUGUUGUUUAUUAUCAGCUGUUAUUUAUUAUACUCUCCCCUCCCAAUGUGGCUGCUCCCCUCCUUCCACUAUUUUUUAUUUUAUUUUAUUUUUUUAUUUUUUUGCCAUUCCUAAUAUGGCUCACACUAGUUUUAUUGCCCUCCCUAACAUGGCUGCUACAUGUUCUACAGUAAAGUUAUGACAAAGUCAUGUGACCAUGACAUAAUUUUGGCGCCAAAAUGAAGUAAUUUGUGGCCUAUAAACAGCCAGUGCUGUCAGGUACAUGGUUUUUAUCCACUUGAGAAAGCCCUAAGGGGAGAAACGCGUUGUGGAAAUUUUAACUGUAUUUUAAUGAAGGUAAUUUGGCCACUUUGUUUUGCGAGAUAGCUAUUUUAUCUUUUUUACCAUUUUUAUUUAUAAAAUAUUUUACCAGGAAAGAUACAUUGAGAUUUCUCUCGUUUUCAAGUAUGUCCUGGGUCCACAAAACAUUGCAUUGAUACAUUAUAGUACAAUAAAAUACAAAAACAAUAAUACACAAUAUAGACAAAAUUUAACAGAACAGGUAGGAAAUAUAUAAUCGAGCAUUCUGUUUUGAGGUAUGUAGAGAGGGAUCUCUUAAAGGACUUUAGGCUUGGGGAAGAUUUGAAAGUGUGUGGGAAGUUGUUCUAUAAUUGCGGUGCUCUGCAGGAAAAGGAAGAUUACGCUGCUUUCUUUUUGUAUUAAGGUAGACUAAAGUGCUGGUACUGGAUCGGAGGUAUGAAUAGAGCAGGUUUAAAGAUUUUUUUUUUUUUUUUUUUUGUGUGUGUGUUUUAAGUUUUAGAAGGGGUAUGAAUGACUGUACCUGGUUACACAAUACGUCAGAUUCAUAAUGGUGUGGUGUAUGUAGUGUUCACGUCAUAACGAGUAUGUGUUCUCUAUGCAGUUAACUGUAAGAUCGUGCAUAACAGGGCUUUAUCUGUUUAAUAAAUAAUACUGAAAAGUACUUAAAGGGUUUCUGCAACUUUAUUUUUAUUUUAUUUUUAAGCAUGAAUUACAAGUGAAACUAAAUUUUUAGGCAUAACUAGUGGGAAAAAUUUGGAUUCAGUCUGAAGUAAUGACGACUUACAACUUGAUGAUUAUGUAUGUAUGUAUGUAUGUAUGUAUUCUGCUCAAAAAAAAUAAAGGGAACACAUCCUAGAUCUGAAUUAAUUAAAUAUUCUUCUGAAAUACCUCGUUCUAUACAUAGUUGAAUGUGCCGACAACAAAAUCACACAAAAAUAAAUAAAUGGAAAUCAAAUAUUUUUUAACCCAUGGAGGUCUGGAUUUGGAGUCACACUCAAAAUUAAAGUGGAAAAACACACUACAGGCUGAUCCAACUUUGAUGUAAUGUCCUUAAAACAAAUCAAAAUGAGUCUCAGUAGUGUGUGACUUACCUACAGGGAUCUCCUUCCAGAUCUGGACUAAAGCAUCUGCCAACUCCUGGACAGUCUGUGGUGCAAUGUGACGUUGGUGGAUGGAGCGAGACAUGAUGUGCUCAAUUGGAUUCAGGUCUGCGGAACGGACAGGCCAGUCCAUAGAAUCAAUGCCUUCGUCUUGCAGGAACUGCUGACACACUCCAACCACAUGAGGUCUUGCAUUAGGAAGAACCCAGGGCCAACUGCACCAGCAUAUGGUCUCACAAGGGGUCUGAGGAUCUCAUCUCUGUACUGUAGUCAGGCUACCUCUGGUGAGCACAAGGAGGGCUGUGCGGCCCCCCAAAGAAAUGCCACCCCACACCAUUACUGACCCACUGCAAAACCGGUCAUGCUGGAGGAUGUUGCAGGCAGCAGAACGUUCUCCAUGGCGUCUCCAGGCUCUGUCACGUCUGUCACAUGUGCUCAGUGUGAACCUGCUUUCACCUGUGACGAGCACAGACGGCGAAUUUGCCAAUCUUGGUGUUCUCUGGCAAAUGCCAAACGUCCUGCACAGUGUUGGGCUGUAAGCACAACCCCCACCUGUGGAUGUCGGGCCCUCAUACCACCCUCAUAGUCUGUUUCUGACCGUUUGAGCAGACACAUGCAGUGCUCCUCCUGUUCCUCCUUGCACAAAGGCAGAGGUAGCAGUCCUGCUGCUGGGUUGUUGCCCUCCUAUGGCCUCCCACAUCUCCUGAUAUACUGGCCUGUCUCCUGGUAGUGCCUCCAUACUCUGGACACUAUGCUGACACACAGCAAACCACCUUGCCGCAGCUCGCAUUAAUGUGUCAUCCUGGAUGAGCUGCACUACCUGAGCCACUUGUGUGGGUUGUAGACUCCGUCUCAUGCUACCACUAGAGUGAAAGCACCGCCAGCAUUCAAGUGACCCAAACAUUAGCCAGGAGGCAUAGGGACUGAGAAGUGGUCUGUGGUCACCACCUGCAGAACCACUCCUUUAUUGGGGGUGUCUUUCUAAUUGCCUAUAAUUUCCAACUGUUGUCUAAAGUGGAAAAAUACACUACAGGGAUCAUUUGCACAACAGCAUGUGAAAUUGUCACUCAGUGUUGCUUCCUAAGUGGACCGUUUGAUUUCACAGUUUGACUUGGAGUUACAUUGUGUUGUUUACGUGUUCCCUUUAUUUUUUUUGAGCAGUGUAUAUCCUUUGUGCAUUGUAUAUUUUCUUGCCUGUAUGUCAUGCUAAAGUGUAGUUUUGCUAGCCCUGUAUGUAAUUGUUUUAUUCACCUAUAUGCAUUUCUCCUCUAAUUUCUGACUGACCUCUGACCCCUCCCUUCUUUGAUUUUAAUUUUUUUUAUUUGAAUAACCAUCCCUUCAUCUCUGUGACUAAAUACAUACCCCCUCCCUCAGCUUUAUUGCAAGCCUGUCUGACCCUUGCAUAUCUUUAUUCAACAGCCUGAUUUCAAAACUAUCAAGCCCCAAUACUGCUGUAUGAACGUAUACCUCCCCUCUCCACCCCAUACUUAUUACAUUUAUAGAUUGUCUGUCUCUGUCUGUCUGUCACACCCAAAUUUUAAAUGAGUACAAAUAACAGGUAUACACACUACUGCCUCUUAUUGGUACACUCCUGCACGUUCUUAACCCAUAAAACUUAAUAUUUACCUUACCUUCACCUGCUCUUGAUAUUUCAAUUAUUUCCAAUUUACUUUUUCCCAGUUUAGCAAUGAUCUGUCUUCUCAUCUUUAUUUCCUCUUUCUCCCUCAGUCUAAAAAUCUCUUUACAGCCACUUCACUCAUUUUCUCCCCCCCCCCCACUUUUACAUAUGCUCAUCUCAUGCCUUGUACUAAUUUUUCUACUCUCACUGCGACCCACAAUCGAUCUCAUCCUAGACCCCAUGCAUACAAAACCCAUUCACACCUCCUGUCACUUUCUCUCCUGCUUCUAGCAGCUGGUGAUGUCUCUCCCAAUCCAGAGCCCUUCACUUUCUCUACACACACUAAGAAAACCAGAAACCCCACCAACCUCAUCACAAUACCCUGCCCUUUACCGUCACUUACCAACAUUCAGUGUGCACUCUGGAACGCCUGCUCAGUCUGUGGUAAUGUUAAAAUAAGCCGCCAUAUAUGUAUUUUUCAUCUCUGACUACUUGCACUUGCAGAGACCUGGCUGCCCCCCUCUGAUAGUGCUACUCCUGCCUCUUUACAAUGGAGUCUGGGAGUGUGAGAGAAUUGUAGCCCACCAAAACAUAAAGGAGGUGGUGUAGGCAUCCUUCUCUCCCCUCUAUGUACCUUUCAACCAAUCAUAACUGCCCCUGCCCUAUCCUUUUCUUCUUUUGAAGUUCACACUGACUGCCUAUUUAACCCCCACUCCUUUAAUAAUUGUGAUCAUCUACCGCCCUCCUCCCCCUCCCGGUCAUCCUAAGCUAUUCAUUGAGCUCUUUUCUUCAUGGCCUUCCCCACUCUCAUGCUCUCAUCUAGCACUCCUUCCCUUAUACUUGGGGAUUUCAAAAUCCCAAUCAACAACCCCAACUGCACUGAUGCUUCUCGUGUGCUCUCUGUAACCACCUCUUUUUGGCCUCACGAAAUUAUUUCGCGCUGUCUUUUGCGCUGUCUCGCUCUCUCUUCGUCCUUCAAACAUACAACUGUAACCCCAAUUCUAAAGAAGCCCAACCAUGAGCCUAACUCCCCGUCCAACUACCGUCCUAUCUUGCUACUGCCUUUUGCAUCCAAGAUCUUUAAGAGUUGUGUAUGUGAGAUUGACAGACUUCCUUGAGUCUAACUCUCUGCUAGACCCGCUUCAGUUUGGUUUACGUGCUAAGCACUCUGUGGAAACAGCACUGACCAAAGUAUCCAAUGAUCUACUCCCUGCAAAAUCUCAUGGUCACUACUCUAUCCUAAUUCUCACUGACCUUUCAGUGGCUUUUGACACUGUUGAUCAUCAACCGCUUCUUCUCAUCCUCGGCAAUAUCAGUCUACACGAUAUCGCACUCUCCUGGUGCUCCUCCUACCUCUCCCAGUCUUUCGGUAGUUGUAAAGUCUUAAUUUGGCUUUCGGGUAUCCGCUUCCAUCCUUGGGGUGAUGUACUGCAGCUUCCGUCCUUGGGGUGAUGCACUGUAUCACCCAAGGACCAGAGCUGAUACCUUAAAGCCAAAUUAAGACUUUACAACUACCCAAAGACUGAGGAUCCAUAAACUGGACUGGUUCUAAGAGGUACCAAUGGCCCGUUCCACUGAUUGGGUAGUAAGCCCCCCUCGAGGCUUAUAGGCUUUUUUGCACAACCAGAAAUAUUUUUUUGUGCCACUUUUCUUGUGAGUUUUAUUCAUUAUUUAUAUUUCAAUCAUUAAAUACUUCAAUAUGUAUUUUUUCCUUUUGGUUUUCUCUACAUGUCAUCCUUUCCGACUGAGUGGUAAAUAUUACCCACACUUUUGUGAUAGUGGCGUCCUCACUUGUAUAUUAAUAUACUUCCUGUAUUUAUUAAGGAUUGGUUUGGUCUCAGCCAAAGUGAAGAACAGGCAUAGGACUUCAAAAUCAACACGAUCUAUACAAUUUAUGUUUAAAUAAAAAAUUUGAUAUAGGAGUGUAGUAUAGCACAAUACCAAAAGGCAAAAUAGUUUAACCUAGUGCAGCUAUUGUGUAUAAGCUGCUCUAGCCCCGACAGCAUUUAUCAUUGAAACGUUUGUACUUUGAAUGCUCUUUGAAUAAAUUUGGGCUGCACUUUAUAUUGCAGUUUGUUUAAAGAAGAUCACAAAAUGCUUAGCUGACUAAGUACAACGUAAAUUUCAUAGUUUAAAAAAUUCUCAAAGGACCACUACAGGCACCCAGACCACUUCAGCUCAAUGAAGUGGUCUGAGUGCCAGGUCACUCUAGUUUUAACCCUGCAGCUGAAAACAUAGCAGUUUCAAAGAAAUGGCUAUGUUUCACUGAGGGUUAAUCUAGCCUCCAGUGGCUGUCUCACUGACAGCAGCUUGAGGUGCUUCCGAAAAUCAGUGAGAAGAUGCUGGACGUCCAUAGGAAAGCAUUAAGUAAUUUCCUUUCCUAUGGGCGGUUUGAAUGCUCUUGCCGUGCAUGCUCAUUCAGAUCUGACGUUGGCAGGGGGUGGAGAGGUCACCAGCACCGAGGGAGCCUGGCGCUGGAGAAAGGUAAGUGACUGGCUGAAGGGGUUUUAACCCUUUCAGCCCAGCAGGUGGGGGGGGACCUAAUGACCCUACAGUGCCAGGAAAACAAGUGUUUUCCUGGCACUAUAGUGGUCCUUUAAUUUAAAUUGUGUGUUGGAUUUACACCCAUCUUUCCUACGGCAGUCCAGGACCGUUUUAAAAUAUUGUCUACAGGUAAGUGUGUAAUCUGCAUACAGUAUGUAUAUCUAUAUCCAGUUAGACUUUGGUUAAUGUUUAAUUGGAAUAGCAAAUACUUUUACACUUGAUUUUAUAUUUAAAGGAACAAAUGUAUUCCUUACAUUCUAGUGGCAAAAUCACAAUUUAGGUCCCUGACCCUUCUCCUUGCAGUAAGACGGUGAGUUUACUCUCUCUUUAAAAUGUAUUUCUUUUUUGUGCCGCGGCCAUCUAUCUGCAACUGGUCCGACCUAGCUCCUCCUCCAUGGCUGAGAUCUGGUGGCAAAGUGAUGAAGUGAUGAACCAAUCAGCAUCUCCUCACAGAGCUGCAUUAAAUCAAUACAGCUCUACAGGGAUCAUUCAGCAUCUCCAUACAGAAUGUGGAGACUGGACAUCCAUCCUACACACUGGGUAGCCCUGACACAGAAAGCACCUCUAGUAACCGUCUCAUUGACUCCCACUAGUUGUGUUACUAGGCAGCGAUGUUGGCAUUGAAAAUCCUGCAUGGACAAACGAUGGGCUGAAGUAUUUCUGAUGACCAUAGUGUCCUUUUAAUCUAGUCGGAGUACGUGACCUAUCAUGGCCAGGAAUUGGCAAGUCCUUUGUUAACAUAUGUCAUGUAGUAAAAUCUUUGAGGUAGCAGGGAAAUGUUUACACCUGGCGAUUUUGUUUAUUGCGCUUUUAAGUCCGUUAUCUACAUUAACACUUUUUUUUUUUUUUUUCAUUCAUGUGAGCAUAGUCUAAGGAUUCAAAGAAUUAUUUUUUUGCUCUGUAUUUCAGUUUUUAACGUGUUAAAAUUCUUGUGACAUUCUUGUUAAAAUAACACUUGACUGAUACAAUUUCUUUUAGAUUCAUAAUUUAUAUGGCAAGUGACCUGUGACUAGAUCUUUCUCCAUGUGUUAAACAUUUUAAACUAUCAAACUCCUCUGAAAUAAGGGUAGUACGUCACUUGCAUCCACACUAGUUUAUUACAGUAGAUAGAACUCCUGUUUGCCUAUAGUCUGACACUUGAAUAUUCUGUUCUUACUGCACUUAAAAGUGCAAUUGAACUUUAUAUGAUUUUGUCGAUGCAUUGAUGUAAAUCUAAAACGAUAACUGCAUUCUCCAUGUAUGACCGUUCCUGUAAUCUUCUAAGGCAGUCUGAAGUCCAGACUCCCAUCAAAGGAAAAUCUGAAAUAGAUGAUUUUUAGUUCGUAAUUUUUAAAUAUAUCUUUUUGGGAUGCUUGAUCUUUUGGAGUGUUUUUGGUAAUGGCCGAGCUUAUUUGUAAUUUUUUUUUUUUUUAAUUUUUUUUCUUGGCCCAUGGUUGCUUCUAAACUGGGUGUUUGGCCAUUACAUAUUGCUGCUCUUGCCUACCUAUCCUCUUAUAUAAAAGUAUGUCCCGUCCAAGCCUCUACACUGCCAAAGUUCUGCAUCUAUUUUAGGUUUGUACUUGCAUCUCUGACGCUCACCUUCAAGACUUGUCAAGGGCUGCACUGUUCCUAUGGAACUCCUUUCCCUCCUCUGUUAGACUCUAACACAGCAUAUCAAUUAAACUGUUAAUAGCUUUUCCCUCCCCUCACCUUAGUAAGCCAUCCUGCUUCCUUUCUUGCAACUGCGUCAUCCAAUAAACUAAUCCUUCAAUGUAAAUUAUUCUAGUAACCUACUUUCUCCUGUACAUGAAUUACAUCCUACCCUUGUCUCCUGUGCCACUUUAACCCACUUCCUCUAGAAUGUAAACUCGUUGGAGCAGGACCCCCCCAUAUCUUCUGUUCCUGUGCGUUCAGCUAGUCUUGUUGCAAAUGCAUGUUAGUCCACCUAUUGUACAAUGCUACAUACUUUGGUGCUUUAAAAAUAGAGAUGUGUUUUGAGGCAAAAUAUAGGGUCUUUUCCUCCUUACCACCUUAUUCCGCUUGUGUUUAUUUUUAUUUUAUUUUUUUUGUAAUCAAGAAAGCUAAUGAAUAAAUGAACGUUAAAUCAGUUCAUUUCAGUCGAGUUUGUUAGUGUUCCUUUUAAUACAAUAAACCGACUGAAAUACAGGGCCAUACCAAAACUAAAGUAGAAAUGUGACACCCUUUUCUUUUAAUUAUGUUUGUCUUUUACAUUGAAAGAUAAUUUAGACAUCAUGCAUAGGCAAUCCUUUUCUGCUUUAAAUAGUUGCACGUGUCAUAAAACAAACUCUAACUGUAAAUUCUUAUUUCCAGCUGUCUUUUGGGGAGAUAUUGCCUUAGAUGAAGAAGAUUUAAAAAUGUUUCAAAUUGACAGAACAAUUGACCUCACUCAGCAUUCAAAUUAUAAAGUGGGACACACCACAGGUAAGAUUUACAAUGUAAGAUGUACCUUGUUGAUGUUUUCUUGUAUACGCAACGGAAUGUGCCCAACAUCUGUUUUUGCAUAAGUGUUAUUCACACAAUUUUUUUUUUUUUUUCUUCCCUUGCCAAACUACCUUGCUGUGCUCUGAAUAAACCUACCAUAGCUAUAUAAAUCUGAGCAUAUAUAUUGCUAGGGGACCUGAUAGGGUGGGCCACAUCUGGAUUCCAAAAUGCACCUCUGCUCUUACCUAUUCUAGUUUUUGUUUAAAUACACUAUUAUUUUGGUAAUGCAUCAUCCUUUUGAGCUGUAUAAAUUAGUCUUCCUGAAGAAAAUGUAAUUCUCACAGUGACUGAAAAGACAUGGUAACUUACCGUAUAUACUAGAGUAUAAGUUGACCCGAAUAUAAGUCGAGACCCCCAAAAAACUGGGAAAACUUAUUGACUCAAGUAUAAGACUAGGGUGGGUAAUGCAGCAGCUACUGGUAAAUUUCUAAAGAAAAUUAGAUCCCCAAAAAAUUAUAUAUAUUUAGUGUGUGUAUGAGUGCAGUGUGUUUAUGUGAUGCAGAGCCUUGGUGGGGGUGGGCUUUUUUAAAUUUAAUUUUAAUAUUAAAUUUUUUAUUUGUAUUUUUUUCGUCCCCCCUCCCUGCUUGUUAGCUGGCUAGUGAGGGGGGGCUCUCAUUCCUUUGUGGUCCAGUGGAUGGGCUGUGUAGGAGGGGGCUGGCAGGAAGCUGUAACUUACCUUUCCUGCAGCUCCUGUCAGCUCCCUUCUCCUCCCCUGUAAGUCUCGCGGUGUGACUGCUGCACAGAAAGUUGCCACGGUAACGUGGAAACGCUUUGACCCCUCGGCUCUCGCGAGACUUGCAGUUGAGCUGACCGGACCGGAGGAGAAGGCAGCUGACCGGAGCUUCAGGAAAGGUAAGUAACCGCUCGUUGCCAGCCCCCAACAGGACCGCCGGGCUUGUAAUGAGCCCGCCGGUCCUGGUCUGUAUUAUGGCAAUGUAAGUUGCCAUAAUACCGACAUUGACUCGAGUAUAAGUAGAGUGGGGGUUUUUCAGCACAAAAAAUGUGCCCCAAAACUCGACUUAUACUCGAGUAUAUACGGUACUCACAGCAAUGUUAAUUGUGAAGGAGUGAUGUUCUAAUGUGACUUUAGCAUGUAUAGAAUGCCUGGCAAAAAUGUACAUUAAAGUAUGCUCGGUAUUUGGAGUUGAGAACAAUCGGAGUAAUUUAAAAUGUUGGCUUUUUUUCUACUUGUUUCUCAUAAAGUAUAAAAUUUAGAAAGAAAACAAGUAACUUUGAGAAGGAAUUCUACCAUCUAGAAGUCUAGCGUUGACAACACCGUUAAUCCUUCAUGUAGGCUGUAAAUGGAUUUAAAGCCCGUUUUGAAUAACGCAAGGGAUUGGUUUAGUUAUUCGUUCCCUAUGUUUAACUUACCAGUUAAAACUAUAUCCUGUCUGGAGGUAUUUUCUCUGUUAAAGUAUAAAACUAUUCACCUUUCUCCAGUGGCCUUUCAGCUACAGACCUAUGACCUUUCUGACACAAUUUGUUUAGUUUCAUUUAAAAAAAAUAAAUAAAAAAAAUAAAAAUCUUUUGGGGGUGGGAGAGUUAUGAUCCUAGGAGUGAGAGGAAACCCUGAAUUACAAAAUGUUUUGCACCAAGUUAUCCCUUUUUGGGAAAUGUUUCCAUCUGAAGUUUGUGUAGUUUUUUACUUGGGCAAGUAUCAACUCUUAUAUUUCCUUAAUACGAGACAAGCCUAGGUGGACAAAUGAUUGACCUGAAAGGUCUUAAAAGAAUGAUGCAGGUUACUUUUUUAAACCAAACUUGUGGGACUCCACAAAAAGUUUCAAACCCCCCCCCAAAAACUAAAAUAUAAUUCCUCUUUAAAUCUGGCCGAGCUGAAGUGUGAAACUUGACAACUGGUUGUUUUUGCUUCAGAUAUCUUGAUGUACAUUCUGCUAAGCACCAGCAUGUUUUUGGAGAUGCUGGAAUCACACAAACCACUGACUUUUUGUCAGGAAAGAUAUAUCACGGGGCCCUAGGCAGGUUCUCCAUUUGGAGUCCACCUUAUCUUCACGGAUUACGGGGCAUAGGCAGCUGCCUUAGGUCUACUUAUGUUUUAUCCAGAUAUGUGCGUACUUGCCACUUAAUAUGGAACUCUACUCUUCUACAAACUAUAGAAUCCUCUCUUUAUUCUCUUUCAAUCCACAAGCAUGUAUUCUGCAUUCCUGCUGUUGAAAACAAAUGUUUGUGCAUGUAAUUUUGGAAAUCCAGAAUGUCCUCUGCACUCUCCCAAAAUUAACAAGCUUGUGUAUAUUAUUGGUCAAUCCUUUUGACAAGUGAGGCAUAUCAUGGUUCUCACAUUUCGUUGCAGAAAAAACAGAACUGGGCACUUCAUUGGCUUCAUAUGUUUGCAGUAAAAAUAACACCAACAAAAUGUACUAGUAUGCUUUAGAAAUCUUAUUUAUGAAGACAAAAGUGACUUUUUUAAAAAUGUUGAUUAGACGACAUGAUCAGAAGACAAGUUUGCAGGCAGAUUACACCCGCCACCCCCUUGCGUUAACAUACUCUAGACCUAACCAACUAUCAAUCUGUAAAGAAAAAUACAAUGGAUUUGAUCUUGAAACUGGUCCUCUCUAACUUGUUGUUUCUGUAUUGUCCGAUUGCUGAAGUUUGUAUACACUAGACAGGAUGAAUAACAGUCGUAGUACUGGAUUUUCAGCGUUAUAUAGACUUGUUUUUUUUUGUAGAAGAUCAUUCAUUAUGUCAUUUGGUAUUGCAGCUCGCAUCUAGAUUAUUGAUUUUUAAACCUACUCAGGAGUUUCUGGUUUUAUUACAAGUCCGUAGCUGCCUGAUACCAUUGCCAUUUUAGUGUGAACAUAGGAUGUGGGUGUUUAUUUUUUUUUUUUCCUUCCAGAUCAGUUUCAAGACCAACGAUGGUUUGAAAAAAGUAAAUGCGCCCUUUUUAAAGUCUCCUUUUACUUUGUAAUUGACCUUCUUUUGAGGUUGAAAAUGAAAGUCACUUAUAUGCAUUCAAGAUAAAAGCCAUAUAUUUGACUGCCAAUCAGUAUGGCACAAAAGAUGUGAAGGUCACCAAGAGCAAAGACUUACAGAUAAUUUGAUGUUGUCAUGACAUGUUUGAAGUUUUCAUUACAGUUUGCUUUAGAAAAUGUAAAGAAUUAAUCAACAUUGAGCACUGCUUGUUUAAAAUAUCUUCCUAUUUCUAGAGUGGUUGGCUAGAAAUUCUAAAGCAUUAAGACAAAUACUCAAAACCUUUUAAACAUGAGAAACCUUUGGAAAAAAAUAAUGCGAGUCUUACACAAAAUUCCACCAAAAAUAUACAAUUUGUCUUUUUAGCAUACCUUUCUGAAAUUCUUGCAAGCUUUAGCUUUUUUUCAUAUAUAUUUUAGCCCAUACAGUUUUGGUUUAUGUUUAGUUCAAGUGUCUUCAGAUAGGACACCAACAGGGAUCUUCACUAAAGCUUGAAUUGUAGCAAUGAUCACACAAUCAGCAAAAUGUAUGCUACAACUGCAAAGCUGUUACUAUAGUGAAGAUGCAUGAACUUUCCAGAUUGACUGUAUGGCCUAAAUUAAUAUUAAUGGUUGCUUUCCUUAAACGGAUUCUAAAGUGUUAGGAGUAGAAAUCUGUUUUCCAAACACUAUACUGCCCUCUGGUCUCCUUCUUCCUUGCUCCCCCACCAUAGAACAUAAAAGGUUUUAAAAAAACCUUUAUUUACAACUCAAACUCCAGCGCUGUGUACCUCGGCACUCCGACUCCUCAGACAUCAUGUGCGGCAAGCAGAUUCAAGCCUGAAGCUGUAGCUCUGCAUGCUGUUUUUCUUGGAAAAACAAGCUGUCUGCUGACCUCAGAAGUGGUGGCCUGAUCCAAUCACAAUGCUUCCCCAUAGGAUUGACUGAGACUGACAAGGAGGCAGAGCAGGGGCAGAGCCAACACGAUUCAAACACAGCCCUGACCAAUCGGCAUCUCCUCAUAGAAAUGAAUUGAAUCAAUGAAUCUCUGAGGAAAGUUCAGUUUCUGCAUGCAGAGGGAGGAGACUCUGAAUGUUUGGAUGCAUUUUAGGCAGCCAUGACCCAGGAAGGAUCGCUAACAGCUAUCUGAGGAGUGGCCAGUAAAGUUAUCACUAGGCUGUAAUGUAAACACUGCAUUUUCUCUGAAAAGACCGUGUUUACAGCAAAAAGCCUGAAGGUAAUGAUUCUACUCACCAGAACAAUUUCAAUAAGCUGUAGUUGUUCUGGUGAGUAUAGUGUCCCUUUAAUUUUAUGCAAGGUUAUAGUGUUUUUCAUUUAAACAUUGGUUAUUCACUAAACUAUGACUUCUCCUUCUAACCAUAGUGACAAUUUGUCUAUUUUUGCUUUUGUUAUGUCACUUGAAAGCCAUUUGCAAAAAUACAGUGUUGUAAAUACUAUAUGUAUAUAGAUGUAAGGUAGCAGUAGGACAAUUUCUACACUGCUUCUUAUCCAAAGAACAGCUAUGACUGACCAACAGCUUAUCUAGUGUUAGUAUGUUACCAAGUAAUGAUCUGAAAGGGGUACUCAUUCCAAAAAAAGAUUGGGUAGCAGGAGACUGAGACUUGUGGUGUACAAUAAAACCUGUCUAAAUGGGAAUGGUGGACUCCAUUCCAUAUCACUUUUUUUAAUUUGUAACACUUUUGUUUUAGUUCUCCUCCUUUUUCCCAUCAUUAGAGCAAGUGGCAUGUGUCUGAGCUGUUUUGGGGAGACAAACCUUUCAACAUUUAAUUGGUUGUGUCUGUAAUAUUGGAUCAUUAACUUUUUUCAUUUUUUUUUUUUUCAGGUGGCCUUGGAGAACAUGAUUUAGAAAAAAAGAGGGGUGCUCUCUAUCAGCUUAUUCAAAGGAUACAAAGAUUUGGAUCUGGUACUUCCAUAUUUUUUUUUUUUUUUUCUCUCUUCAUGGUCUUGUAAAUCAAAAACUGCUUGCCUUUUUAACCUGAGUAUUGUACACCUCUUAUGAAGGGCAUGUAUAAUUUUCCAAUUAAGCUGUUUAGACAUACGUAAACAGUAAAGCUAUUAGGUUGCUUCUUCAGAGCACUGAUAAUAAAAACAUCUGUUCUCAAGUGCCAUUCCACAUCUUAGGUGUCAACAAACUGAGAACUAAGGGACCACUGUGUGCGUUUUAAAAUAGCAAUCCUUAGGGAAGUAUAAGUGUAAAUCUCCUCCCAAAAUGUUCAGUGUUACUUAAGGUUACCAGACUAAACUGGAAGUCAUGCCUGCCUAGUCACACAUUUCUUAGAUCUAUACAAUAAGGCUAUAUACAAGUCUUUACACCAAGGGUAUUCCUAGAUGUAGGACUGACCUGAGCUGGAGCCAUGAUUGGGUUCCUAUAAAGCCACAUGUCUAUGUAAUCUUGUGAGAAAAUAACCGGCAUAAUUGUAGUUGACAGUUGGCAUAGUUGUUAGUGCAGAGUUUUAAUGCAGCAGGGGGUACAUAUUUAGGGAUUGAAGUUGGAGUGAAUGUUGCAUGUGCAAGAUUUGUAUAGAGUAGACUUGACAAAGGUUAAUCUCCCCACAGCUGAAGUUGAGGAAAUCCUUCUUUAUAUCACUAAAGCGAAUUGGCUCAGGCUCAAGGAAUACCCUUUUCCUUGUUGAGCUGUUUUUUGUUUGUUUUUUUUAAACUGAAUUGACAAAAUUUAGAGGGACUUUAUCCAUUGUCUUCUAGCAUCUUGACCCCUACAAUAAGCUGACCCUUUGGAAAAAAAACACUAAUGUUAGAAAUACAAACCUGUAUUGAUAACAGGAGAUUAUAACUAAUUAGAUUAUUGGAUCCACUUUUCUUAUCUUUAGCCCCCCCCUCCCCCCAUGUAUGCCAGUCUUUUCUGGUGUGCAUGCACAGAUAUCGCCACCCUGGGCUAACCUGCCAUCUUCAUCCUUUGCAUUUCUAUGGGGAGCAUUUGUCUUCAUGCAAACCUCUAUCCUGCAAAUAUUGCAGUACUGCACCGGGAAGGGCCCCUAGUGCCUGUCUGAGGGGAGCUAAUGGAAGGAGGAAACAAACCUCCCAAACUGGCUGACAGCCAGGGGGGUGUUCAUAAUGUAAAUAUAAAAGUGAGGAUUGCUCAUUAAAAUUAGAAUACUCUUCACCCAUAAAGCACUUCAGCAAGCUGAAUUGGUGUCUUUUAAGAUGUGAUGCUUGGUGUCACACUGAGAAAAGCAAAUACCGUUGGCAAUGUUUUUCUCUGAACACUUCUGACUCAAAAAGGAUGAGUGCUAUAAAAAUAUAUGAUUGUUUAAAUAAUAUACAUGGUUUUUAUAUUUUGUUUUGCGGUGGCUUCCUUUUUUGGACUUUUUUUUUUUUCAUUUGUAAGUGAUGAUCUUGAUAAUUUUAGUAUUGACAAGGGUGAAGAGUAGGAAGACUCUGUAAAGUCUAGUUUUAGACAGUGUUUGACCACUUCAAUUCCUCAUAGAUUAUGAACGUACUAAUGGAACUAACGAAAAGGAUUCCAAGCCUCCAGGGAAAAAUGAGAGAACUCGAAUUCCCAGAGCAGCUACAUCUCGAGCAGAAAGAAUAUGGCCCGGUGGAGUCAUUCCAUAUGUUAUUGGUGGCAAUUUCACUGGUAAGAGAAUUGGUUAAUUGUCUAAAAAUUUCUGAAAACUGGGUGCUUUGGGAGAUUGAGGAGCUUAGACUGAAAGGCUAGUCUUGGUUAUAAAGUUUCUGAAGUGUGCAGGCAAACAUUGCCACUAUACCUUAAAAAAAUAUAUAUAUUUUUGAAGGGUGGCAGGGAAGAGACCUGAAGUUUGCAUGUUUUUGCUUUUACCAGUUUUCAUACAGCAACUACUCACUUAAUCUGUUCUAACAACGAACAUUGUUUUUUUUCAUUACAUAGUUACAUAGUUACAUAGCUGAAAAGAGACUUGCGUCCAUCAAGUUCAGCCUACCUCACAUUUGUUUUUUGCUGUUGAUCAAAAAGAAGGCAAAAAAACCCAGUUUGAAGCACAAUUUUGCACAAGCUAGGAAAAAAAAAUUCCUUCUUGACCCCAGAAUGGCAGUCAGUUAUCCUUGGAUCAAGCAGUUAUUACCCUACUUUGAAAGAUUAUAUCCUUGAAUAUUCUGUUCUUGCAAGUAUGCAUCUAGUAGCCGUUUGAACAUCUGUAUGGACUCUGAUAAAACCACUUCUUCAGGCAGAGAAUUCCACAUCCUGAUUGUUCUUACAGUAAAAAAAACCUUUCCUUUGUCUAAGGCAAAAUCUUCUUUCUUCCUUAAAAACAAAUACCAGAGUUCUAAGCCAUGUUAUAUUUGCUAAAUCUGUUCUAUACUGCAGACAACAUGCAAUAAAAAAAUAAAAAAAAAAUUCUAGCAAUACCCAAAACAAGGUACCCUGUACAGAAACAAAUCCUGCCUAAGCCCUACAGUAAGGAAACUGUGCAACAAAUGCUAAUGUCAGUCAUUGAUUAUAACCUCCAAUCCAGUACCAGCACGAUAUUGGCAUACCGCAAUACAAAAAUAAAGUGUCUCGAUCCUCAUUUUCCUAAAGAGCACCGCAAUUAUGGAAUAACCUCAGGGACACAGUCAAAUCUUCAUUAAAUCUAAAAUCUUAUAAGAUCUAUGGCAAUAUACCUCAGGCAAUAUAUUGGUCUAGAUGAAAAUGCUUGUUCUUGGGUAGAACAUUGGCUUAAAAACAGAGUACAAAGAGUUGUCAUUUAAUGGUAAAUUUUCAAGCUGGACAGAGGUGGCGUCCCUCAGGGGUCUGUUCUGGGACCCCUUCUAUUAAACAUGUUUAUAAAUGAUCUUGAAGACCGCAUUGAAAGUCAUGUUUCAGUGUUUGCAGAUGACACCAAACUUUGUAAAACAAUACAAUGUGAGCAAGAUAUUACUUUGCUGCAGAGGGAUUUAGAUAGACUGGGGGACUGGGCACUCAAAUGGCAGAUGAAAUGUAAUGUUGAAAAAUGCAAAGUUAUGCACUUCGGCGUAAAGAAUACACAAGCAACGUAUACCCUUAAUGGAAGCGAAUUAGGGAUAACAACACAUGAAAAGGACUUGGGAAUUGUUAUAGACAACAAACUAUGCAACAAUGUGCAAUGUCAAUCAGCAGUGGCCAAGGCCAGUAAGGUAUUGUCAUGCAUGAAAAAGGGCAUUCAUUCUCGGGACAAGAAUAUAAUUUUGCCUCUUUAUAAAUCACUGGUAAGACCCCAUAUUGAAUAUGCUGUGCAAUUUUGGGCACCUGUUCUAAAGAAGGAUAUUAUGGCACUAGAAAAAGUGCAGAGGCGGGCUACAAAAUUAAUAAAAGGAAUGGAACAUAUCGGCUAUGAAGAAAGGUUAACAAAUUUAAACCUAUUUAGUUUAGAAAAACGUCGCCUGAGAGGGGAUAUGAUAACAUUAUACAAAUAUAUUCGGGGCCAAUACAAACCAUUGUGUGGAAAUCUAUUCACAAACCGGACUUUACAUAGGACACGAGGCCAUGCGUUUAGACUGGAAGAAAGAAGAUUUCGUCUAAGGCAAAGGAAAGGUUUUUUUACUGUAAGAACAAUCAGGAUGUGGAAUUCUCUGCCUGAAGAAGUGGUUUUAUCAGAGUCCAUACAGAUGUUCAAAAGGCUACUAGAUGCAUACUUGCAAGAACAGAAUAUUCAAGGAUAUAAUCUUUCAAUGUAGGGUAAUAACUGCUUGAUGCAAGGAUAAAUCUGACUGCCAUUCUGGGGUCAAGAAGGAAUUUUUUUCCUAGCUUGUUGCAAAAUUGUGCUUCAAACUGUUUUUUUUUGCCUUCUUUUGGAUCAACAGCAAAAAACAAAUGUGAGGGAGGCUGAACUUGAUGGACGCAAGUCUCUUUUCAGCUAUGUAACUAUGUAAUAUCUAUGGCAAUAGAAUGUACCUGUCAUGGUUGAAUAUAUUAAAAUGUAUGAAAAUGAGAGAAAUCUCAAUGUAUCCAUCCUGGUAAAAUAUUUUAUAAAUUAAAUAGGCUUGAUUUUUGAUUAAGGCAAACCAUGCUUUGUAAGCCCAUAAUACAGCUAAUAGUAGCAAGGACUAUUUCUGUUUUUUUUAUACUUUUCCUAGGUAAAAUCUCAUUGCACAAACCUUUUGUAGUCCCUGUUUAUUCACUGGGACGUACACAGACGCCCCUCCCCCACCCCUUAUUGUCUAGGAUAAUAGGAGCCAUUUUGAAUGAUGUUGGUCAAUAUAAUAGCCACAACAUAGGUGUAUUUAGUUCUAAAGAUGUAUUAUUCUGCAAUACAUUUUUUUUAUCAAAACCCAAAGAAGUCCACUGUUAUUAGAAAAUAUAUGCUUUCAUUCUUCAUUGAUUUGAUUUUUUUUUUUUUUUUUCUUCUAGGUAUCCAGAGAGCAAUGUUUAAACAGGCCAUGAGGCACUGGGAGAAACACACAUGUGUGACUUUUAUUGAGCGAUCUGAGGAAGAGAGCUACAUUGUGUUUACAUAUAGGCCUUGCGGGUAAAAAACCCUAAAUGUAGAAUAUUGUCCAGUCUAUGUACGAAUUAAACUGUUCUUAUAAUAGAUGGGUAUCACCAAAAAGAAUCUGACUUCAGCUUAAGCAGUUGCAUCAGUGUAUUAAAAAAUAGGCACUUCUUGGAAUUUUCAUCCCCUUUUCUCUAGAGAAAUCUAUACUGUGAAGACCGUGAGUAACUGGUGCUAGUGAAAAGCAUCAUAUUGAUCACCUACACCAAUAAGUGGUGUCCAGGCUUUCUUACAUAAACUUUAAGAAACGUGGGAAGAAAAAUAGCUCUUGAGUAAUUUGUCUAACUUCAGGAAUAGAACAUUAAUUAACCCAGUUUCUAAGUAAGAGCAGAAGUUUGCAGGAUGAACACUUAUAGCAAUAGAUUGCACCACCUAUAUGUCCAAACUUCAUUGUAACAAACUUUUUUUUUUACACUUUAUUCUCUACUCAUUUGGAUGACUGUACACACAAUAACAUUUAUGUUAAAUCCUAAAUGAACCUGGGAACAAUUUACCACCUAAAACUAUUGUUUUCUUAGAUGGCCACACCAUACUGAAUCCUGAAUUAUUUUUUGUAGUAAUCUUUCAAACAAAGAUUUGCCCCUCUUUCAAUGUAUGACUAAAGGAAGUUCCAAAGACAAAACUUCCUUAUUGUCAAAUAUCUAACUAUACUGGUAUUAAGCAGCAAAAAGUGACAUUUCACUUAGAUUGAUAUAAAAAUGCACUAAACUAAUAGAUUUGUUUGUGAGAAACCUAGGAAAGAAACACCCUGCCCCAUGCCCUGGUUUACAGUUGGUUAUUUCAGCUAUAACCAUGAUCAUGGAGUAAAAAUCUGAGGCCUGCUGCCUUCUCUUGUGUGGGGCAUAAGGACCCUUUUGAUAAGAUGAGACCAGUAGAGCCCAUUCAUCCUGAUGCAAAGGAAGCAGGAUGUUCUGGAAAUCACACAGAGCUUCUUUGACAACUAAAUGAUGCAAUAUGCAGCAUGCAUUUGUAAAGAAUAUGGAGAGGACCUUGCUUCCAGGAUGGCUUUGGUGGGGGAAAGUUUAAUGUGUCCUCAUCUUCUCGUUGGAACAAUGUAAUUAGAACAGAGCUGAUUUUCAGAAAUAAUGCAAAAGAUCAAUUCACCAAUUACACGAUCACACGUGAGCUUUUCAGGCUUAAAAGAGCACUAUAGGGUCAGGAACACAAACAUGUUUUCCUGGCCCUAUAGGGUUAAAACCACCAUCUAGCCACCCAGGUCCCCCCAUGCCUCCCUAAAAAAUUUAAAAUCUUACUUGUAUUCAAGUAUGGAGCUGCUAGCUCUGGCUCUGUUUCCUUUAGACCUGCCCACUGCCUGCUGAAAUCAGCAGAAGUGGUAGCCUGAGCCAAUCACAAUGCUUCCCCAUAGGAUUGGCUGAGACUGACAAAGAGGCAGAUCAGGGGCAGAGCCAGUGUGAUUUAAACACAGCCCUGGCCAAUCAGCAUCUCCUCAUAGAGAUGAAUUGAAUCAAUGAAUCUCUGAGGAAAGUUCAGUGUCUGCAUGCAGAGGGAGGAGACUGAAUGUUUGGAUGCAUUUUAGGCAGCCAUGACCCAGGAAGGAUCGCUAACAGCUAUCUGAGGAGUGGCCAGUAAAGUUAUCACUAAUGGAAACACUGCUUUUUCUCUGAAAAGACAGUGUUUAAAGCAAAAAUCCUGAAGGUAAUGAUUCUACACACCAGAACACAUUCAAUAAGCUGUAGUUGUUCUGGUGACUAUAGUGUCCCUUUAACCAGUGAAAAUGCAGAACAAAUUUAAACAAAAAAAGUAAAGCGGAUCAUGCUGCUAUAUUAACCACUUAAAACCUCUGUUUUUUUGUUAAUUACCUGGUCGCCGGCGAUCGCAGUUAGGGAGACUCACCAGCAGGGGGACUGCCUGUAAUGACAGUCCCCCUGCUAGCUUGAAAUAAAAUUAAAUUAAAGUAAAAUAUAUGUAUAUGUGUGUGUGUCUAGGUGUGUGUGUGUGUAUGUAUAUAUGUAUAUAUGUGUGUAUAUAUAUAUAUAUAUAUAUAUAUAUAUAUAUAUAUAUAUAUAUAUAUAUAUAUAUAUAUAUAUAUUUUUUUGUUUGUGGUCGGCAAUAUAGCCGUAUAUGGAAACAUAGCAUAUGAUAACAUAUCAAUAUUGAAAUUAGUCGGUUGUGGUGUGCCGAAACCGACAGAGGAGUAGGCCUGUAAAAGUGGGCCCACCUUAGAGGGUGUUUAUAAUAGAGGGAGUGGUGGGUGGGUUGACUCGCCAGACCAUUACGGUAAUGUGGGAGUGGAUUGGCAGCCCUUUUAAAACCAAGCCCCUCCCACAACUACAGGCCAAGCCUUUUAAUUUGUGGUCGUGGCAAUAUAGCCGUAUAUGGAAACAUAGCAUAUGAUAACAUAUCAAUAUUGGAAUUAGUCGGUUGUGGUGUGCCGAAACCGACAGAGGAGUAGGCCUGUAAAAGUGGGCCCACCUUAGAGGGUGUUUAUAAUAGAGGGAGUGGUGGGUGGGUUGACUCGCCAGACCAUUACGGUAAUGUGGGAGUGGAUUGGCAGCCCUUUUUAAGGGAAACCAAGCCCCUCCCACAACUACAGGCCAAGCCUUUUAAUUUGUGGUCGUGGCAAUAUAGCCGUAUAUGGAAACAUAGCAUAUGAUAACAUAUCAAUAUUGGAAUUAGUCGGUUGUGGUGUGCCGAAACCGACAGAGGAGUAGGCCUGUAAAAGUGGGCAAAAAUAAAUUAUCAUAAGACGUAAUACGUUGACCAAAACUUUAUUUAGAUAAAUCACAGAAAGCUAGUCUUAAUUCUUUAACAGGAUUGGGUAUGUAAAGAGUAUAAGCGGAAGAUUUCCAGCGUCCCAUUGUUUUGAUGAUGUGCGGAGGAAUGUGGUUAGCAGAAGCUGUAGAUGCUGCUCCUAUUUGGAAAGAAUGACCCGAAAAUUGACUAGGGUUCAAGCCGAGUCUAGUCAACAGCAGUCUUACAUAUAGCAUAAACUUUACUGUAGUUAGAACGUUACCGUGCAGUUCUAGCAAAGGUUGUAAUGGUUGUUUGUGGAGUGAUAAAAGAUAAUUGUCAAAAUUUUGUACAGGGCACCAUUUGUUAUGAGUAGGGUAUAAGGGGAUCGUAACGGUAUGACCUAUGGCACUGGUUUUUGAGUGUUUUAGCGUGAGUAGGUAAUGGUCGUUUUGUUUCGCUAAGUCCAUAAUUCUUAGGUAAUCAGGGGACGUGAUAGUCCUAGUUGUGAAUUCGUUGGGACGGAGGAAUCCAUAAAAAGCAAGAUAUAUGGCUGAUUUUAUUACCGUGUUUGUCCUGGGCUCAAAAGGAGAGGAAUCUAACAAGUUUACUAGUGCAUGAAAUAUGUGGUUAUCAAUAGGUAGUCGUUUCUCGGGGAUAUGUGUAUCUAAUUUCUUAAUGCCUCUAAGAACUGUCUUGAUUUGAUAUGAGGACAGGAAACUCGUGGUGUUGGGUUGUUGAAUUAGCAUGUGGUGUUGAAUUCCCGUAAGGUAUAGUUUUAUAGUGUUAAAUGAUAGUUUAAGGUUGAUGUGGCAAAAAGAAGUGAAACCCAAUAUUGUUUCUAUCGUGAACAUAUCGUGAAUGUGAAAUUCAGUGAUGAAUUUUUUUGAAUAUGUGAAAAGCUCUGUCGUAAGUGUUUCUAGUGUUUACAGAGAGUGCCAUGUGAGAAAUGUGACGUGCGUGAUUUAACAAAACUUUUAAUCCAUUAUCAUGUCUGUGAAAAGUGGGACUGGAGUUGCCCGUCUGGAGGCGGUGGGUAGUGUCGUGAAGAAUUCCUGAAAACGAAAUCGAGACAAGUGAUCAGCACUGAUGUUUGUGCACCCUGGAACGUGAAUACAUGUUAGAAAGAAUUGACAAGUGGCUGCUAUCCAUGUGAGUCGCCUCAAUAGCCUCAUAAUUACCAGGGAUGAAGACCGGCCUUUAUUGACAAUAUGGCAAGUAGCCAUAUUAUCAGAAUAGCACCACACCGUGUGACCGGACCACUGGCGGCCCCAGGUAACGGCCGCAGCCACGAUGGGGUACAAUUCGAAUAAAGCUGAGGUCUCUGUGAAUUUUGUGAGUGAUUUGACCUCAGUUGGCCAUGGCCCCACGAGCCAUAUGUCACCCCAUAUGGCUGCAAACCCCGUGUUUGCUGCAGCGUCUGUCCAUAUUGUGGGUGAAGUGUCUGAGUGAGAUGGUAUAAACAUGGCACGCCCAUUCCAAGAAGUGAGGAAAAUCCUCCACAUGCUCAAAUCGGAUGUCGCAUGUUUGUCUAGUGAAAUGUAAGAUGUGUCUGAGGUGAAUUGUGGAAAUAGUGAUAGCAAAUGUGAAAUAAAUGAUCUCCCCUGGGGAAUGAUUCUCAUUGCAAAAUUAAGCGAUCCCAGCAAUGAUUGUAGGUCUUUCUUAGUGCAACGACCUUGCUGUAGGUAGUGGUCAAUACUUGCCAGGAUACGCUCAAUUUUCUCCUGAGGGAGGCUGGCCUGCAUGUGUACUGUGUCUAGUUGUAUUCCUAAAAAUUGCAUCUGGGUGGCGGGCCCCAGGGUCUUGUGUGGGGAGACUGGAACAGAAAGUGACUCAAAUAAUGCCAACAUGUGUUUUAAACUUGUGGGUGGACUUGUGUUGUUCUCAAUUGUGAGGAAGUCGUCUAAAUAGUGAAUCACAGAGGGACAUUGGUAAACAUUUAGCAACAACCAACAUAAAGCCUCUGCAAAUGUGUCGAAAAUACGCGGGCUGCUCUUAGAGCCAAAAGUGAGACGAGUGAAGAAAUAGUAUAACCCUUCCCAUUUAAUGCCGUGAAGGUGCCAAAGUGUAGGGUGCAUAGGCAGUAGUUUGAAGGCAUUUACUACAUCCGUUUUGCUUAACCAUGCCCCUGUGCCAGCUUUAAUGAUAGCCCCGAUGGCAUGGUCGAUAGUGGCGUAAUGUAGUGAAAACUCUUCAGAUGGUAUCAGUGAAUUUAGGCUAGGGACCGUGGAGGAAUGUGGUGCGGAUAAAUCAAUGAUCAGCCUGGGUUUAAGUGAGUUUUUCCCCGUGACAAUCCCAAUGGGAUUGGUUCUCCAAGAAUUGAAGGGUGGUGAAAGGAAUGGACCCAGCAAAAACCUUGUUUCACCUCGGUUGUGAUAAGUUUAAGUACCAGCUGUGGGUCAUCCCGUGUGGAAAGUAAGUUGUCACAUUCCAGUGUGCCUGUGGGUAAAUGUAUCAACCCUGUGUGAAAUCCUUCUGCUAAUCCUGUUAUGAGAUAGUCGCUGAAGUGUCGUGAUGGGUGUAGACGUAGCAAAUCGGUGAAUAAGCUGAGGUUCACGCAUGUGAGAUAGGGUUUUGGGAAAGCUUUAUUUGGGCACAUUGUCUUGGAAUGAGCCCUGAAACAAUGUGAACAAACAUGCAUUAGUCUACAGGAACUAAAACCACAAUUGCCGGCAUUAAAAUUGUUACAUACUUGGGAUUUCCCUAAGAAGACAAUAUCUCUUCCUAGUUUGUCUUUCAAACCUUUGUUUGAUCUUGGGGGGUAAGUUGCUGCUUGGUUUUGUUCUACCUCAGCUGUAUUAGGGCAGAAAUUUGUGCUGUGGGUUGCUGAUGAGCAUACUGCACAAGUUGGGGGCCUGAGGCCUGCAAAGUGCCUACAGAAUAGCUCAGUGUCCAACUUGCUCCAAUUGAUGUUUAAGUUGAACUGAGCCAGAGCUGCUGCCACUUUUGCAGAGAAGGAACGGUGGUAAUCGUAAAACGCUGUACCACCGUAUUUGUGUCCCAGAUCCACCAACUUGUGCAUGUACGUAUCCAGCUCGGCUCUUUUCCCUGGGUAUACAGUGCAAUAUACAUCCCUAUAGAUGCCAAACCCUAAUACAAAUUCUGGGAUGUUCAAUUUUUUGUUUAGGCGAGGGUCUCUAGCUCUAAGGACUACGGAAACAUCCCCACAAGCAAAGGUCCUGUUCUCAAGGACAUCCUGGGAGGCAAUGAGCAAUGAAGCUAGGUUAACGUCCUUGCCUUCCAGAAUGUCUUUUUUAAGGUGAGCUGGGACCAUAUGUGAAGGAUCAGUGGAUUCUAUGUCAGCCGUAGCUGCCAGGGUAUUACCGGGUAAGGUAUUAGCAAGAGGCUGAGUGGUGACCGUUGCAUUUGUGGACUGAGUAACACUACCGGCCUCCAAUUUGUCCAGCCUGUCGCUGAUUGUCCCUAUGGAUGUCAUAAGGGACGUCAUCAUAGCAUGAAAUGCUGGUAUUUGCGAUCCGCUAGUGCCUUCCCCUGCAUCGGAGUUGUCAGUGGUAGUGUAUAAUAGCCUAUACAACUCUGCCUUCCUAGCUGUAGCCGGGAAAGGGAUGCAGCGUCUUCUUAGUUCAGCUGUAAGACGUGGGAUGGUCCAUGAUCUAAGGGAUGCAGGGCUAUUCACAUCUGUACCCGGAACAGGGGUGGCAGGCCUAGCGGGUGUGCUAGGUAGUGACAGUUCUUCAGGGAUAUCAGGUGUUAGUGACAUAACUGAAAUUAUAAAUAUAAACAGUCAGUCGUAUGAAAUGUAUUGUGGGUGGGUACUGGUGGGCUAGCUAAGUACCAAGCGGUGAAACAAUUAAACUUCUUUUGAGAGUGACAGAUGAGACCCUGCUAGUUGCCAAGCGGCUUCAGAGGCACUAUCUAUGCGUGGGCCCGAGGGGAAGAUUGAGGCCACCGAACGUUGUGGCGGGGUGUAGGCCUCUCGGUGUCAUUUAAAGCAUAAAAAAGAUUGGGAGUGACAGGUGAGGCCCUCUCUGUAUAUUGAUGCGAGGCGGCUAGCUAUGAUUUGGCCCGAGGGACGUAUUACCUCAGAGUGUGAGGUUAGGGAUGUUGGCCUCGCGGGACCACUAGCCUAUGGAUUAAGACCAGAAAUAUUUUAACUAAUUGGGACACCUAACCUAGGACCAGUACCCCUCAAUUUUUUUAGGGUAUAUUGGGUUCUGGCGUAGUACCUGAUAGUGAGUCAGGCUGAUCUCUCAAUGACGUAACUGUGAUAUUUGUUGGGUAGUUUGACCUGUAGGUAUAAGAUGAUAAGUAAAUAUCUGGAAAGUGGGGUGGUAGUUAGGCCAGAUCGUGGACCAGAACCUACCCGAUAACUGCGGAGGAGAUAUAAUCAAAAGAAACCGGCUCCUUGCUUGUAAAAGCUAGGAGAGUAAAUUAUAACAUUUUACCUAAAAUCAUAUGUUUAUAUGGUCAUUUAUAUGAAUCAUAUGACAAUGUUACCAACCUAUAAAGUAUAAUUGAUACCGAUCACUGGGUCCCCAAAUUUUAAUAUGAAUUCUGGUAAGGUAACCUGUUGGAAGAUGUCAGAAAUCAGGAUUGAAUUAAGUGUAGCAUAAUUUAAUACAUUUUAAUUUGUAUUUUUUUUUUUUUGUAUUUAUUUUGGUGCUAUAUCAUUAUUGACCUGUAGGGGGCGAGAUUCCACCUAAGAAGUGGAUGCAGGAUCUUGUAUAAUUAGUGAGAAAUGCACGAAUUUGAGUCGAAUGUGAUGAUAGUAUAUAAUGACUAUUUUGUAUAGUAGAAAUCCUAAGGAUCUAGCCGAAUGUAGCGUUCGUAUGAAAUUUAAAACAUGAAUUACAUAGCUUAGCGGCGAAGUGUAUUUAGGCGAAAAUAACCGAAUGCGUUUGAAUGCGAAUGGGGCUCCGCCGUGUAAGCCGUAAAUGUGAAGCGGUUUGCUUUACGGCGGGCCCACUUACGGUUUUUUGGCGGCAGCAGUACCGGGGAAGCUGUGCAGUCGGCGGUGACGGCGGGAAAAGCGCCCUGGAGAGCCCGGAACCACUCAGGAGGGCACCGGACCAGGAGACCACGAGGAAACAGGUAAGAGAAAUCCAAAAUGGCGGUCUGAACCGGAAGUAACGUUUCAGACUCGCCAGACCAUUACGGUAAUGUGGGAGUGGAUUGGCAGCCCUUUUAAAGGGAAACCAAGCCCCUCCCACAACUACAGGCCAAGCCUUUUAAUAUACUAAAAAAAGUAAAGUUAAAAAAUAUAUAGAUGUGUUAUUUCGUUCUAACUGUAUUGUGAUAUUAAUAUAUUUACAUCAAAAUACAUGUAGAAUGAAAUAAUAUAUAUACAUAAAUAUAUAUUAAAAAAAAUUAUAUAUACAUACAUGGGUGUAUAUCUAUAAAUUAAAUAUAUGUAGAAUUAAUAUAUAAAAAUAUUCAAAAAAUUAUAUAUACGUGUGUAUGUAUGUGUGUGUAAUAUAUAUAUAUUAUAAUUACAUAAAUAUAUGUAGAAUUAAUAUAUAAAAAUAUUUAAAAAAAAUUAUAUAUACACGUGUGUGUGUGUGUGUGUGUGUGUAUAUAAUAAUUUUACAUAAUUAGGUAUUUUAAUUAAUUACAAUUAACGGGAACUGCCUGACAUCCCAUGCCAAAAGUAUAGGGAAUUUAAUUUGCUAGCACUAUAUUUAACCCUAUAACUUUCCAAGACACCAUAAAACCUGUACAUGAGGGGUACUGUUCUACUCGGGAGACUUCGCUGAACACAAAUAUUAGUGUUUCAAAACAGUAACAUUUAUUACAACGAUGAUAUCGCCAGUAAAAGUGACGUUUCUUUGCAUUUUCCACGCACAAACAGCACUUACACAGACAAUAUUAUUGCUGUGAUACUUUUUACUGUUUUGAAACACAAAUAUUUGUGUUCAGCGAAGUCUCUUGAGUACAACAGUACCACUCAUGUACAAGUUUUAUGGUGUUUUCAAAAGUUACAGCGUCAAAUAUAAGGCUUGUUUCAUUUUUUCUUUUCACAUUAAAAUUUGCCAGAUUGGUUACGUUGCUUUUGAGACCCUAUGGUAGCCCAAGAAUGAAAAUUACCUUUAUGAUGGCAUACCAUUUGCAAUAGUAGACAACCCAAGGUAUUGCUAAUGGGGGUAUGUCCAGUCUUUUUUAGUAGUCACUAACACUGGCCAAAAUUGGUGUUUUUUGCAAUUUUCACACACAAACAAAUACUAAUGCUAACUUUGGCCAGUGUUUGUGACCAAAUGGCUACUAAAAAAGACUGGACAUACCCCAUUUGCAAUACCUUGGGUUGUCUACUAUUGCAAAUGGUAUGCCAUUAUGGGUGUAAAUUUCAUUCCUGGGCUACUAUACAGUAUCAAAGGCAACGUAACCAAUCUGUCAAAUUUCAAUUUCAAAUGUAACGUACUAUAUUUGACUCUGUAACUUCCCAAAACACCAUAAAACCUGUGCAUAGGGGGUACUGUUUUACACGUGAGACUUUGCUGAAUACAAAUGUGUAUUUUAUUGCAGUAAAAGCAAGCAAUAUUAUGACAUUGACAGUUAAAAUGUCAUGUAGAACUAAAAAAAAAAAAUCUUAUUUUCUCCCAUUUUUUUUCAUAUUAAAUUAUGUUUCAUAGCUAAAUAUUUGAUAUUAGCUAUGCCCCCACCCUCAGGGUCCCCCUCCCACCGCGCUCUAGGGGGUGGAAGGGGUUAAACUUACCUCUUUCUCCAGCACCGGGCAGGGAGCUCUCUGCCUCCUUUCCUCCCUCUUCUCCUCCCUCUUCGGCUGAAUGCGCAGGAGCUGCGCGUGCGCAUUCAGCCAGUCCAUAGGAAAGCAUUCAUAAUGCUUUCCUAUGGACGCUAGCGUCUUCUCACUGUGAUUUUCAGUGAGAAAUGCGGAUGCCCUCUAGCGGCUGUCAAUGAGACAGCCACUAGAGGCUGGAUUAACCCUAACAUAAACCUAGCAGUUUCUCUGAAACUAUGUUUUAUAGAAAAAAGGGUUAACCCUAGAUGGGACCAGGCACUCAGACCACCUCAUUAAGCUGAAGUGGUCUGGGUGCCUAUAGUUGUCCUUUAAAUGAAAGCCCUGUUUCCCCUGAAUAAAAUGACACAUAAUAAAGGGUGGGUGCAUUUAAUAUGAAAGAGGUGAAUUACGGUUGGACAGACAUGUAGCGCAAAUGCCAGGUUUUGUUUACGUUUUGUUCACAACGUGUACAUUUGGCUCUGUCAUUAAGGGGUUAAAUGCUGAAUAAAUAGAACUCUCUAAUCUAUAGAGGAAAUUGGGAAGCUUUCUUUACUGCAACUAUACAAAUAGAAAUCCAGUUGGUAAACAACCCAACAAAAAGGCGGAAAGAAAACAUGCUGUACAACAAGAGUGCAAGUAGUAGAACAAUUUAAUAAUCCAUAAAAAGAUUGCACACUAACCCAAAUAAACAAAAACAGGAAGUUGCCCUUAUGUAUUUCAUGUUUGGAUUAAUCUUACUCAUAGACUACUAGACUGAAUAAGUGCCACAUUAAGCACAAAAUGCCUUGGGUGCCUCUCCUGUUUUGUCUUCCGCAUAAUGUGGCAAGAAAAAUAUUCAAUAACAUACAUGGCAUAGUUUCCAGUUUUUUGUUUUUCUCUUUUUGUUGGAUUUGAUUUCAAUCUGUAAAAAAUGCAGAACAAACACCAUAACCAUAUUGAUGGUUAAUGAUUGUACUACUUUUUGGAUAAAUGUAGUCUGCAGAAAAAUAAUAUAACAUAAAUUAAAUAAAGCAUCCAUAGGUGAAGCAACCUUGUUAAGAAAUUAAUUUAAAAACUUAGAACUGUGUGUUUCAAAAAACUAUCCAUUCUGACCACAUCACAUAACUGAUUUUUGUCAGAUUUAAUUAUACAUGACAUUGUCACAUAGCAAAAGUUAUAUUUUUAGUCAAAACACAAUGCAGUUUUCUCAGAAUAUUUGUUGCUAUGAUACGAUAGAAAUCUGGUGUAACAGAUGUGACGUGAUGAAUCAGUCUAUUAAUAACUGUAACUAUUUCACUACGUCAGGGUGUACCUACGAUUUGCGGUAGUUCAUGUCGUGUGUUGCGCCCGCUCCCUCUCUCCCCCUAGACUUCUUUAAAUUUUGAAAAGUGUAAAUGGUAGAAGGCUUCCACAAAAAUAAUCUUCAUUUAAUCAACAGGUGCUGUUCCUAUGUUGGAAGAAGAGGGAAUGGACCUCAAGCAAUAUCAAUUGGCAAAAACUGUGAUAAGUUUGGGAUAGUUGUUCAUGAGCUGGGCCAUGUCAUUGGCUUUUGGCAUGAGCACACGCGGCCAGAUCGAGAUGAUCAUGUUACAAUCAUCAGAGAGAACAUUCAACCAGGUACGCAAAGAAAAAUAUAUUUUAUUUUUCCUUCCCCUCUAAAGAUGUGAAAGGGAUGCGUUUUUGUGCCCCCUUGUUUUGCAAACUACCUGAUAUGCAAAGUAUCAAUACCAUUCUCCAGAUAUUUGAGUUUUUGGUUUUUCCUUACUUUUUCUUUCUAUCUAGGUCAGGAAUAUAACUUUUUAAAAAUGGAACCAGGAGAAGUAAACUCACUUGGAGAGUCCUAUGACUUUGAGAGCAUCAUGCACUAUGCAAGGAACACCUUCUCAAGGUUGGAAUCUCAGGUUAUAAUUUUUGACUUCAUUUUUUUCCCAGAGUAACACCUUAUAACAACUCUAAUACAGGGCAGAUAAGUCAGCCAGACUCACUUACUGUAUAACAUGGCACCUUUUCCACAUCAAACUUCACCGAAGGGAAAAGUAAAGGCAAAUGAAGAAACUGUAAGAGGCUUGUGGCAUCCCUUAUUUGUGAAAUCUACUACUUAACCAAAAUACUGAAUGAUGCUCAGAUUGCUGGCGCACACUGUAAAAGGUUAAGGGGAACUGCCAAUUCUCUGGAUUUUUACUACUAGGUUUACUUUUUUUUCCUAUAUAUAUCAAAUAUGAAUGUUUGUGUGAGGUGGUGGGAACACUAAAUGUAAACUUUAUCCUGGCAACAAGGUUCCUCCAACUUGACUUCAUGUAAAUCAUUUUAAGCUGUGUCCUAUGCACCUAUGUUUUAUUGACAAAUCUACAAUGAAGAGGAAAAGUAGAAUUUAUUUUGCAAAUGUAUUUAUUUUUUUUCUCCUCGUUGGCAAUGUGCAAUACAAUUCAGGCCAGGCAAUGCCAGGACACCAUGUUUAUUGCCAAGUUGUUCAUAUAAAAUUAAAAGAAAAUGGCAUAUCCAUGAAAAGGUUAACAAUUGUUUAUAGGUGAUUUUUCAAUAUUGUAUUUUGUAAUAUCCAAAGUGACAUUCAGGAGACAGAUGUUUUAUUGUAGGACAGUUCUUUAGGUCAAAGUACAGUUCUACUGUCUACAUGAAGAUCUGCAUUAUAGUGUAUUUUGUAAUACAUGCAGCCGCUUUCAGUGCCAGAAACAGAUCUUCUGACCUUUUUGGCUCCUCUUAAUUCAGUCCAAUAAGCAUUUUUUUUUUUUUUUUCUAGAACACAUAUAAGCCAAGACUAGCUUUUAGGAGUGCUAAACCUUUUGCUGUUCUGCAGUAUUUAUUUAUCCCCCCUUCCUUUGGUAUGUGAAUGCCCUCGUUAAUCUAUUUAGGAGCAAGUUUUGACAAAUCCCAUGUUGUGCAGUUCUGAUUUAGUGUCUCUGAAUGUAUUGAUUGAUUUUUAGUUUUGAUUUUGUGUGGAGGGAAAUUAGUUGUAUUUGUUUGUAUAGCUUUAUACUUGGCAGGAUGUUAGCUGUUUUGAGCUUUAAUUUUAAUGAUGCAUAACUUUGCAGUCUGUUCACCUUAAAGGGACACUAUUGAUUCCAAAACAACUUUAGAUUGAAUGAAGCAGUUUAGGUAUAUAGAUCAUGGCCCCUGUAGUGUCACUGCUCAAUUCUCUGCUAUUUAGGAGUUAAAUCACUUUGUUCAGCACUUGUCACACCUCCCUACAUGUGACUUGUACAACCUUCCUAAACACUUCCUGUAAGGCUAAUAUUUAGACUUAAUUUAUUGCAUUUUGUUUAAAUGGUCAUUUAUUAUCUUAUGCUUUAUUAAUAGCUUGCAGGAGGCUUCUGUGUGUGAUUAAAGUUCAAUUUGCAAAGUGGGAGAGAACUUGCUUUAGAAGGUUUUAACAUCUGAUUGAAAAUGAAACCAUUUGGUUUUUCAUGCAGGCUGUGUGAGUCCCCGCCAAGGGAGGUGUGGGCAGGGCUGCGUGGCCAGAAACAAAAGUGAUUUAUCUCCAAAAUGGCAAAGAAUUGAGCAGAGACAAUUCAUGGGGCAUGAUCAAUACCAGGGGUUUUAAAUAACAUUUUUGGGUAGUGUAUAUAAUGUUAGCAUUUUAAUAUAGCUGUGUUUGUAAUAUUUGCAUUUACGAUCAGUGGUGUGAUUGUAUGCAGUGUUGAAUUUUUAAAUGGGGAUGUACAUUUGUGUGUGUGUGUGUGUGUGUAUUUAUCUGUUUAUAUAAUUUUGGAGUUUAAGUUCAAGGGUAUUUUUUGUAUGUCAUGUUUUUUUGCGGGGGUGUCUAUACCGAGAUGCCCAAGCACUUAGAGCCCCCCGAUGGCUAUCGUUGAACCGGGCCCCUGUUCAGUGAUACCCAUCGGGUGGACCUAAGUGCUUGGGACACCUGAUGGGUAAAUCAUGGAAGAGCCCCAGUUUUAGUCUGUUCUGCAGAACACCAAUUGGGAAACUCUGAUCUAUACACAAACUGCUUCAUUAACUAAAGUUGUUUUGAUGGGUAUAGUGUAACUAAGUUAUAUUCUGUUAUGUUUAUACUCCCCAUAAUGACACACUAUAAACCUAAAGAUGUAUUGCUGAUUAGACACAAUUCUUCUGCUAUCAUAAACUUUCAUAUGCAUACUUUUUUUUUUUUUUUAGAUGUAAUCUUGAAUGUAUCUUUAAAAUGUGUUUAUUUUUAUAACUUUUCAUAGAAAACCUAAACUGAGUACAAUAGCCAAUCUAAUGGUCAGAUUUUAACAAGCUUAAUUGUUUAUUUGGUUUGUUACUUUGAUGCAUGCCAUACUUGCAUAAAGCCACAAAGAAAAUUAUCAAGCAUACACUAUGGGGAAGUGUUGUUGUGUUUUUUUUUUGUUUUUUUUUUUUUAUAAAUGGAAUGGUGGUAAUUUUUACAUUUUCUGUAAUUCUGAUAUAUAUUUGUUAGAGGAUUCAAGACAGAAGAAAUAUAAAAUUAACUGUAUUAACCUAAUGUUCCCUACUGGGUUCCACUUCAUGAAUAUUAGAUCCACAUAUAAUUGCUACUCCCCACUAGAAUAACAAAUGAUAAAAGGCCAAUUAGGAACCAUUGCUUUUUACUAAUGAUCAGCUUUGUGGAAUUGACCUUUCUUGCAGAAAGUAGACUGCUGGAUAUAUUUUCAAAAGUGUUUUUGAAGCAAAUUGGGUUUUUAUGCUUUUUUUUUUCCUCUUUUUCAGAUGCAAACACCAUACAUUUUACAUGAUUGCAGUGUAUUCUAAUCACAAAUUGUCACAUGUCAGCCUGCAAGUUAACUGUGAAUUAGUAACUCAAGCACAUAUCCCCCGCAUUGCUCUUCCUCUUGAGCUUGUGCUUUUUAAAAUUGUUUUCCUUUUUACUUAUAUCCCCACCUGUUAAUGUUUGUUAAAGAAAAGUCCAAUUUGCAGUUGUCCCCACUUUAAAAUUUGUAAACAUUUUGUCACAAAUACAAAUACGAAUAUGCAAUUAACUAUUGAAUAUAUAUUCUAUUAUUCCCCUCUCUCAAAACCCAUCAAGACUUGAUAAAGGCUCCAAGAGGAGCCGAAACGUUUUCUCCACUUCCUUUUAUUUUUUUAUAUUUUUAUUUCUUUUUUUUAAAUAAAGCUUGCCUUUUAGAAGACACGUCAGGUGUGCUUGCCUUUUAGAAGACACGUCAUGUGUGCCUGGAUAUUUCUUUUCUUCCAUUGGGUGUUAAAAAAUGAUCCUGGGGAAAAAAGACAACUGUUGCUGUUUGAGUAAAGAAUUGAUAUGGAAAGAAAAUCAAAACUAGUUGUUUUUUGUUUUGUUUUUUGUGAAUAUGUGUAAUAGAACUGAUUCUCUCUUAUGUUUGGAUUUAGGGGUAUGUUUCUGGAUACUAUUCUGCCUUCCCGUGAUGAGAAUGGCUUGCGUCCUCCUAUUGGCCAACGAACCAGAUUAAGUAAUGGGGAUAUCGCACAGGCAAGAAAACUGUACAGAUGUCCAGGUAUAAUAAAAGCAAUAAGACUAAACAAGAAGAUUAUAUUUGGAGCUUGUACAAUUAACUCUGCCAGAGUUCAAAAGUCAAUGCAUAGUCAGCCAAACAAUCAGGAUCUUGUAUUGAAAUAAAGCUGAUAACUCAAAAGUAACCUGGGGUAAGGACUAUUGGAAAAGAACAUGAUUCUGCAGGAGAAGGCUGACAUCUAUAAUCCAUUAAAUCGUAUCAAAAUGAAACCUCCUGGCAUUGCUAUUUUGCUUUACGUCCAGAGUAAAUAAGUAUGAAUAACCUUACUUCUGUUUCAAAUGAGUAGGUUGGUUAGGUGGCUAUGUGCAGUAAUUUGAAGUAAAGAACUAAGAAGGCCUCUUCUCUUUUUUUUUUUUUUUUAAAUACUCCUGCAAGAAGGCCUACAUUUAAGGUAACAGGGUGUGUAGUAAGCUAAUAACCAGUAAGAAAUGCUAGGCUAGAGUCUCUUUAAUAUUACGAUUACAGUAUUAUAACGAUAAAAAAAAAAAUCUGGUCGUAAGCUCUGUUGCAUGGACAUGCCUUUCAUCUUAUUCCAUUAUACAGGUCUGACUUCUCCUCUGUUUGGAUGCUGCAGUUAAACAUCUGGCUUCAGGGCAUACAUGCCAAUGUGUUGUGGGUAGCUCAUAUUGGUGUGUGAUACCACCCACUGGACUAUUUUCAUAUCCUAAUACCGUUUAAAGAAAUCAACUCAUGCUGUACAGAAUGGUUUCUCUUGCAUGGACAGCUAGAUUCUUAAAUAUACUGUUGUAGAGUAUCUACAAAUCUCAAUCCAUUAAAGCUUCCUCAAUAGCUCUUCAUUAUUUUGCAGCUGUCUGUGUUUAUUUGCAUAUUUAAUAUAGCAUACAAACAACAUUGUUUAUUGUUUCCCUAUUGAAACUGGUAUACAGUGCCCUCCACUAACAUUGGCACCCUUGGUAAAUCUGCUCAAAGAAGGCUGUGAAAAAUUCCUUGUAUUCCGGACACUAUAGUGUUAACACUAUUUAGGCUUCAGCAUCCCCCCUCCCCCAUCAAAAAGGCUUUAAACUUGUCAAUUCUGAUCUCCACCAAGGAGACGUGGCAGAGGCAAAUGCCAUCCUGGCCAAUCUGCACAGAGAUGUAUUGAAUCCAUGCAUCUCUAUUGGGGCAAGAUGUAUUGAAUCAGUGCAUCUCUAUGGGGCAAGUUCAGAGUCUCCGUUGUGCAACACUGAUCCAAGAAGUACCUCUAGUGGCUGUCUGCCACUGGUGGUGUCCCUAGGGAGCAAUAUAAACAAUGCCUUCUCUUUGAAAAGACAGUGUUUUAAAUUAAAAAAGCAUGCAGGGACUGAUUAUACUCACCAAAGCAUCUACAUCAAGCUGUAGUUGUUCUGGAGACUAGUGUCCCUUUUAACCUUUUUAUAUUUUGAUUUAAAAAAAAAAAAAAAAUACAUGCAAAUGCUAUGCUUUCAUGGACAUCAAACAAGUGUACAUAGUUUGUUAUGCUAAUUUUGUCUGCCAUUUGUGAAAUCUACAAAUAAGCUUUAUUCUCAUCACAAUCCAGGAAGUAGCAAACUCCAGAGCAGGCCUUUGACAAAUGAUUUAUAUGAAAAAAUACUAAAUGUCUAUAGUUCAAUGCAUUUGAUACCAACUGACCUAGACUGAUGAUACCCAGAGUCUCCCCUGAAGACUGUAAAUCUAAUUUUUUAUUUUUUUUUGCAUCAUAAAAUAAAUAUAUUUAUUUUGCAGCAUGUGGAGAGACCUUACAAGAAUCUACGGGCAACUUUUCAUCUCCAGGUUUUCCAAAUGGUUAUCCAUCCUACACUCACUGCAUAUGGAGGGUGUCUGUGACACCAGGGGAAAAGGCAAGUAAAGAAUGUUCUGUAAAAUAUGCUUUUGCCCCUUUUGUUUCAAAUGUAGAAAUUAACCAAUAAUGUUUUUCUUGGUGGUAAAAACAUUUUAGGCCAGUUGUUCCAUUGAUGGGGCAGGAGAUCACAUUUUCUACUUUAGUAUUUUGCCAUGUGCCAGACUUGCUGUGAGUACAUCCUGGCCUGUUGGCACUCGGUAAAUUAAAUGUUUUCUUUUUGAGGCAGGGUUAACCUCAGUGACAAUCUGCCAGGUAUAUCACCAAUCAUAACUGAACAAUAAUGUGCAAACGUUUGUGCUCUGGAUUUAUAGUGUGUGUGUGUGUGUGUGUGUGUAUGUAUAUGUGUGUGUGUGUAUAUGUGUGUGUGUAUAUAUAUAUAUAUAUAUAUAUAUAUAUAUAUAUAUAUAUAUAUAUAUAUAUAUAUAUAUAUAUAUAUAUAUAUAUAUAGUGUGUGUGUGUGUAUACAUUGAAAACAAAAUGUUUGUUUUGGCUGGAUUCGGCUGAAAAGUCUAGGACUAUAUUCAAAUUGUUAUAUUGUCCCAUAUUUUCCUUUUACCCCAAUUGUGUAACCUCAUGGAUUUAUUUGGACUACUUUGAACCCUGCAUCAUUGUACUUCUAUAGCUCACUAAAUGGAUUUAGAUUUGGCACAGGUGACUCAUCCAUAAAAAGUACAUAAAGAACCAAUUCAAUGUCAUAAGCAAGUAAAUACUUUAUAACACAAAGGUAUUUAAAUUAAAUUACUCUAUAACCGGAUAGGAGGGGGUUGUGGGGCAGCUUAAACUAACAGGUUACCUAGACUUCCAGGAGCAAAAGGGUGUCUCAAUGGAGACCAUUAUAUUUAUAUAAUUACUCCUAACUACCUACCUUUUUAGUAUAGAACCGUAUUAUUCAGCCAUAUAUGCACCUUGGGUGAGACGUUGUCUGAGUACAGAAGCUAGGAAGACUAUAUACAUGGUGUAUGGCUUAAGGAUCUAGUCCUAUUCUAAAGGGGUGUUGGUUCCCUGAAGUGGUCUGGGUGCCUUAAAGUGUCACUUUAAAAACAAAAUGUACUGCAUGCACACAUCAGAGCGAUUUUCAUACAUGUGUCCUUUUACAGCUCUGUAUAGAGGCCCCUCAAGGGAACACUGCUUAUUCUGAAAAUCUGUGUAUCUAGUCUUCUUAUGUUGCAGUUUUUGUUUUUUUGCAGAUUGUGUUAAAUUUUACCACUAUGGACCUUUACAAGAGCAGUCUGUGCUGGUAUGACUAUAUUGAAGUAAGGGAUGGAUAUUGGAGAAAAUCACCACUUCUAGGUAAUUUGUGUGUGUGUUUUUUUUUUUUGUUUUUUUCUCCCAACCCACUAUUCAUCUUGGAACUAUAUAUUUAUUUAUGGUGACUGCCUGCAUAUGACAAACUCAUGCACUCCUCUUAAGGCAACAUGUUCCAUGGCCUUUUUCAGUUGGGUUCAUAAAAUACCCUUGAGUUUUCAUCAUUUUGUUCAUGAUCAUGCUUCACUGAUAAUGCAGUUGAAAUUUUCUGGAUCGUUAUCUGUGAUUGUAUUCUUGUGGCUUCAUACGUAUAUAUCGCUAGCACACUUUUUAGUUAAUAUGGAUUAUCAUUUUUAAAACUUCCAUACACUUCCAGUCAUGUAGGUAGGUCCCUUUUCAUAUAAUCUUGGGUAAUACACUUUUUUCCUGCAAUACCUGAAAUAGUUAAUGUAGAACUAAAAUGACUGACUUACUGCAAUGUUAAUCUAGAAUAAAGUCUCUCAAAUUUUAUUCAACUUUAAUUCAGAGUUUUGAAAUGACCUUUGUAGCCAUUUAGUUUAAGUCUUUGUUUUGUCAUUCCUCAACAACAUUCCAUGUUUUUCUUAAAUUGCCACUGCUUAAUUUUUGCAGGUAGAUACUGUGGAGAUAAACUUCCAGAAGUUCUCACAACAACAGACAGUAGAAUGUGGAUUGAAUUCCGAAGCAGCAGCAACUGGGUCGGAAAAGGAUUUGCUGCAGUUUAUGAAGGUUAGGAAACAAUAGCAAAAUGUAUACAAAGUAGUAGAAAAAAACUAACAAACGUGAUGGCUCUUUGUCCAUGAUUAAACAUAGUGAGCUGCUUAGUUUAUUAAUUCCAUACCCAUCUAAAGUGAUAUGGUAUCUUGGCAUAAUGAGUGGGUUAAUAUUUGUAAACAAAGUAGUAAGGUAUGUACAUCUUAACCCAUUAAUGACCCAUGACAGGAUUAUUUCAGAAUGGAUGUCCUUCCAUUAAGCACCCAUGACUAAUUCUGUCAUGCUAUAUUUUACCAGCAGGGGACAGUGUUGCUGCUAGUAACAGGGGAACCCCAGGUUUUUUUUUUUAGAUAUCUUAUACUCCUGUUUGCCAGCUGGGGCUUGGGUUGGUGGCCCCUCUCUGGCAAAUUAGCUUAUUAAAUGGGGUGUUAAAUUCCCUAAUUGUGCAACUUGGUGUAAGCAAGGGAUAAUUUAAGGAACACUGUAGGGUCAGGUUUACCAACGUGUAUUUCUCUCCCUAAAUUUUAAACACCAUUUAGGUGGCCAGUCCUUUCUUAUCUUUAUUCGAGGCUACAGGGGCGUUCUGGUUCUGCCCCAAUUGGUAAGAUAGUCAGAAUUGACUCUCAGCCAGUCCAAUGCUUUCCCAUAGAAAAACAUUAGGAGCCUACUGUGCACACACACACAGCAAAACGCCACGCUGUGCCAAUCCGUAUCUCUUCAGAGAUGCAUUGAAUCAACACACAUUGUGCAGUAGUGACCCAGGAAGUACUUCUAGUGGUUUACUGAGUGACUGUCUCUAGGCAGUGUUUACUUUAAAAUGCUUGCAGGGACAGGCAGUUGACACUAGAACAACUACAUUCAGCAGCGGGUCAAGUUUGCUAAGGGAUAGCUAACGCAUGUAUUGACUUUAACACCUGAAGGGAACCUCCGUUUUUUGUGGUCAAUAGGCUGAUUUUAAAAGAUAUAAAUGUCGAACACCAAAUGCAAGAAAUCAUUAACUUUAAUGGAAAAUAGAAUUGGUAAGACUUUUUUUUUUUUUUUUUAAACUUCAUAAUAUGUAAGGAGUUUGAAAAUAUGGCAGACACCCAAAAUCUUAAUAUAGUAUAUAUCUAUUCUGAACUUAGUCUGAUUUUUAGCUUAUUUCUAUAAAUUGUAUGCCUAAAUACAUGUUUUCUUUGUUAAUUUAUUUUCUUAUUCCACAGCAAUUUGUGGUGGUGAAAUCCACAAAGAUUCUGGUCAGAUUCAGUCUCCCAAUUAUCCUGAUGAUUAUAGGCCAUUGAAGGAAUGUGUGUGGAAAAUAACCGUUGGAGAAAACUACAAUGUCGGAUUAACGUUUCAGGCAUUUGAGGUAAUGCCAUCUUUACUAUCACUCUGGAUAAAUUAUAUUGCUUUCAUAGAUCUCCUAAUCCAGACUGGCACGAACAAAUUGCCAUUGAGAAGCUAACCUCUUGAUCUUAAUUUUACAUGUGGUUAGGCUGUUUCUGUUGCAUACAUUUUCAAGAGGAUUAAACUGGCUUAAUCGUAUUGGUGCUCUUUUGAAUUAAAAUGUUUAAAGUACUGACAAUGGCCCAUUUUUCACAAGUUCUUAAUCCCAUUACACCAGACAGCAGCAAAUGGCUUUAAAUAAUGGGACCUUUUAUUUAUUACAAGUAAAUUCAUAGGUAUUUUGCUAAGACGGGCUCCAUGUGAAAUAGGGAAAACUAUAACCAAAUUAGUGUAUUCUCAAAUUUACUUUUGAAAAGCAGGUAAUUAAACCUACUACAAAUAACUUUGCAAAUUGUUGCCAAACUUGAUAACCAAGUUAAACUAUCACAAAUCAGCUUUGCUAUCUCAGGGUCUGUGAUUUCUUGAGGGGAAGCAGUGUUUGUGCACAGGAGGAGCAGAGCUCAGCACACAUGUGAAAAUGUUUAAAUCCCUUUUUACAUGCAAAGUGUAACUCUUUGAAAGGACUCCAUGCCAGAGUUAGCCUUGUGUGUUCAGCCUUUCAUUGUUGCGUAGAUUGGGGUAGUAGUUUCCACAUUAUCAGUGAGGCUGAAGAGGUAACUGGAUGCUGAUGACUGCUUUAAAACAGAUGGACAAAUUGUCCAUAUGAUGGUAGCAACAUAAGUUUAGAAAACUGUAACUUUCUUUGAGGACUGUGAAAAAAUAAAGGGAGGGGGGGGGUCGAGAAAGGGAAGCAUUAUAUGAUGCUUGGAAUGCUUUCCCCACCCCCCUUUAUUUUUUUCACAGUCCUCACAGUGCAUUUCAGCUUGGUUUGGAUUUGGUAUGACCCAGGUAAACUCUUCAGUCUCCAUCAGCAGAAGCCAGAUUUCUCUAUAGAGUAAAGCACGGCUGAUGCAGGACUGUGCUAAUUGGCUGAGAAUGCUUUGCUCACUCUCAACCAAUGGCCAUGGUCCUGUUUAGUUCUACAGGGCAAUCCAGCUUCCCCAGCUGGAGAAGGCUGAUGCGGGGAUGGUGCCUGGCAGGGCAAUUUUUUCUUUUUUACUUCAGACUGUGCAAUGGCACCAGGGAACUAAAGGCACCAUAACUACUAUCAUGGGUUAUAGUGAUUAUUUGGUGCUUGAAGUAUUCCUUUUAAUGAAACUUAAGAAAAAAUGUUUACAAAAAGCUCCCAAACCAUGGUUUCAUUAAACACACAAGCAUUUCAAUACUGCUGUCGUAAGUGCAACUUUAGGUGGUGUGAUGUACGUGCAUUUAUCGUGUGUGUGUAUGAUCAAUAGCAUUGUCAACAUUUGGUACAAGGGAGGGAGAACAGAAUAACAAAACCUAAAAGGCAGGGAUAAAGUGGAGGAAAAACUGGGUGAACAAAUUACUUUUUAAUUGUACUGAAAACUUAAGUGAGGUUUAGCCAGUGGAUCCUAACAUUAUUAUUUUUUUUUUUUUUUACCCAAAUGGGACAUUUGUAUUGAUUAUUAAACUAUUUUCAGAUUGAACGCCAUGACAGCUGUGCUUAUGAUUAUUUGGAAGUAAGGGAUGGAAGCAGUGAGAAUAGUCCACUCAUUGGCCAUUUUUGUGGCUAUGACAAACCAGAAGACAUCACAUCUACCUCAAACACCCUGUGGAUGAAGUUUGUUUCUGAUGGAACAGUAAACAAAGCAGGGUUUGCUGCUGACUUUUUAAAGGGUAAGCCUUUUAUAUGCAUUAAUAUUUGUGAAUAUUGAAUGGAACAGACCUGUCAUUUGUGGCACAAAUUAAUAAUGAAUCGAAGUAUGAGGGCUAUAUUGCUUUGAUUUGACGAUUAAAACAAUCUAUUUGGAAGCCCUGCUUGUUCAUAGAGGUAGAGAUCUAUUAAAAUGUUGUACAUGUAGUCCUUAUGUAUUCUUAACGUAACUUAAGUGGUAUUUAAAUAUAUAGUAUUAAUGGUAUUUUGUCAAUGUGAAAAAUACAUUGUAAAAUAAAAUUGAAGUGUUCAUUUGAAGGCACAUGUGUAGCAAGAUACUGCUUUUUUUUCUGAUUGUCAAUUAAUGGAAAGACCUGGGAUUAAGGAUUCUGUUAAUCUCCUUUUUUGUGACAUCAGGACAAUGUGCAAUUCACUUUUAGAUAAUGUAUCCUUCACAUGACCUUGAAUGGAAUUUUAAAGCUUUCUGCAGAAGUGCUUCCUCAUAUUGUAUUUUAUCUGUAGCUAUAACCUUGCUAUUUUUUUCUUUUAAAAAAAAUGUCAAUUAAUUUAUUCUUUUUACAGAGGAGGAUGAAUGUGCCAAACCAGACAAUGGCGGAUGUGAGCAGCGCUGUGUUAACACUCUGGGAAGUUAUAAGUGUUCCUGCGAUCCUGGUUAUGAGCUGGCACCCGACAAAAAAAGCUGUGAAGGUAGUAGCGCUUAUCCCCACUUGUAAAAUUGUAUAAAAUAAGAAUUGAAAAAUAUCACUACUCUUCACCUAAUGAUUCUGUCUGCUUUGUUUUAGCUGCAUGUGGUGGGCUGCUGACUAAACUUAAUGGCACCAUAACCACUCCAGCCUGGCCCAAAGAGUACCCACCCAACAAAAAUUGUGUGUGGCAGGUAGUGGCUCCAUCUCAGUACAGGAUCUCCAUGAAGUUUGAGUUCUUUGAAUUGGAAGGCAAUGAAGUAAGUAAACGACAAGCUGUCCAACAGAUUUAUCAAUCUAGUAAUUUUCUUUUAAACCUGUACAGAAUAAUGUAAAAUGCUGGCAAUGCUUCUUUCAAGAAGUAUUUUGUUACUAGAGAGAACUUUGGCUGAAUUUUUUUUUUUUUUAAAUUUUAUGUUCAUAUUUGCUCAUCAAACUUAACCUUAUUUGGAAGAUUAAUUUUCAACAGCAAUUGCUGUCAUCACUUAUUUUAAUGAAAUAGACCCUAGUGUUUGUGAAUUACAUUCAAAUAAAAUUGUCCAAAGUAUAAUGUGUAGUUUUAUUUUUUCAGUGUAUAUUUGUUAAUGCAACUCACUUUGAUCAGUAGUUGAGUAUUCAGGGAAAAACACAUACAAUAUCCAAGUAUAAACUUAUAUAGUUAAGAUGUCACUCAUGGAAAAGGAAUGUAAUUUAAUUAAUUUGGCUGCCUUCUGAUGCAUUUAUGUGGAAUGUUCUGAAAUUAAAAUUAACUAAAAUACCAGACUAGGCAUGGUAAUCUACAAACUAGAUCAUGCUUUCCCAGCCUGAUCAACAGUACAGUAACAGAAGACAAGCGUAUUGACGGAAAAUUCGCACACAAUGGGUUUCUGAAAGAUCCUGGCACAAAGUUGCAGAAUAUUGUUAGGUUUUAAACCCAGAAUUGACAGGUCCUCUACAUACUAAUGUGCUAUAGUGUAUCUGUAUCUUCAGAACGGGCACAACUAUUCCUUUUUUUUUCUCCUCUUCAAAUAAAUAAGAUUGUUUCAAAUUAUGAAUGUAAAACAUACAGGUGUUCCUCAUUCAGUGACCUACCUGUUUUACGAUGGCUCGCACUUAUGACCAGACGCAAGUGCGAGCCGUCGUGGGGAUUCCCUGCACUGGUGCGCAUGUCUAUGUUCGGGAAAACUUCCCUGAAGGUAGACGAACACACCAGAGCAGGGAAUCCCUUAACUCCUCACUUACCUACCUCCUCACUUAUGUGUCUGUAUUUUUUAAGUUUAAAAAAAGCAAAACCUCCAGCAAUAGCUGCUCAUAGUGGCUAAAAUAAAAAUUAAUUUUAAAUCUCAGGUCUGCUUUAAGGACGAAGUAGUGUCUAGCAAGCUAUUAACAUAGCUGGAGAUAAUCAUAAAUUAAACAAAAUUUGCAAUAAUGGAGGUAUAAACAUUAGAUGACUCUUUACAGAAAGUGUUUAGGAAGGCUGUGCAAAUCUCAUGCAUAAACAUUGUGUAAACGUAGACAUGCAAUUAUUAACUGCUAAUGCAGUGUAUAUAUACCAAUGAGAAAACAAAAACCAUAUCGAUCUUGAUAAUAGUCUUGCAAUACGGUUUUAAAUUGGCUUUAACAUAACUUGGGGUUAGGCCUCAAAUCGCUAGAUCAUUUGGAGAAAACUGAACAAUUAACUGUAAAAACAGGUCAUUUUGUAUUACAUGCUUGUGUUGAAGAAAAUAUACCCACAAUCUGUAGACAAGUUGUGGCGAUUGAAGAUUACAGAACAAUACACAUAUUUGUUCAGAGUCAAUCUUAACUCAAUAUAAACUAAAGGAUUGUCUUUGUUCUGUAAUCUAAAAUCACUACAACUUGUCUACAGAUUUUGGGUAGAUUUAUUUCAACACAAGCAUUUAAUACAAAAUGGUCUGUUUCUCAUAUAGAACCCUUAAAAGAUAUUGUAUGUGUUAUAAAGCCUAGAUCCUAUACAAUCAAUCGAGGAAAACCUGUAGCCUAUAAGAGACUUGUUCCAACAGUUUAGAGCAAAACAUUUCAAUCAUUACUUACAUUGUUUAUGAAGUGUUUAAUCCCAUGUUCUUUUUAAAUUUCCAGGUUUGCAAAUACGACUUUGUUGAAGUUCGUAGCGGACUUUCAUCUGAUUCAAAAUUACAUGGAAAAUAUUGUGGAACAGAAGUGCCUGAAGUUAUUACCUCCCAAUAUAACAAUAUGAGAAUCGAAUUUAGGUCGGACAACACUGUAUCAAAGAAGGGCUUUCGGGCACACUUCUUCUCAGGUAUUGUCUUCAUGUUGAUAAAAUAUAUAAAAAUGUGUGCUGUGUUCUAUCCAUAUAAACACUAAUUUAUCUAUCUUCUCAGACACUAGAUAGUUUAACGUUACUUUACUCCGACACCAGACUUUCCCUCCUCUGACAGAAACCCUAUUUAGGGCCUUUAUCAGGAGACCCCAUAGCCUACCUGAUGCACAUCAAUUUUUUUAAUGAUCCCAAAAAUCCUCAAAAUCUUUAUUUUUAUUUUUUGGUCUGAGCCUAGUACAAAAAAUUGUGUAUCCCCAACCCCCCUUACCUCACGUCAAAAUAUCCAGCAGGACCGGGCCUGCGUGAGCAGUGUGUAAUUCCUGCAUUACUCCUACAGAUAUUCAAAUGUGCCACCAGGUGUUUUAACUGUAGUCUACUACCUGUAUACGCUAGUGGUAUGGGUAUAUUUGCACCACUUUUCAGAGUUCCCAAAAACCAUUCAUGCACAAAGGACAUAAUAUAUAAAUAUAUAUAUAUAUAUAUAUAUAUAUAUAUAUAUAUAUAUAUAUAUAUAUAUAUAUAUAUAUAUAUAUAUAUAUAUAUAUAUAUAUAUAUAUACGCGUAUAAGUCGACCCGAAUAUAAGCCGAGGCACCUAAUUUUAGCACAAAAAACUGGGAAAACUUAUUGACUCGCGUAUAAGCCUAGGGUGGGAAAUGCAGCAGCUACUGGUAAAUUUCUAAAUAAAAUUACAUUAUUUACAGUGUGUGUAUAUAAUGAAUGCAGUGUUUGUGUGUAGUGUGUGUAUAUAUAAUGAAUGCAGUGUGUGUAUUAUAUAUAUAUACACACACACACACUAUGUGUGUGUGUGUAAACUAGGUGGGGGAGGGCAUUUUUAUAUAUAUAUAUAUAUAUAUUUAUAGAUAUAUUUUUUAAUCUUUUAGUUUAUUUUAUUAUUUUAAUAUUUUAUUUUUAUUUGUUUCAUUUAAUUUUUUUGUAUACCCCAGCUUGUUACCUAUCCAGGGAGGGGGGCCGGGAGCAAGCUGUUACCUUUUGUAGCAGCUCCGUUCAGCUCACAGUGUAAGUCUCGUGGUGUGCGUGCCCCGUGGAGCGGGGGAGCUGAUAGGAGCUGCUAAUAGGUAAGUAACACCUUUCUCCAGCCCCCAACAGGACCGGCGGUCCUGGUCUGUAUUAUAGCAAUGUAAGUUGCCAUAAUACAGACAGUGACUCGAGUAUAAGCUGAGAGGUGCUUUUUCAGCACAAAAAAGUGCCGAAAAACUCUGCUUAUGCUGGAGUAUAUACGGUAAGUCUUUCUUCCCUCUGACACCACUUCUUGUAGAGGAGUCUGCAUGCACACGUCACCCAAAUGACCAGAAAUAAAAAAGCUUGUGUAUUUUAUUUUUUAUUUUUUUUUCUCUUGCACUGUUCAUUGAACUUUAAACACACUUAUGAAGCUUCUGCAGCUUCUAGCAGGAUAUACAAAAUUCUAAAUUAAACACACUGGAAUAAAGGAAGAUUAAACCUUUACAUUUCUCUUUACAUUAGGUGUUUAUGAAGCAUUUGCCUUGGACUUGCAUAGCCUUUCUAAACAAAGUUAACUCCUAACUGGCAGUGAAUUGAGCUGUGAGACUGCAGGGGAAUGAUCCCACUCCAAUGGGCUGGAGUGUCCUUUUUAAAGGAUACUACUUGGUGUUAUCACUGCCAUUUUUGUGUGUGUGUGUGUGGUUUUUUUCUGACCAGUAGCACUCCAGUUCAAGUUCAUUAUAUUUCUCAAGAUAUUUGAUGAGCUGAAAGGCUGGCUAAGUCACUAGGGAAGGGUAGAUUGCAAGAACUGCAGUGCUAAAGGUAGGAUAUUACUAUUUGAGGUUACUACUAAACACUUUAGUUCCGUCAGACAAUGUCCUACCUGGUUGGGGUACAGUGCUUUCAGUCCCUGACUUGAUAAGACUGCAGGGAAGAAAUGCAUGGAGCUAGGGAAGAGAUGUCACACUGCCAACUCCACCCUCUAGUUUUAGUGAGUCCACGUUCUUUAGAGAUACCUAUUUAUGGCAGCUGUGUAAUCUGGCUAUGAUGGUUAUAAGACCUUUAACACCUAAAAUAUUCCUAGUUUAAAAUGCUGGCCAGUAAUAUUCCAACCCACCGUUUUUUCUCUAUGCAGACUGGAAUUACAGAACCGAAACCGAACAUAACCUGUAUUUUAGGUGAGAGGUGCUGCUUAAGAUUUUUCUAAUAACCAGAGGCACUUCCACGAUCAUAUAAGAAAUUGCAUGGAUAACUGGUGUCCCAGCAUAUUCAUUCCAAAGCAGUCUGUCAUGGUUUUAUCUUGCCAGUCUUGUACAGCUCUUAAGUGCUCAAAAAAAGUACAACAAAAUGAUACUCUAGACUAUAUAUGUACACAUACCAGAUCUAGUUUCCAUGAAGGAAUCUAGAUAAUCUAGUUUAGAUUGUGUCCAGGUUUAAAAUGUAUGCAAGUCCUUUUUGUGGUUUUUGUGUUUUGUGUUUUUUUUUUUUGUUGUCUUGUAUUUAGGAUUGUAAUUAAAGCUUUUAUUUAGUAAGUUACAUUUAAAAUUUAACAAUGGGUUUGCCUUCCAUUUGAAUUUAAACCUUUAACUAUUGGACAUUAAGAAUUGGAUGCUUUACAUUUUUAUUUUUGAAAUGUUUAAAUUUAUUCUAUGAGCGGUUUUAGACACUAUCUUCCAGAUGUGAAAUAAAUAACAAAGGUAAAGCUUGUGUAUCUUGCUAUAGUGUGUUUUUUUUUUUUUGUUUUUUUUUUACAUUUUAUUUUAUGAUUUUGCAAUUAUAAACAAAAAAGCAUUUAACUGAAUCCGUGUUAGCAUUUUAUGCCUGCAUUAGGAGGUUUACAAGGACUUCUUUAAGCUACACUAAUAUGGUACUCAAUAUAGAUAAACCUAAACACAUGAAACGGUCUUUAACAAAGUAAACACCAUUGUUUUAUGAUGUACAACUUUGCUAGGUGACUGAGUUUCUGUGUAUCUGUACAAUGCAUGUAAUGUGUUAUGGCAAAUGUAUAGAAUUGUAAAAAAUGAUCGCAAAUAACAUUUUAAUUUUUUUUAUAAAUCUUCCCACCCUUCAGUAAGGUAGAGAAUGUGACCUAACUAAUAAAUAAAUAAAAAAUGUAGAUUAAAAACUAUAUACACUCUUUUUAAAAAUUUAAACAUUCUAAUAUGACCAGAAGUAUUUUUUACAAAGCUGGACCUGGAGUGUAGGAAUGUAGGCGGCAUGGUUUAAAUAAACAUCCCCACCAAAAAAAUAUUUGUAAGCAUUUUGUAACUAUAAAAGGGCAUGUUUUUGCCUCCAGUUUUACCUUUAAUAUAUGUUGCCACCGGAACAAUAACGUAAGCAUGUGUCUUUCCAGAUAUAUGCUGCUCUGCAUUAAUCCCUGCUGACAGGAUCAGCCCUCCUCAGACAACAUACAUUGUUGCUGUCAGCAAAGGGGCAGUCAGGCAUUGAGGUUUUCAAUGUCAUCACUGUGAGAGAUUUGCUUUGCCAUAAGAUCAGAUGGGCCUCCUUUUAUUUUGAAUGGUUUUAUUUUUUUUUUCCAUAUAAAAGAUGUCCUCUGCAUGUUGCAUACUGAACGCUCUUCAGAAUGAAAUUCUAUUGAACUUGAUAAAAAAUAAAGAAAAAUGACAAGACCAGAGAUAAAAUUAGACUAAUUUUUUUUUCUUUACGAUUACAAAUGUAUCUGUUUUUAUGAUUCAUUAGUGUAAAAAAAACAAAAAAAACCUUUUUAUCUGUUCACUUAGUAGAGAUACAAUGUCCAAGGAGAACAGAUCUAAACUGUUUAAAUAUUGUCAUUGUAUGGAAAUCUGAGUUCAUUGCUGCUGUUAUCCUGGUACGUUUGUGUUCACAGACAAGAAAGCUUCCUGCAAAGGAAAAAUUUUUAUUUUUGAAUCUUGCAAGGACUUGAUAAAAGGUGAUCCAUCAGGCCGAGUACGUGUAAUUGACAGACUGGUGUCCUCUGUAGGUAUCAGAGGUAUGACCACCUGUUGCAAGCUAACCGGAGGUGGGAAAUGGAUCUUUGCUUUCUCUUGGGGCUAGGGACUAUUGAUCCAUUUAUAACUGCUUGAUGCUCUCCCUGCAACAAAUGCUUUUCAACGUGUAGCACAAAACAUGUGUAAGCAGAAUGCAAAAUCCAUGGGAAUACUGGUGGAUACUAACAAUGACUGACCUCUAAAUCUGCAGGCAGGGUAUGGAUAUGUGCUAAAUCGUUUUGGGUGAAGUUUUAGUUCAACAGUUGUCUCCUUUUGAUGCAUGGAUUAACAUCAUUUUCUAAGACUAUGUUGGAGAUCUGUGACUUGGUGAAUAAUUUUAUUGUUUUUUUGAAAUCCGUAAUUAUCACUUAAAGGAAUAUUGUGAUGUAUAGGAUUUUAAGAGCUUCUCGAUUCGGAGAACAUUUAUCCAAUCUCUCAUUGUCAGCCUUUGUACGCUUUCUCUCUGCUCAGCUGCCCUGGAGUAAGGAUCCAGAUACUGCCGGUCAAUGCGUAAACAUUUAAAGUAAUUUUAUUGUGUUAGGAAUGCAAAUCUGUAUUCCUAACUUUAUAGUGCCCUUUGAUCCUCCUUCCUGCAAAGAACAGAUUAAAAAUCCUUUUAUUUACUCACCUGAUUCCAGCGCCGACCUCACUCUGUGCUGGUCGGCGCUGCGCCUCUUCGUACGUCAUCCUACAUGAGGAACCUAAUGUGCAUGUGCCACAAGCACAUUAGGCCCUUCCCAUAGGAAAACUUUGAUUCAAUGCUUUCCUAUGGAGCUUUCAGUGACGCUGGAUGUCCUUAUGCAGAGCGUAUAGAUGUCCAAUGUGAGUUAGAUGUCCUAUAGUCCAAUAAAAUCCAGAAAGAUCCUCUAGUGGCUGUCUGGUAGAGUUUCUCAAAACUAAGUGGGACAGGGACCCUGCACCCACACCACCUCAGUGAGCCGAAGUGGUCUGGGUGCCUAUAACUACUGAUCUUAAAUACAAAAGUUUUUUGCAGCUACUUUGAAAUAGCAAUUCAAAGGUACAGGGCCAAAUACCUCCACUUAACCAAGGGAAAUCCUUUUGCCUUCUAUUUCUGAAUACCUUUUUAAUUGUCCUUAUAUACACCCCUAAAGUUAGUCUCCUCUUUGUGCCAUUUGCUCUUGUGUGGUAGAGAGUUAUCGGAUAGAAGCAUACUUUCUAACCUUUGAAACUGGACUGCAUAUAGUUUAAUUCCAUACUAGGCCAGUUUCUUUUCCUUUAGCUAUCCAGCUUUAAGAGUUACUCCAUCCACCAUGACCAAUCCUGCUUCUAGAACUUGUCAUGUUAGUAGGGAUAUGUGUGUGCAGCAUUUUUGCUUGAAAAGCUGCACAACCAGAGAUAUCACUUUUGUGCCAUGGGGCCAACUGCACUCCUAGCACACACAACAUAGAGUAGAGUUCUGGGCUGCCAAACCUCAAUUCUGUGAAAAAAACUCAUCAGCAUGCACAAUAUGCUGGCAACAGACUUAAUGAGCUUUUCCCUUGCAGGAAGUGCACCUACAUGGGGGAAAGUUCAGUGUCAAUUCAUUCCUCCUGUCUCCCUUCUUUCAAAGUUAUUCUAAUUUCAUUUUUUUUUUUUUUUUUUAAACUAAUUCCCCUCCCACUGUUUACCUCCUCCCUCUCCUAUCUGGUUAAGUGUGUGGAUGUGCACUGAGCUGGUAACAUGGUCCAAUCAAAAGCUUCUCUGAGAAGCAUUUGAUUGAACAAUGGAGAGUUGUUUUGUGAAUUGUGGAAUCCAGGGAGGGGUUGUGGAAAACAGGGAGGGGUAUGUCACCCCGGUGCUGGGAUCUAUAAUUAUAUUUUAAAAAAAAGUUAGUGUAAUCUUUUAAAAAGAAUGUAUGCUUUGGCAGUCAAAUGAUUAUGAAAUGUUUUGAUUCAUAAAAUGCUUCUUUUUAAAUUACUGUCUGAAAGAAAUACUUGAAGGGAGCAAGAGGGCCUUCCAUACAAUGUUUAGGUCAAUUUGAAGUUCUGUUAGGCAAUAUAGACCUUAACGUGCCCCAUUCUAAAUUAAUUUGGUUUCUUGUUUAGAAAUAUCUUUUCAAACUGAAAAGAAAGGGGUCUGCCAAUGCUAUUUCAGAUCAGAAAUUUUACAAGAAUUAUUGCAACUUAGACCUUAUUAAGAAUUUCUGUUCUGCAGCAUUUCAGUGAAUUUUAGAAAUUCCAUGGGGAAAAAAAAAACUGCCUCAAGUGCACCAAAUACGUAGCAAGUGCACAUCAUUUUGUGCCUUUUAAAAUCAAGCCACAAAAUCCUGAUUAAUAGUCUAAACUCAGGGUAUCCACAUUUUGUGUAAUAUUUUUGCCUGUUCUCAAGAACAGACUUUACACAGCAACUUUUGCAAGAGUUGGUUGCAAUUAUAAGAUGGUAGGUUGUUUUGUAGAAAAAGUUUACUUCCCAGGCAUUAACCUUUUGAGAAGAGUUGAGUGAAUGUUCUGUCAUAUACUUAUUCUGGGGCACAUGGUCUAGUGGUUAGAGAUGUCGCGAACUGCUCGCCGAACUGUUCGCGAACUGUCCGCCGGCGAACAAUAGCGUGUUCGCGUUGGGCGAACAUAUACGAUUUCUGGUCUGCCCCCUAUUUGUCAUCAUUGAGUAAACUUUGACCCGGAACCUCACAGUCAGCAGACACAUUCCAGCCAAUCAGCAGCAGACCCUCCCUCCUAGGAAGUGUCUGCUGACUGUGAGGCUCCAGGUCAAAGUUUCGUCAAUGAUGACGAAUAGGGGGCGGACCGGAAAUCAUAUAUGUUCGCCCAACGCGAACACGCUAUUGUUCGGCGGCGGACAGUUCGCGAACAGUUCGGCGACCAGUUCGCGACAUCUCUACUAGUGGUGUGUUUCCCAAACCAAUUCUCAAGACCCACCAACAGUCCAUAUUUUGUCAGUAUCUCCAUUGGAAUAAAAUGGGGAAAAUACUGGAUUUAGUGGGGCAUGAGAACGGGCUGGUUUGGGAAACACUGGCCUAGUGGUUGAAAUCAUAAAGGUGGAUUAUCUAGUGCUUAAAUGUAUAUUGGAAGAAAAGCAUUCAUAAUUACCGGUUGAAAUAUUUACACAAAACAUACUAAGUUUCUGCGAAGUGAAAUAAAUGACCUUAAAUUCAAAAUAUAAUCUCUCAUGGGGUUACAUAAAAAUGACACCACAGCUAAUGACAGCAGUUCCAGUAUAGUGCUUUUUAACACGAUGUAACAUAAGAGGAAAUUAUACUGAAUUUACAUGCUAAAUAUCCAGCUUGACUACCUUUUUUUAUAACGAAUAUUUUAUAACGAAUAUAUUAUGCGUAUAUUUCUUAUAUUUUAAUAUAAAUUGAAUGGGUGUAUUUAUGAAGGCUUUUUGCUUAACUUUCUGGUGUUUAAAGUGACCCCACUUGUAACCUUGCUUUGAAUUGUAUUUAGAUUUCAGUGAUUCUUUUGGCUAUCAAUUUGCAAAAAACUAAACAUAUCUGCAUACUCCAAACAAGUGCAUUUUACCAUUUCAACCUCCUUUUGUUUUAGCUCCUAUGCAAGGUUACAGGUGAGGGGCCAAAUGCAUGUUUUCUUCUGCCUACAUUAACACGAUUUUCAAGUCCGACUUGCUUUAACCUUUUUUUGAAAACCUACAUCAUUCUAACUCUUAAUUUCUUGAUUUACCUUGUCUACAGAUAAAGAUGAGUGUUCGAAAGACAAUGGAGGCUGCCAGCAUGAGUGUAUAAAUACCAUAGGUAGCUAUGUUUGCCAAUGCCGUAAUGGAUUUGUGCUCCACGAGAACAAACACGACUGCAAAGAAGGUACAGAGGCCACAAAAUAUUUUCAAGACUAGAUGUAUUCAGCUGAUAAAAUAUCUGAAUGUGGGGUGUGUGCUACGUGAGACUUUUGGAUCCAUUUCCGUAAAGGCUAUUUAAUAAUCUUUAAUAGUCCUUAAUCCAAACAACCAAAUUAAAACCAAUGUGUUGGUGACAAAAUUCAGAUUUGUACUUUUUUAUGUUCUGUUAUGUGACGGUGUUCCAUUGAAAUCACAUUAGUUAUGUGACUAUUCCUUGUUUUCUUCCAGAUUUUGUUUUUAACUGUGAAAAUGUCACCACACAUUUUUGUCAGCACGGUGUACAACGCGUCAGUCAUGAUCGCCUCUCACAGAAACACCUGAACAGUUCAGCAUCGUGCCAAAAAUAGUGAUGUAGCAUAUGUUUGAUUUCUGUUUCUAAACUUAAAAAUAUAUAUAUAUUUGCAGGACCAGUCUGAGCCCUUCAGCACUGCAGGGUUAUUUUAAUAAAUCCGGAAUAGACCAAUUACAAACUUCCAGCAAAAAUAGCUGAACUGGAAAAAUAUGACUUUAUUUUUCCAGAAUGGCCAUUUUGAAAUAAACUGUGCAGUUACAGCAUGAAUUUUCCAUAAUUUAUAUCUUUGUAAAUAAAGCCAUUGAAUUGUCUGUAAUUUGUAAGAAUUGUUUGAAUUGUAAGAUAUGUUACAUGGAACCUCAAUGUUAGUUUAUUGUGCACAGAAAACAUACCAGGUUUUUAUUCAUUUUAUUUUAAAUUUAGUUUGAGCCACAGUCUCACCUGCCCUUUUUUCAAUAAGUUUGCUUGUUUAACCUGAUCUGUGAUUUAUCUCUUGCCACCUUCUUAAGUCUCUUUCCACCUUGCGUGCUAAUUAGCCAUAUUUAUGAAGGCAGAUAUUUGUUUCCUAUUUUUCCAUUUGGUUUUUACUUUAAAUUUAUUGGAGACAAAAUCUUUCCUAUACAGAAAUGGAACACUUUUAUUAAUCUUUCUGUGUGUAUUUUUUUUUUAUUCUGCAUGUAAAAUGUGUUCUUUUUAAUUAUGUAUCUCUAAUUUCACAAAAAUUGUCUUCUAAAUGCAAGUGUUACAUUGUUACAGAACUUCGAUUUAACAUAACCUCCAGCUCCACUUUACAGUUUCAUUUUAAAGAGCAAUUCUAGGGAAAAUGGUAAACAUUGCAAAAUGACUAGGAGCCAUUUAUUGAAACUUUGCCCCAGUAUUCUACAUAAAUAACUCUGUAUGGGAAACUGAUGCCAAGCCUUACACAGAAAAAAAGUACUCUCUGAAACGUCUCCAUUUUAUGGUAUCCAUUUUUUUUUCCAUGUAUGACAGUCUAUGAUAUCAAAUGAUAACAGUGUGUGGCUGACUUUUAUCUGGUAUUUACAGUAGUAAAGACUCUCUAAGCAGUUAUCUUGUAAUUGGAUAGGGUUUAAAGUGAAUUUCUCCCUCCUUCAACAUUCCCUUCCCCUGCCUUAGCUGCAUACUCCCAUUAAGGGUGGGAUUAAAAGGCUGUUUCUGUAGUGCUAAUGGUAGAGAUGGUUACUUGGACUACAGUCCAGAUAGUGCAGUAGCUAGAGCAUCACCUUACAUCGAGAGGAUAGGCAAUGAUUUGCCAAUUUUGUGCUCCUUUGCGGUGUACACAGUACGGCUGAACAUUGCUUAAUUGAUCUGGACAUACAUAAAAAUGGAGCCAUGUGUAUGUUUAGGGUGAAUUGCAUGCUGUUCUGUAAACUACAACAAGGCAGACUUUGUAGUGCACCAUAGCAGUUGCACAUUUACUGGUAUGGUCUUUCUCUUGUAGCUACAGCAGUACAUUAUUCAAACCUUUUUUAUUUUUUUCUAGCCUUAUUUUGUAUUUAUGCUUCAAACAAAUCUGCAGCUCUGUCCUUGAUACCCUUUUACCAAAUCUAUAACUAUCUUUAUAAUUUAAUGGCAAUUAACAGAAAAUCUAGGUGAUAUUAAUGUAUAAGAACCAGUUAAUAUAUGCACCUACAUAUGCAUUGAUGAAUGCUUUUUUUUUUUUUUUGACAGCUGAAUGUGAACACAGAAUUCAUAGUCCAAAUGGAGUAAUCACGAGUCCAAACUGGCCAGACAAAUAUCCUAGUCGCAAAGAAUGCACGUGGGAAAUAAGUGCCACCCCAGGCCACAGAGUGAAACUGGUAACUAUACACGUAUGAGGAAAGACUGUGUGUAUCGAUUUCACACAAUGUGGGAAUCAAACACACAGAGGUCAGUAUGGUGGUUCCAGAUCCACCAUGAGGGGCUUGUACCCCAAAUAUUGUAAAGAAAACAAAAAUAAUAAAUUAGUCUCAAGGGAAAGAGGCUCAAAUCUGGUUUUAAAACAGUCAAGGACAAUAAUGAUUACAAAUAUAUACUAUAAGGAAAUUGGUAAAUUAGCACAGAGUAGUAGUAAUGGGGGUGACCUAACCUAAUCACAUAUAUCCGUUCCAAAGAGGUGCCAAAAUUAAAAAAGGUACAAUAGAUGGAACAUAUUCAGAGAAGCAAAAAAGGACAAUGAUAGUGUCUAUGUAGAGGGAUAAAGUAUAAACCAUGAGGCAGUUAAGCAUAAAGUAAGUUAUCCACACCAAUAAAGAAAUUGGCUGGUGAUCGUACACAUAUCCAAGUCUAUGAAAGAGGUAAUGGACACUUAUAGUUUGAGGACACUGUAAAGGUUAAAGGGUAGAGGGAGGCUCCAGACAAAUACUGCAGUGUUAAAAUCCCCGUCAACUCCUAAAUAAAAUACCUUCAAGGGUGUACUAUGCUGUCCUUAUGAGGCUCCAAAACCCACUUGGCAAAAUGACAGAAGUAAGCUGUCUGCUUUUGAAUCGGACACCUUGAGAAAUCUUAUAUACUGAUUGUAUACUAAAACAGGCUCCAAAACAAAUAAAGCGAAGCUAUACAGCCCUGUCAGCUCCUGAGACAAACACCUUCAAGGGUGUUCUAUACGGUCCCUAAUAAAUGGAGAAACGUCUCUCAAAACAUCCCCCAAAGCUAAAUAAACUCCGGCCUGAAAGAGUAGAAAAUUAAGAAGUGCUAAACAUCUAGUGCUACCAUAAGUGAGAGAGAACACAAAACAAGGAACCCGACGCGCAUUAGGUGCAUGGAGUUGCACCUUCGUCAGGGGUGGUAACAAUACACCACUCCUUUAAUCUAAAAACCUGAAUUUGCACAUAAAAUAGGGGUGCCAAACUUAAAUGAAUACAUUUCUUUAAAAUUGAGUGUGCACUACAGUGUACAGAGUUUACUGCCCACUCUCCCUCCUGUAAAACAGAGGCAAAGAUAAUUUAUCAUUAUGAAGAAGUAGAAGCGCAUCAGUUUUCUGUGGUUUGUUUUUUUGUUUACUUUUUGUCCCAUUUUCUGCAGUUUUAUUUGAGGGGAGAGUUAACUAAACUAUUUGAAUUGCCAGCUGAUCAUUUACAAUACUUAUUUUAGUUUGAUGAACAGAGAAGAAUUCAGUUUGCGUUUUCAACAGAUACAGUUGCAAGAAAAAGUAUAUGAACCCUUUUGGAAUGAUAUGGAUUUCUGCACAAAUUGAUCAUAAAAUGUGAUCUGUUAAUCAUCUAAGUCACAAUAAUAGACCAUCACAGUCUGCUUAAACUAAUAACACACAAAGAAUGAAAUGUUGCCAUGUUUUUAUUGAACACACCAUGUAAACAUUCACAGUGCAGGUGUAAAAAGUAUGUGAACCCUUGGAUUUAAUAACUGGUUGAACCUCCUUUGGUAGCAAUAACGUCAACCAAACGUUUCCUGUAGUUGCAGAUUAGACGGUCAGGAGUAAUUCUUGACCAUUCCUCUUUACAGAACUGUUUCAGUUCAGCAGUAUUCUUGGGAUGUCUGGUGUGAAUCGCCUUCAUGAGGUCAUGCCACAGCAUCUCAAUCGGGUUGAGGUCAGGACUCUGACUGGGCCACUUCAGAAGGCGUAUUUUCUUCUGUUUAAGCCAUUCUGUUGUUGAUUUACUUCUAUGGGUCAUUGUCCUGUUGCAACAUCCAUCUUCUGUUGAGCUUCAGCUGGUAGACAGAUGGCCUUAAGUUCUCCUGCAAAAUGUCUUGAUAAACUUGGGAAUUCAUUUUUCCUUCGAUGAUAGCAAUCCGUCCAGGCCCUGACGCAGCAAAGCAGCCCCAAACCAUGAUGCCCCCACCACCAUACUUCACAGUUGGGAUGAGGUUUUGAUGUUGGUGUGCUGUGCCUUUUUUUCGCCACACAUAGUGUUGUGUGUUUCUUCCAAACAACUCAACUUUGGUUUCAUCUGUCCACAGAAUAUUUUGCCAGUACUGCUGUGGAACAUCCAGGUGCUCUUGUGCAAACUGUAAACGUGCAGCAAUGUUUUGUUUGGACAGCAGUGGCUUCCUCUGUGGUAUCCUCCCAUGAAAUCCAUUCUUGUUUAGUGUUUUACGUAUUGUAGAUUCGCUAACAGGGAUGUUAGCAUUUGCCAGUGACUUUGUAAGUCUUUAGCUGACACUCUAGGAUUCUUCUUCACCUCAUUGAGCAGUCUGCACUGUGCUCUUGCAGUCAUCUUUACAGGACGGCCACUCCUAGGGAGAGUAGCAGCAGUGCUGAACUUUCUCCAUUUAUAGACAAUUUGUCUUACUGUGGACUGAUGAACACCAAGGCUUUUGGAGAUAUUUUUAUAACCCUUUCUAGCUUUUAUGUAAGUCAACAAUUCUUAAUCGUAGGUCUUCUGAGAGCUCUUUUGUGCGAGACAUCAUUCACAUCAGGCAAUGCUUCUUGUGAAAAGCAAACCCAGAACUGGUGUGUGUUUUUUAUAGGGCAGGGCAGCUGUAACCAACACCUCCAAUCUCAUCUCAUUGAUUGGACUCCAGUUGGCUGACAUCUCACUCCAAUUAGCUCUUGGAGAUGUCAUUAGUCUAGGGGUUCACAUACUUUUUCCACCUGCACUGUGAAUGUUUACAUGGUGUGUUCAAUAAAAACAUGGCAACAUUUUAUUCUUUGUGUGUUAUUAGUUUAAGCAGACUGUGAUUGUCUAUUGUUGUGACUUAGAUGAUCAGAUCACAUUUUAUGACCAAUUUGUGCAGAAAUCCAUAUCAUUCCAAAGUGUUCACAUACUUUUUCUUGCAACUGUAUUUUCCCUUCUAGUUAAUUUUUUUAAAUCCGCUUGUGCUCUCCCCUCAAUACUCAAUUGUAAUGCACUGUCUUUCAUUGCAGACUUUUGGAGAGUUUGAGAUUGAGCAACAUCAAGAAUGUGCUUACGAUCACCUGGAGGUGUUUGAUGGGGAAACAGACACAUCCCCUAUCCUGGGACGUUUAUGUGGCAACAAGAUACCAGAACCAGUGGUUGCCACUGCAAACAAAAUGUUUUUGCGUUUUGUCUCUGAUGCAUCAGUGCAAAGGAAAGGUUUUCAAGCCACGCAUUCUACAGGUCAGUAUGUGUGAUAAUUUUGCCUUUCAAGGUGUUUACCAAACAAUAGUUGGAAAUGUAAUUGGAUGCUUAUUUUUCUUUCGGUUUGUUUUUCUUUUAACUUUUUUCUUAUAGCAGAUCUUGGCGACCCUGUAGCCACUACAACCAUUUCACCUCAUUGAAUUGGUUAUCAUGCCUGGAGUUCCCAAUCACUCUACCUCCAUUCACUAUUAAAUUUUUUUUAGAGCAUUUGAACAUUAAAUCGCUGUUUCUGGCCAUGGCUACCACAGCCUGACCCCUACUGGAGGUAUGGCGAACGCAUAGAUUACACACUUUCGAGCCAUACCAAUUCAUACUAGCUGACACUCUUAUCCAAUUAUAGCUGCUUAUUACCGCUCAGGCUUUGACUUCAUGAGUUCAAGCAGCACAGAGGGAAUGGGUUGCUGAGUACUCUUGUUUAGCAUUAAGGAUGUAUUAACACCAAAUGGAAAGUUGGUGCUGUGAGUUUUUAAUUUUUUUUUUUUAAUUUAUUUUUUUUUUUUUGUGAGUGAGUGGGGGUGGUGUCUUCCCAUUCAGAGAAACUGUUUUUGCCACCAUAUUUUCAUAUAUGUAAGUUGGUUAAUUCAAUAUUUUUUUUUUAUUGACCACUGUCUAUCUGAAGGUUUCCACGUGUACUUUGUCCAUGUUAUGUGUAAAAUCUUUCUUGAAAAAGGUUUGGCAUGCAUAUUGGAUAAAGCUUUUUUUCCCCCCCUAAAUAUCCUAAACAAAAUAAUGUUUAAAAACAAAAAAAAAAAAACUGGGGAUUCAAGAUCACAAUUUUAUAAAUAUCAGAGACCCAGAGCAGCUCAUUAUCCCUUAUGUGCUGUGGUUGAGGCUUAAAAAUUAAACAUUUGACCAUCUAGUGGCUGCUCAAACAUUAUAUCUUUACCCCAUAAGCUUUGGGGUCAGAAGGAUUUUAAAUAGAAGUCCUCUGUCUAAAAGGUUUUCUAGAAGAUUUGCUUUUAAUUUUGAAUCAGGAGGACUAAACAAUUUUGUGUGGUUCUAGUUAAGUGGUAUGGAUUUUUUUUUCCUCUCCAAAGUUAACAGUAGUACACUCCCUGUAAUGUUUAAGGCUGUGUGAGCAUUGUGGCCGUUGGUCAUUUGACUAUAUCGUGUCCAAGGUUGUGUAAAAACCUCCUUCCCUAUGCCCCCGCAUAUGUCCAGGGGAAUGGGAAUAGCCUGGAACUGGCUUGGUGGGAUAUACUUGAUGGGUGUUUAGUGAGGAUGGAGGGCACCUCCAUACUGGGUUAACAGACACUUAAUGGUAAUCUUUGGAGUGUAAAUGGAAGGGAUCUCUCUUCCAAGCCAACUGGAACUUUUGGACUCCCUAAAAUCUCCAAUGCCCUUUUUGCUUGUUUACCCUAUUUGAGGCUGUAGCAAUGGACCAUUGGCUGUUUCUUCUUAAUUUAAUUAAGAUCCCUGUUUGCAGGAUGGAGAGGCGUAGCCCAUUAUAUCUUUAACUUUAUACUAUAUUUUCCAUACAUCACAAAUGUCUAUUUAAAGAAAGCAUAGUGGAUUUAUGGGGUUCAUCUUCAGCCCUAUAUUAAGUGCUGGCUUCAUACUACUAAUGACUCUUUACAGCCUUGAUAAAGGUGGCCAUCUUGACCAUUUUAAUUUUAACAUAACUUUAAUGAUGCUUUUCUUUUGAAUGCAUGACUUACCAUAUCUCUUUAAUGAAACAGAAUAUAUGAAAUGUUACUUGAUCCUGACUUUUGAAUGUGUGCACACUGUUUUUUGCAGGCAUCUUAAACUCUCCUCCCCCAGUUUGUCUGAACUUCGUCUUCCAAGAUUCUCUGAGCAUCUGGGAAUUGUAGGUCAUCAACAUCUGGAGAACUGGAGUUUGAGAUGCCUGCUUUUAGUGACACAUUUGAUGAGAUUGAGUUGUGGGGGUGUUGCUGUGUAAACUGUUUGCAAAGAUGGGGAGGAGAGGUAUGUAAGUACAAUAUUCAGUUGUAACUCUUUAAUUUUUAGAGGAUGGUGCUUUUUAAUCCCCUGCUGUUAAGCUCUGUUUGACGGUGCCAAAAUACACUAUUGCAGACUUAAAGUAAUUUUAUUUUUUGUGCCCAUCUGCUCACGAUACAAUAGGCACAUUAUACACAAAAACACAGAAUAGGCUCUCACUAUAGUAAGGUGGUAGGCAGCAGUGAACCAGCAGGUAUUCCCAAACCUUGCUAGAACUCAAAACGUAACAGAGAAAAAAAUGUUGUAAACCAAAAGAUCGUUGAAUAUAAAGUGUUAAACUAUAUGCAUACACUUAAGGAGGUCCAAUAAUUUGCUGGUGUAUGGUGAUCCUUAAAUAGUAAUAGGCACAAUAUUUAGUUCUGCUGCUUUGUGUCCAGUUUAGAAGCAAGCAAAACCUGCCUUCUAUUUUGCUGAUUUCACAUUUAAAGGACCACUAUAGUGCCCUGAGGGUGCCCGCACCCUCAGGGGCCCCCCUCCCGCCGAGCUCUAGGGGGUGGAAGGGAUUAAACUUACCUCUUUAUCCAGCGCCGGGCAGGGCACUCUCCUCCUCCUCGGCUGAAUGCGCAUGCACGGCAGGAGCAUUCAGCCAGUCCAUAGGAAAGCAUUCUCAAUGCUUUCCAAUGGAUGCUGGCGUCUUCUCACUUUGAAAAUCACAGUGAGAAGGUCAGAAGCGCCUCUAGUGGCUGUCAAUGAGACAGCCACUAGUGGCUGGAUUAACCCUAUUAUAAACAUAGCAGUUUCUCUGAAACUAUGUUUAUAGAAAAAAGGUUAACCCUAGCUGGACCUGGCACCCAGACCACUUCAUUAAGCUGAAGUGGUCUGGGUGCCUAUAGUGGUCCUUUAAAGCUCUCCCCAGCCAAAAUGGUUCCCCCUUCUUGCUUAAAGGAACAGUCCCGUCAUAUUAACUUCAUUAUUUUAUUUUUUUUAAAUGAGUAGUUACUGAAUGACUUAGAGUGUCAUCUGACCUCUCUAGCCAAUCAGCUGCAAUCCUGCACAGCGGCACUCUGCUCUUUUUAAAAGAGCAGAGUGCCGCUGGAUCCUUCCUGUUGUACCUGGAAAUCGGCACUGGAGGCAGCCCUUGGGGUUAAAAAGUUUGAGAACUGUUUAAUCCCUUAAGGUUAGAGUGCAUCUAGGGGCCUUGUGGCACCAUAACUUAACUUAGAAGAAGUUAUGGUGACCGGGGUGUUUAACAAUUUUGCUGCAUUCAUGGUCAUAGGUUCUGUAUGGAAAUAAAAUGGGAAAAACUGAAAGCACAGAGUUAGAUAUUUGAAAAUCCAUUUUGUGUCAAUUACUUUUUGUUCUGAACCUCUUUGAUGCAUCAUUCCUUGUUUAAAUUUAACCAAGUUUGUUUGUUUGUAUGAUGGAAUACUAUUUUGAUUGAGUUUGAACCCCCACUCCCUUGCUUCAGUUUUUCUAAAUAAGCAUGGAAUGGAUAAAAAAAAAGGAAAAAUGAAAGCCAUUUAUAUUUAAUGUUAGUGGUCUUUUAGCAGUCUCUAGUGGUGAAUUGUGAAAUGUAGUUUCAUUUUUUGAAAUGAUCAGUGUGCUGAUUCUGUAUUUGUGUGGGUUUUUGUUAAGCGAUCAAAGAAAACGAGUGGAGGAAAAAAACCAAAAACAAUGUUAUUGAAAUUGGUCACUCAAGGGUUAUGUUAAGGAAAACAAACUUGCCAAAUUAUCACUGGAAAAAAGAACACGAAAAAUUGGAAGAGGGAAAAAUACUGAACACUACUGUUAUUGUUGCUAGUUUUCCUCCUUCUCUUUUCUUUCAUAUUAUUCCCUACAGAUUAGUCCGCAUUGCAUGGGUUUAUAAUAUUGUACAUACAUCACAUCUCCUUUGCACUAUUUUGUUGACAUGAAAUAUUUAUGUUGGUGGGAAUCCAUAACAUUUUGAAGCAUUGGAUUUAAUAGGGCAUGUUAUAGCAAGGUGUUCAAGUGACUUAAAUUUUAGUCUUAUUAUUGUACAUAUUUUAGUUAUUAUAUGGUUUUGCUAACUUUUCCAUUUCAGGAGACUGUCAAAUUUAGAGACCGUAGUAGUGGGGAAAAGUAGUAAAACACUUUUCUGCUGGGGAAAAAGUGGCAGAAAAAAAAUUAUCCUUUGCGUCACCAUAAAUAGUGAAAUGACAGCACAAAAUGUAACAAAUUUUAGCAUAUUUCUCCAAAAAUUCACAAAAUAAUGGUCUUAAAAGGAUACUAUAGUCAUCAAAACAACUUUAGCUUCAUUAAACUGUUUUAGUGUAUAGUGCAUUCUCGCUGUUUUAUUCUCUGCCAUUUAGGGGUUAUCACUUUUGUUUCUGUUUAUACAGCCCUACUUACACCUCCCCUGCCUGUGACUCUGUCUGCAUGAAAAAAAUGGUUUCAUUUUCAAUGAGAUGUUAACUUGCAUUUGACAUUUUCAUAUCCUGCUCUGUAUAUUGAACUUUAAUCAUACACCUGCAGGCGGCCAGAAGGUUAACAAACCAGGAGAUAAGACAUUCUAAAUUCAACUAACUGUGCUAUUUAGAAAGUGUAAACACUGGAUCAUUUCAUAGGAUGGUUUAGGGAAGGUUACGUAAGUCACUUAAGGGGAGAUGUGACUAGGGUUGCAUAAACGGUGAUUAAACUCCUAAAUGGCAAAGAAUUGAGCUGUGACACUGCAGGUGCAUGAUCUAUACAACAAAACCGCUUCAUUAAGAUAGUUGUUUUGGUGCCUAUAGUGUCCCUUUAAGUGUCAGUGAUACUUUGAUAAAUCUUCCCCAAGUGUGUUAAAAGCAAAGAACAGAACAUCUACCUUACAACGGCUAAUGUUUUAGUUUUUUCAUUUAUCCGUAUUUGGUAAACAUGUUCUUCUCUCAAACCUUUGCUAAACCUUUUUUUACUGUAAAUUGAAAUUAUCCCAUACCCUGGAGCUUGCUUAGUAGUUUUCUGCAAGACAUUUACAUUAAAGGAGAAACUAGCUCCUACUCCGUUUGAAAUCUAGAAGUGUUGAUACUUGUCAAGCUGGUUCAGUUAAGAGAUGAAUUAAACUAACCAGCCUUCCAAGUUAACAUUACCAUUCUAACACAAGCUUAUAUUACCCAUCUUUCUUUGGUAGUAAAAAAUGUAUUCUAGAACUGAUGAAUGCAUAAACCUACCUAAACCUUGAUCUUCAUAUAUAUCUUUUUUAUUUAUUUCCCCAGAGUGUGGCGGCAGAUUAAAGACUGAAACAAAACCAAGAGACUUAUUUUCUCAUGCCCAGUUUGGUGAUAACAACUACCCAGUCCAAGCAGAUUGUGAGUGGUUGUUGGUGACAGAAAGAGGGUUACAUGUGGAGCUUACAUUCCAAACAUUUGAGGUGGAAGAAGAGGCCGAUUGUGGUUAUGAUUAUAUUGAGCUUUUUGAUGGUUAUGACACAUCUGCAAUAAGGCUAGGGCGUUUCUGUGGGUCGGGGGUAAGUAUGCUAUUAUAGUUUUAAGAACUUUGUCCUGGGCUUUGCCAUUAAUUUUCUGUUCAAUUAUGCGAAUACCCUUGUGUCUGUUUUUUUUCCCCUCAUUCAAAGUACUUGAAUAAGAGAGAUUCUAACUCUUUAUUAAAACUUGAUUCUUGAAUUAACCAUACAAUGGCAAAAAUAGCUAUUCUCCUUUUAGUAAUUACCCUUGUAAUUGAAGGCAAUAACUCCAAUAAGUGUGUAAAUAUGCAUUUGAAAGUGGUUUGUGUUUUAAACUUUGAAGCUGAAAUUUAUUCCAGGUCAGAAAAAUAAUCACACUAGUUAAAGCAGAAUUCAGAUAGGGUAGAGCAGUGCUCCUCAACCUUUUCUCACCAAAGCUCUUUCCAGAAUAUAUAAUUUUCCAAUUAAACCUAUGUUAAGCCAGGUGCCCAUUAUUAAAUCACAGUAGGUUUUUGAAUUAACAAAUACCAGUUUGCCUAUUAAUAUUUCAGUAAGUUUCCCAAUUAAUAAAUACCACAGACACAUUGACAAAUGCAGACAAGCAGUCACAAUGUGUAUUGGGCUGUGUCUUCCUACAUCUAAGUAUUUCUGGCAUGGUCUGAGUGUGACAGUGUAUAUUUUUCUGUGUGAAUGUAUGUCUCGGUGAGCAUGUGCAUCUUUUGUGUGUGUGUGUGUGUGUGUGUGUGUGUGUUGGAGGAGGCGGCAGCUUGUGGAUUUUCUGCAUUGAGUUUCUCAAGCUAUGUUUUUAUGACUGUGUGUAUGAGGACUGUCUGCAGGGGUUGACUGGGUGGGUAAAAAGGUAGCUGAGCAGGGUGGGUUGAGAGGGAUGAAUGAGACCGGGUAGCAGGUUGAGCGUGACAUGGUUGGAGGAGCGAGUGUGACAGGGCAAAAGGAGAUUAGUGGGACAGGAUUGGGGUGUUAACAUGACAGGGAGGUGUGGCUUAGUUGUGACAUUGGCAGGGGAGGUAAGCGUGACAAGAUUAGGGGACUUAACGUGUUAGGGGGUGAGUGGGCAUUGUUGUAGCAGGUGGGUGUGACAGGAAUGGGGUGAUUAAUGUGAGUGGCAGUGUGGAGGGGGAGGGGGUGACAGUGUGGCCAGUAAAUCUGUUACUUUUGCAUUCAGUACAGGCUUUAGAAAACCUAAAAAGCAUUGCCAAAAUGCAAUAAAAUAUAUUUCCAAUAGUAGAGUGAACAUAGUUUUAGAAACUUUUUACAAACUUUAAAAUGCGAGGCACAACUGAAUAUAUUACAUCUCCAUUCCAACUGGAGGCUACACUCUUAUUAUUUAUUAUCAUUUAUAUAGCUCCAACAGAUUCUGUAUCGCUUUACAAUGUUAUAAGAGGGGGAUUUAACUAUAAAUAGGACAAUUACAAGAAAACUUACAGGAACGAUAGGUUGAAGAGGAACCUGGACCAUUUAUAGGUAUGGGUUAGCACUUUGAAUUGACUCCUAUGAUACAGGUAGCCAAUGUAAAGACUGAUUUUACUCUCUCACUUCACCCCUCUGUCAGUCUGGCGGCGGCAUUCAUUAGACUGUAGCGGGGCAAUAUGGCUUUUGGGAAGACCAGUUAGAGGGUUACAAUAAUCCAUGCUGAAAAUUACUAGAGCAUGGACAAGCUCCUUGGUAGCAUCUUGGAUGCGGGCUAUGUUUUUAAGAUGGAAUCUACAGUUUUUGGCAAAACACUGGAUGUGAGGCCAGAAUAAAGUAUGACGCCAAGACUGCACGCUUGCAAGGAUGGACUGAUGUGGAUACCACUAUCUUGAAGGGAGCGAAAGGGGAGGAUCAGCACUAGGAGGAGGAAAGACGAGCUCUGUUUUAGAGAGACUGAGUUUCAUAAAGCAGAAGGACAUCCAUUCAGAGAUGGUAGAAAGGCAAGCAGUGAGAGGUUGCAGGGGAGAGGUCCGGGGAGGAGAGCUACAUCUGUCAUCAGCGUACAGGUGGUAUUGGAAUCCAAAUGAGGUAAUAAGUUUGCCAAGAGAGACCGUAAAAAGAGAAAAUAGAAGGGGACCAAGGACCGAGCCAUGGGGGACUCCAACAGAGACCAGACGAAGAGAGGAGGUAUCAUUAGAAAAGGAGACACUGAAUGAGCGUUGGGAGAGAAGCGGAAAACCACGAGAGGACAGUGUCACAGACUCUGUGAUUGAAGAGUUUGGAGAAGGAGAACAUGAUCAACGGUGUCAAAAAAGGGGGCAUUGAUAUGGCACGAUGGUUAGGGGGAAGGGGACUGGUCGGGGGAUUUUUUUUUUCGUGAUAGGUACUACAAUGGAAUGUUUAAGGUCAGAAGGGACAAUGCCAGAAGAGAGAGCAGUUGAAGGUGUGUGUGUUAAGGAAGGCACAAGAGGAGAGAGAUCUGAUAAGGUGAGAUGGGCAAGAUCAAGCGGGCAAGUGGUGGGGCGAGAGGAAAGGAGAAGCUAGACCACCUAUUCAGUAGCCAGGGAGAAGGUCUGAAGGGUAGGAAAGGCAUGAUGCAGGUGUGGUUAAAGAGAGGGGCAAGGUGGGGAGAAUGAUUUCCAUAGCAUGCAAAGCUAUCACCUGUAAGGUUAGUCUGAGGGGUGGCCACAGUAGGGCAAAGAGUUAAUGGUGUCAGACAGCUGUAUUGCAUGAGAGGAAAAAUGACUGUUUGGCAAGAGCACGGGGCUGCGUUGUAUACACAUAGUAUGCAUCUAUAAUACAGAAAGUCUGACUGGAUGCGAGACUUCCUCCAUGAGCGUUCAUCAGAACGGGAGCAUCUUUGCAGGUAGCGUGUUGAUUUAGUAUGCCAUGGUUGGGAGCGUGUCCUCCUUGAGAUGCAUGUUUGGAGCCUGGCUGCAGUGUCCAAGGCAGAGGUGAGAGUAGUGUUAUAUGUGGCCCUACACCACCUUUACAUUCAGAGUGUCUUGGGUUGUGGGUAAGUUGAAGGCCACCAAAAGAUAGAGGCAGAGGGGGAGAGCCAUGUUUCUGUUAAUGCUAGUAAGUCUAGGGUAUAAGAGAUAAAGAGGUGAUGGACCGCAGUGGAUUUUGUAAUAUUGCAAACAAAGUGUGCAUUUCAGAGGGCAGUAUUAAAGGAGGAUUUAGAGGAAGAGUAAGAUGAGAUUGGUGUGAUUCCUUGAGUUAGUACGUGGUGGGUUUGCCGAUGUAGGAUCGGGGUUGGAGAUGCAUCACCUGCUGCUAGGAGCAGAAGGAUAGAAAAGAAGUGAAGUUGGGAGUAGGAUUUGAAAGUUUUGUAAGAGAGUAUGUAUAUAGAGGAUUUAGGGAGAGUUGGUGGAGAUAGGCAGGCUGGGAGCAAUGAAGAUGGUGUCACCAGGGGGAGAUGAGCAGAAGAAUAGUGAUAUUUUAGCAAUGAGAGAAGCUAGAGUGAAAGUGAAAAAUAAAAGGGAGAACAUUAGAGAAAAUGUUUUGUUGUAUAGCUAGUAAGAUUAUACAUAUAUACACUGCUCAAAAAAAAUAAAGGUAACACAAAUAACACAUCCUAGAUCUGAAUGAAUUAAAUAUUCUUCUGAAAUAUUUUGCUCUUUACAUAGUUGAAUGUGUUGACCACAAAAUCAAACAAAAAUUAAAAAAUGGAAAUCAAAUCCAGACCUCCAUGGGUUGAAAAAUUUGGAGUCACACUCAAAAUUAAAGUGGAAAAACACACUACAGGCUGAUCCAACUUUGAUGUAAUGUCCUUAAAACAAGUCAAAAUGAGGCUCAGUAGUGUGUGUAUGUGUGUGUGGCGCGCCUCCACGUGCCUGUAUGACCUCCCUACAACGCCUGUGCAUGCUCCUGAUGAGGUGGCGGAUGGUCUCCUGAGGGAUCUCCUCCCAGACCUGAACUAAAACAUCUGCCAACUCCUGGACAACAUGACGGUGGAUGGAGUGAGACAUGUGCUCAAUUGGAUUCAGGUCUGGGGAACGGGCGGGCCAGUCCAUAGCAUCAAUGCCUUCGUCUCGCAGGAACUGCUGUUACACUCCAGCCACACGAGGUCUAGCGUUGUCUUUCAUUAGGAGGAACCCAGGGCUAAGCACACCAGCAUAUGGUCUCACAAGGGGUCUGAGGAUCUCAUCCCGAUACCUAAUGGCAGUCAGGCUACCUCUGCCGAGCACAUGGAGGGCUGUGCAGCCCCCCAAAGAAAUGCCACCCCACACCAUUACUGACCCACUGCCAAACCGGUCAUGCUGGAGGAUGUUGCAGGCAGCAGAAUGUUCUUCAGUGUCUCCAGACUCUCACAUGUGCUCAGUGUGAACCUGCUUUCAUCUGUGAAGAGCACAGGGUGCCAGUGGCGAAUUUGCCAAUCUUUGUGUUCUCUGGCAAAUGCCAAACGUCCUGCAUGGUGUUGGGCUGUAAGCACAACCCCCACCUGUGGACGUCGGGCCCUUAUACCACCCUCAUGGAGUCUUUCUGACCGUUUGAGCAGACACAUGCACAUUUAUGGCCUGAUGGAGGUCAUUUUGCAGGGCUCUGGCAGUGCUCCUUGCACAAAGGCGGAGGUAGCGGUCCUGCUGCUGGGUUGUUGCACUCCUACGGCCUCCUCCACGUCUCCUGGUGUACUGGCCUGUCUCCUGGAAGCGCCUCCAUGCUUUGGACACUAUGCUGACAGACACAACAAAUAUUCUUGCCACAGCUUGCAUUGGUGUGCCAUCCUGGAUGAGCUGCACUAUCAGAGCCACUGUUGGCUAUCCCAUUUGCACAACAGCAUGUGAAAUUGAUUGUCACUCAGUAUUGCUUCGUAAGUGGACCGUUUGGUUUCACAGAAGUGUGAUUGACUUGGAGUUACAUUGUGUUAUUUAAGUGUUCCCUUUAUUUAUUUUUUUUGAGCAGUGUACACAUAUAUAAUUGGUUGGAGCUCACUGAUGGCUACUUUACAGUCUGCAGCUCUCCACCCAGUGUCCUAGCACAGUGCUCUAGCACACUGGUUUUGCAGCCCACUGGUUGUGGAGCAGUGGGUUAGUCUAAAGUGCAUGUAACCCAAUUGUGUUUUCCCAGUAUUUUGCUGAUGAGUAGGGAUCGUGAAAUCGUGUCUUGCUACCAUAAACCUCUUCCAAUGUAACCCAAUCAAGAAGUUUCCAAUAAAAUUUUGUAGUCGUAAUUUGGUUCUUUAAAUGGAUAUUGUUUGUGUCACAAUAGAACACUCAAUUUAUGGCAUUGCUAUUCUACAAAGUAAAGUAACACUCUUUCUUUGCAUUAAAGGACCACUAUAAUGCCCUGAGGGUGCCCACACCCUCAGGGUCCCCCUCCCGCCAGGCUGGAUGGAGAGGAAAGUGUUAAAUCUUACCUUUUUUUUUUUUUUUUCCAGUGCCGGGCGGGGAGCUCUCAUUCUCCUCUUCGGCUGAAUGCGCAUGCGCAGCAUUCACAAUGCUUUCCUAUGGACGCUGGCUUCUUCUCACUGUGAUUUUCACAGUGAGAAGCACGCAAGCGCCUCUAGCGGCUGUCAAGAGACAGCCAGUGGAGGCUGGAUUAACCCAUUUAUAAACAUAGCAGUUUCUCUGAAACUAUGUUUAUAGAAAAAAGGUUAACCCUUGCUGGACCUGGCACCCAGACCACUUCAUUAAGCUGAAGUGGUCUGGGUGCCUAUAGUGGUGUUUUAAACUUCUAUCUCUUGCAUGUCUUCUACUACAUGUUUUUAAGCCAUUCUAAGUAAAAAUGCCUCCUCAUUAUGGAUUUACUGCAACAAUAAAAAAAAUGCAUGUUUAGUAUAAUAUUUCACCUAAAAUCAGUCAUCUUUUAAUCUCUAUUUUAGUUUUGCAGGCCGAAUGAUAAAACACCUGCUUUGAAUAUGUUCUGUAGUUUUAUAGUUUGUAUGUUUUGCUUCUAAUGUAGUCCAUUGUAAAGUACAUAUUACAAGAACUGGUAGUGUUUUAAUGCAUAAACAUAAUCCCUAGAGUGACAUUUUCUUUUCACUUACAGCCUCCAGAAGAAAUUGUAUCAACCGGUGAUGCAGUACUGAUUCAUUUCCAUACAGACGACACGAUAAGCAAGAAGGGAUUUCAUAUACGAUACAAAAGUGUGAAAUUUCAAGAUAUCCUACACACCAAAUAA